AUGCCUGACCGUCCGCUGAGUCCGCUCGUGGCGGUUCCUUCGACAGCAGUGGAGCCAGAGAACUUGGGCUCCACGCUACAUUUGGUCACAGCCAGAAUCGGGCAGUCACCCGGAUUCUGGUACUGGCCCUUGGCGGUCCGGCAGGGUUUCCAAGCGCCCAGCUUAUUUAACGGACUAUGUUCACCGGACAAACUGCACAUGUAAAGCUGUAUGGUGAAUAGGGUCAAUUAAUGUGCUUAUGUGCCUUACUGAAACCAGUAAGGGUAUUGCUGUAUGUAAUGGAACCACUAUAAUUGUAACUAAUGCCUUAUCUCGGUGGGGAGGGGUGUUAUGUAUUGAAGUUCUCUCUCCCCCAUUUUUUUAAUUAAUUUUCACAUUAAUGACAUACAAAAGAAACAAGAAAAAAAGAAAAAUGAAAAACAUUACAAUACACAAAAAUAAAUAAAAACACAUAAUAGAAAAUUUUAACUUCCAAAUCCUGAUUUCAUUACAUUGAUGACUGACUUCAAGUCCCCUCUAACUGAAUUUCAUUUUAACACCUAAUUAGCAGUUCUCCAAAUUUCUGAUAAUAUUAACUUCUUUCAUUUACUAACUUCUUCUCCAUUUUUAAUAUUCCAAUCCUUAAUAUUUAUUAACAACCUAAUCUUAUUCUAUCCCUAAGCCUAAUUUUUACUUCCAAGAAAUUUCUCUUUAUCUUAUAUUACAGUAUUUAGCCAAAUAUUCUUUAAAGUUCUUCCAGUCCUUUUGUGUCUCCUCUUCUUUCUGGUCGCGGAUUCUUCCAGUCAGGUCAGCCAGCUCCAAAAAAUCCAUCAUCUUCAUCUGCCAUUCUUCUAUUGUUGGUAUCUCUUGUGAUUUCCAAUUUUUGGCUAAUAAAUUUCUUGCCGCUGUAGUGGCAUACAAAAACAAUCUAACAUCUUUUUUGGGCAAUUCCAAUCCUUAUGUAUUAAAGUUCUCACCCUGGCCACCAGGGGGAUUGUGUAUAUACCAGUAGUUUUCACUCAGGUCCACAUAAGUUAAUUUCGGUGGGUAACCCUGGGGUGUUGAUGUUACAAUGUUGACAGCGAACUAUAAAAGCAGGCCGACUGAGCUGUUCAGUUCAGUUCAGUUCAGUUCCAGCUUAUUAUAAAGAACCAUUUGGAGAAAUCUCUGUCUCGACUGCUAUGUCCGCCCACAACUUAAUAAAACUCCUUUCCACAUGCAACAGCAGUAGUGUGCAUUAGCAGAAACCUUUUGCAAAGUUUGGCAUUUUUUGACCUUUGCACAAGAUCUUUGGGGUGGGGGAGGGGGAGGGAGAGGAUAGAUUCAUCUGGGGAAAAAUUCUUAUUUCUCUGGAUUGUUGAUUUUGUCUACCUUUUCAUGGCAAGGCGGGCUGUAGGACGGAGGCAGGACUGCUGAUGUAACAUAACUUCCAAGGGUCCAGAAACUGUGGGAUGUGCCUAUUUCUCUUAGGUAUCACAAUUUCUAAUGGUGCCACGGAAAAUUCCAAUUUCAGAAACAAGCUGGACUGUUCUCCUUGCUCUCUGCCUGGAGCAGCCACAGAGAUUCCAUUCUUAGAGCAGAAAGGAAGGCUGGGGACUUCUGGGUUAGCGCCAUUGGCGAAUGGCGGAGUUCCUCCGACUGGAGGAACUGGCUCCGUGGAAACUGGGUCUUCCCGCCGCAGCGAAGGUGGGGACCCGCUAGAAAUCCCAGGCGGAGGAAGCCUGGGAACGUGGGGUUCGGCAGGGCACCAGGAGCGCCUCCUCACUCACGGGAACCCCAUUUCGGGGUUCCGGAGUGAAGUGGAGUGAGCGGCGCGGUGCUGCGAACUGAUUGCUACUUUCACGGAGUGAAGCCGCACAGCCAUUGCCGGAGAGCGCUGACUUUUUCCUGUGGACAAUUGGAUUUAAAACAAGUACCCGUGAGUAGAAACGGAAAAUUGGAUCAAGAAAUACCCUAAUUUGGCACCGAAGCGGGAAGGUUCAAACAGGAAGUCCGCCUUCCGCGUUUUGUACAUAGACUGAAGCAAAAACCUUGUAAGCUAAAGUCUGGAAAGUCGUUUAAAAAGUCUAAAUUUCCUUCAUUUAUAACCACUAAAACCCCCUUGGAAGCAGGAGAAAAGGGGGGGGGGAAUCUUUGUUUAAGCUUGCAGGAGAGGGAGUGAAGAAAGAUAAGUUUCCACCGUCUCAAACCUGGGAAUGGGCGGUCAGAGACAGAAAUUGUUGGAGAGGUUCACUGACUGUGAAUGGAAUAUUUUGACAGAUAGCUAAAGAAGAGAAAUAAACUGAUUCCAAUGUUGCCUUUUGCAUUCUAAAGAAACAAAAUAUCUGAAAAAUGAAAGUAAUUUUCCUUUGUUGGACUUGCCUUAAAAAGAUGGAUACAAAUAGAAAUUGUCUCCUCUAGAGGGAGCUUGUUAAAUUGUUGCUGCAGUCUACUUGAGGACUCUACAGCUGUGAGAUUAAGAUCGUGGGACCAGUCCUUUUGACCUCGAAUAAAAAUGAGCUGGGAGGAAGUUUUGGUGCUUGCUUUAUGCAAGACAAGUGCUUUGUUGGAACAGAUGCAUGAGAAGAUAGAUUUGAUGAAUGAGAAAACGGAUUUGAUGACUGUUGUGGUCAAUAACUGUGGACAAACAGGGAAUAUUGAUACAGAAACCAUUCAGGGACCAGCUCAGGAACCUGUAUUGAUUGGGCAAGUGCAGAAGAUAAUGGAGGAGGUUGCGGUUGCAUCUCAAAUAAUACAAAUGGAGAGAUCCGAGGCCCUGCAGGAGCAUAAGCCGCUGUUUUUGAAGAUUGAAGUUGGAGUGGGCCAGGGGGAGUUUGGAGCUGAGGAGGUUCUUAACUUCGGAGGGACUUUGAAAUAUGCUCUUAAAUAUUUUUGGAUUACAUUGAUGACUGUGGGGAGUGGGACUGUGGGAAUGGGCUGGUUUGAUGAAGGAGAUGGAGAUAAUCUUGGGCUGGAACCUCCUAGAGACCUACUCCUCAAUGAGAAAGGAAAGAAAUUAAGAAAGAGACCAACAAAAGACAAGGAAAAGUGCAGGUAUAAACAAGAAGAAGAAGAUCUGCAGAAGGGACAUGGAAGAGACUUAAGAGCCUCGGACAUAAGAUUACCGGGUUGAUGGACUAGAUGGAAUGGACAGUAAGGACUGACAUGACCCGAGACCAGGAAGAAGAGACGCUGGAUGUAGAUUGGAAGAAAAUUUAUAAAGAAAAAAUUUUAUUUAGGGAAUUAGCCUAAAAUUAACAAAUAAUAGGGAAAAUGUUGGAAUGAAACUAUAUGGCUUUAGUAGAAAUGAUAUAAGGAGUUAUGUAUAAUUGAAUAUUAAGUUUCAAGCUUUAAGGUAUUUUACGGUAAGAUAAGGUUAAAUAAAUUAAGGCAAUUUGAAUAACAGAAUAUGGGGAAAGAUGGAAAGGAUUUGUUGAGUUAAUUAAUAGGUUAAAUUGUUAAGAUAAAUUAUUCAAUAAAAAUUGAGAAAGAUGGAAAGAAUUUGCUGAAAUAACUAAUUAAACUAGAAUACAAAAAGGGAGGUGUGAGGAGGUCAAUGAAACAAGCAAAUGGAAGUUAAAGAUAUGUAACAUGGGAUUUGUGUCUUUUUAAAAAAUCUUUUUGCUGUAUUGUUGUAUUGGUUUUUAUGCUUUGUUUUUCUUUCUUUCUUCUUUUUUAUGUAUUGUAGUGUUGUUACCUAUUUUUUCUUUUUUUUUGUAACUCUGAAACUUUUAAUAAAUAUUAUUAAAAAAAAGAAAAGAAAGGAAGGCUGGGGAGAGAGAAGAUGCUUGGAAAGAACAGUUUCAUUUCAGGCUGAUUACUCUGGGAUGUCUACCGUAUUUUUUGCCCUAUAGUACGCACUUUUUCCCCUCCAAAAAUGAAGGGGAAAUGUGUGUGCAUCCUGUGGGGCGAAUGCAGGCUUUCGCUGAAGCCUGGAGAGCGAGAGGCAUUGGUGCGCACCGAUCCCUCUCACUCUCCAGGCUUCAGGAAGCUAUCUGCAAGCCUUGGGAGCUCCGCGGGAGUUCCUGUCUGGUUCCCAAGGCUUGCGGACAGCAGCCUGCAGCCCGAAACCUGGGGAGCGCAGUGGAGCACACCCCGGGCUUUGGGCAGCUCUCCGCAAGCCUUGGGAGCCUGACGUGACUUCCCGCCGGGCUCCCAAGGCUUGCGGAUAGCAGCCUGUUCUGGGGCUUCCACUGCCCCAGCCCUGCGCCUGGGGGGGAUAUAUUUUUUUUCUUUAUUCCCCCCCAAACUAGGUGCGCCCUAAGGGCCAGUGUGCCCUAUAGGGCGAAAAAUACGGUAUUUUCUCCCUUUCCCACUUGCUCUUGAUUAUGGUGGAAAGGGAACUUUGCAACCACUUUGUCUUGACAUUUGCUAAAUGUCCCACUUGGGGGUACUGUCUGCUUACUUAUCCAUGUUGAAACAGUUUGCAUUUUAAAAAAGUUCUUGUGAAAAUUCAUCAAUAAUUUAGUCGGCAUUCCUCCUAGUACCUAAUAUGCACAUGUUUGUAAAACAAUUUGAGGAGAAACUGUUGAGCAGAGAAGCUUUGUCUUCCUUGCUUCAGGCCUUUAUUUAUUUGUUUUAUUGAAUUUAAACACUGCUCCAUACCCGCAAGUCUCAGUAGUGGGUCUCUGUUGGAAUCCAAGGCUGUGGCUAUGGAAGAAGCAAGACCCUUUCGGGGUGUCAGUGAUGUGAGCCCUUUCAUCAUAAGCUCAGGUUGUAUAUAUGUGUAAAUAAUCCAUAUCUAUAUAAGACCACAGUCUCUGCCGUGCCUCAUUUACAAAAUGAAACAAGGGCCUGGGUAGGUGCUUGGACCCCUGGAAUCUCACACUGCUUGAAGAAUGGGGUGUGCAUGAAACAAUAUUACAGGGUUGCUGAAACAAAGAAGGGGUGCAAAGUGCUCCCAAGGGACCCCUCCUAAUUGAGUGGGUGGGCAGUAAAAUGACAAGUGCACUUCAUUGUAAACAAUUCUGAUGUUAUGCAGGUUGGGUAAAAAAAAAUAUUAAUUUCACUCAUGCAUUUAUGGCAUAUGUGGCAAUGACUGACCAGGAAGGGUUGCUGUAGAUUGCUCAUAAGAAGCUGCCUUAUACUGGGUCUGGACUUUGGUCCAUGCAGCUCAGUACUGUAUUGUCUACACUGACUGGCAGCAAUGGCUUUGGUUUCAAGCAGCAGGUCUCUCCUUCCAGCCCCAGCUGGAGAUACCCUUGAAGACUGAACCUGGGGCCAUCUGAAUCCCAAGCAGAUGCUCUGCAACUGAGCUGUGGUCUUUCCCGAAAUGCUGACUCAAUAUAGCAGAGGAAGAGGAAGAGCGCUGCCUUCGCCAGCAGGAGCACAGAAACUCCUCAAAGGGCUGGAGAAGGAAUGGUCCCAUUGUAACCGCAGCCAGAUCAGGAUACUCCACUUUGGAUUGCUCCAUGACCCAGCAAGGACUCAGCUGCAAAGAGAGACCAGAGUCCAGAGCACUCUGCUGAGCUUGUGAAGACCACUGCUUCCACGUUGCAAGGUCUCUUUAUUUUUCAAAAGGAGGAAUGAAAAUCCUGAGUCUGCAGGAAUGGGGUCUGAAAACAGCAAACAAAAAAAGGUUUUCUCAGCCAAGUCAGACACUUUGUGGCUUGUUUCCCUGUUCAGUUCAGGGAGUAGCUCAAUACACCUUACUCCCAGGUAAGUGGAGGGACGAUUACAGGCAGCAGUGAUCACCACCAUCCUUAGCAAAGCAUUUGGGUGUCAGAGUACAGGAUAUAGUCAACACAACUCCCUUUCAACAAGCUUCAAGAAUCUCCUUCCCAAUCAAACCCAAUAGUUUUUUGAAAACACAAUCACCCUCUUAAUGCAUGUAGUAAUUCUGAUAAGACCAUGAUUAGCAUAUCUAUUUCACAUGUUGAGCAAGACCGGAGUCUGAGUUUUGUUCACUGGUAUUGUCUACCAUCAUGAUGGUGGGUUUAUAACGAUUACCAUUGUUCUUUUCUCCACUGUAAUUUGCAUGUGAUAUUCAGAGAUCAGGAAGUGAGAAGAUGCGAGACAGAGACUGGUCAAAGUGUGGCCAGGAGAUGACAUAAAAUGAAAUGGGAAAAAAAAGUUUAGAAAGAUUUUUAUAAAAAGACCAGAAAGCUUUCUCUUAGGUAUUUUAGGACUAGCUGUCCCCACUGAUCAAAUGAUUUUAUUCCUUUAUGCAAUUACAGAAGCCCAGAUGUUAUAUGCCGAGAAAUGGAAAGAGAGAACAAUACUAACAAAGGAGGAAUGGCAGAUGAAAUUGAUGGAAUAGGUAGAGUUAGCAAAUUUAACUAAUAUAAUAAUAGAACAAGAAGAAGGAGAUAUUAAGGAAGAGUGGAAAAUGUUUGUAAAAUAUUUGAAGAAUCAUGGUAAAUUAACUAAACUGUUAACAGGAGUAAAUAUAGCAGUUUAUAUGAAGAAAUAAUGAGAAGGUGGGGGGAUCUGAAUUUAAAAAAAAUAUGCCUUAGUAUUGGCAGCAGGGAAGGGAAGUCAUUGAUUAUUGUUUGGUUGUAUUGACUAGAAUGUAAAAAUAUGUAUUGGAAAAUUAUUAAUAAAAUUUAUAUAUAUAAAAAAACAAAAACAGAGAGGUCAAACUACCCCCACCCUGACCAUCCUUCCUCUGUUUCAUCUAGGCUGGCGGAGCAAGUUUUAUUUGUAUAACCCUUAUUUCUGAAACAACUUUAUUGGUUCUGUUGCAUGUUCAUUUAAGAAUGUUGAAGGUAGACUCAUUGAAAAUGAAAGAGGAUUGGGGGGGCCGCUAGGGGCGCCUUGGAAGGUGGUGGUGUUGGUAAACCUUGGACAGGUAAUUCUACCUACCCUCAACUCCUGGAUGAAUUGUCCCUCAAAGAGGUUGAGGUGAGGAAUAAUGAGGAGCGUUUAAUUAUACAAACUCUUUGGAUUGCAGCUCCUGCCAACAUAGCAGUUCGAAAGCACACCAGUACAGGUAGAUAAAUAGGUACCACUGCGGCGGGAAGGUAAAUGGCAUUUCUGUGUGCUUUGGUUUCCAUCAUGGUGUCCUGUUGUGCCAGAAGCGGUUUAGUCCUGCUGCCCACAUGAUCUGGUAAGCUGUCUGUGGACAAACGCCGGCUCCCUCAGCCUGAAGCGAGAUGAGAGUCAGUGUGGUGUAGUGAUUAAGAGUGGUAGACUCGUAAUCUGGUGAACCGGGUUCGCUUCCCCGCUCCUCCACAUGUAGCUGCUGGGUGACCUUGGGCCAGUCACACUUCUCUGAAGUCUCUCAGCCCCACUCACCUCACAGCGUGUUUGUUGUGGGGAAGGAAGGGAAAGGAGAAUGUUAGCUGCUUUGAGACUCCUUCAGUUAGUGAUAAAGUGGGAUAUCAAAUCCAAACUCUUCUUCUUCUGAGUGCCACAACCCUAGUCCCCUUUGACUGGACUUAAAUGUCCAGGGGUCCUUUACCUUGUCAUAGUGUUACUAUGUUUGUGCGCAUCUUCUCUGCAGUGCAGGAAAAAAAAUCCAUAUCCCUCUCUUUGGGGUGAAUGAUAAUCAGUUGCAGUGUAGGCUUUACAAGCUCUAAGCGCGCUUAGCUGAAUGAAUUACAGUCAAAAUAAAAGACAUGUUAUUUGACUUGAGUCCCAGUUGAGGUCAAUACCUCUUACAUUGAUAUGGCAAGUAGUUGUUGCCUGGUGUUAAUUGCCUCUGUAUUCUGUGGGAGAGGAAAGGCUGGGAAAGGUAAGGCAAUGUCUCUUGAUUUUUUAUAACAGACCCUCCAAGUGUCCCUGUUUUCCAGGGACAGUCCUGGAUUUGCAGAAGACACCCCAGUUUCUGAUUUGAUCCUGGAAUGCCCCACUUUUCCUUAAGACAUCCCUAUGUUGGACCAUUUCGAUCAGAUACUCCCUGCUGAUGUGGAUAGAUUCCUCCAAGUUGGUAGGCCCACCACCUGCCUCCUUGAUCCGUGCCCAUCUUGGCUGAUUAGGGAGUGUCCAGAUGUCGCGCGGACCCCCCUGGUUGAAAUUAUCAAUUUGUCCCUUGACACGGGGACAUUCCCAGCGGAACUGAAGGAAGCAGUGGUGUGUCCACUCUUAAAGAAAACUUCAUUAGAUCCCUUAGACCUAUCCAAUUACUGCCCAGUUUCAAAUCUUCCAUAUCUGGGUAAGGUAAUUGAGAGAGCGGUUGCUGAACAGCUUGGUAGGUUUCUGGAGGAAACAUCGGCUUUAGAUCCAUUUCAGUCCGGUUUACGUCCUGGUUUUGGGACCGAGACGGCUCUGGUUGCCCUAACAGAUGAUCUCCGUAGACAACUGGAUCGAGGCAGGUCAGGAGUACUGAUUCUUUUAGAUUUGUCAGCAGCCUUUGACAUGGUCAAUCAUGAUCUUCUGGACCACCGCCUCGCCAACGUGGGAAUACAGGCAUAGCCCGUAAAUGGCUGUGCUCUUUUAUCUCUGGUCGGGAACAGAGGGUGGCACUAGGGAGGGAGAUGUCAUCGUGCCACUCCUUGGUGUGUGGAGUGCUGCAGGGCGCAAUUCUCUCCCCGAUGCUUUUUAACAUCUUUAUGCGCCCCCUUGCCCAGAUUAUCCGGAGCUUUGGGCUGGGCUGUCACCAAUGACACUCAGCUCUAUCUGCUGAUGGAUGGCCACACCGACUCGGCCCCGAACAAAUUGACCAGAUGCUUGGAAGCUGUGGCUGGAUGGUUUCGUGGGAGCCGAUUGAAACUAAAUCCUUUGAAGACAGAGGUCCUCUGGCUGGGUCGGGAUGGCAUGGGGAUGAGGGACCAACUCCCUUCUCUUGCGGGGGCCCAAUUAGUGCCAUUGCCUUCCGUUAAGAGUUUGGGUGUAAUCCUUAACGCCUCCCUUUCCAUGGAGGCGCAAGUUACAGCAACAGCCAAGGCGACAUUUUUCCACCUUCGCCGCAUCAAGCAGUUGGUCCCUUACCUUUCCUGCCCCGAUCUGGCCACAGUGAUCCAUGCGACGGUCACCUCCAGGCUUGACUACUGUAAUUCGCCCUUGAAGCUGUCCCAGAAACUCCAGCGGGUGCAGAAUACUGCAGCGAGGCUCCUCACAGGGUCUCUGCCAUGGGAGCAUAUUCACCCAGUGCUUUUCCAGCUGCACUGGCUCCCGGUGGAGUACAGGGUCAGAUUUAAGGUGCUGCUUUUGACCUUUAAAGCCCUUCAUGGCCUAGGACCCUCAUACCUACGGGACCGCCUCUCCUGGUAUGCCCCACGGAGAGCCUCAAGGUCCAUAAAUAGCAACACCCUAGUGGUCCCAGGUCCUAAGGAAGUUAGAUUGGCUUCAACCAGAGCCAGGGCCUUUUCAACUCUGGCUCUGGCCUGGUGGAACGCUCUGUCUCAUGAGACCAGGGCCCUGCAGGAUCUGAUUUCUUUCCGCAGGGCCUGUAAGACAGAGUUGUUCCUCCUGGCCUUUGGCUUGGAGCCAAUUUGAUUCCCUCCCUCUCUUUCUUUUUUCUUUUCCUUCUCCUCCUGCGAUAAGGCUACAUUUUAAUAUUUUAAUGUUUCAAUAUUUUAAUGUUGUAUUUUAAUUUUGUUUUUAAGUUGUAAUCAUUCAACUUGUUUUUAUUAUUGCUUGUAAGCCGCUCUGAGCCCAGCCUUGGCUGGGGGGGGGGAGUGCGGGUAUAAAUAAAAAAUUAUUAUUAUUAUUAUUAUUAUUAUUAUUAUUAUUAUUUUCACCAGAGAAAUGCUGGAGGGUAUGGAGUUAUGUGACCCCCAUUCCAAGGAUUUGUUGUUGUUUAGUCGAUUAGUCAUGUCCGACUCUUCAUGACCCCAUGGACCAGAGCAUGCCAGGCACUCCUGUCUUCCACUGCCUCCCGCAGUUUGGUCAAACUCAUGUUCGUAGCUUCUAGAACACUGUCCAGCCAUCUCCUCCUCUGCCGUCCCCUUCUCCUUGUGCCCUCCAUCUUUCCCAGCAUCAGGGUCUUUUCUAGGGAGUCUUCUCUUCUCAUGAGGUGGCCAAAGUAUUGGAGUCUCAGCUUCAGGAUCUGUCCUUCCAGUGAGCACUCAGGGCUGAUUUCCUUAAGAAUGGAGAGGUUUGAUCUUCUUGCAGUCCAUGGGACUCUCAAGAGUCUCCUCCAGCACCAGAAUUCAAAAGCAUCAAUUCUUCAGCGAUCACCCUUCUUUAUGGUCCAGCUCUCACUUCCAUACAUCACUACUGGGAAAACCAUAGCUUUAACUAUAAGGAUCUUUGUCGACAAGGCAAUGUCUCUACUUUUUGAGAUGCUGUCUAGGUUUUUCAUCGCUUUUCUCCCAAGAAGCAGGCAUAUUUUAAUUCUGUGACUGCUGUCAACCAUCUUCCAUGAUCAUGGAGCCCAAAAGGUCAAAUCUGUUACUGCCUCCAUUUCUUCAUACUACCUAAAGUCAGAUCUGCAUAGGGAAGGUUUUUAUUGAUUCAUAUUUUAUUAUGUUUUUAUAUCUGUUGGAAGCCCCCCAGAGUGGCUGGGGCAAUCCAGUCAGAUUGGUGGGGUAUAAAUAAUAAUAAUAAAAUCAUGGAAUAGGGCAUCCCUAUUUUCAUCAGAGAAAUGUUGGAGAGAUUUUUUAUAGGUGGGUUUAUUGAGUUCCCUCUGAUGGCCAGAAAACUGGUUCUGAAAUAGCACAGUUCAGAGAGCUCAAUGAUCUCCCCCCACCCACCCACUUGAAGAGCCAUAGGUUACUCCUUAAGUAAGAACUAAAAGCCUUUCAUAACAACCUGGAGUUGUACUUAAAGACAACAUGUGGAUGUUCUGCAUUUCUAGGUUUGCCAGUUCUGGUCCCUAGGGAAUCACUGUUGCUCAAGCAUGUGGACGUGCAACAGGGGACCCUUUCACCCACUUGAAAAGGAGCGCACAGAAGCUGUCUUUAAAGGUGCCAGGGGGCCCAUAGGUAAGCGAUGGGCAGAACCUGAGGCAAGUGGGCAGAGCAGUGGGUAUAAAUUUUGCCUUUGUAUGGUGGGCUACCUUCUCCACCAGUGGGUCUCAGAGGGCGUGGCAGGAGGAGGAUACAAGGGCAAUUCAAGAAUCCUAGAAUCAUAGAGUUGGAAGAGACCACAAGGGCCAUCGAGUCCAACCCCCUGCCAAGCAGGAAACACCAUCAGAGCACUCCUGACAUAUGGUUGUCAAGCCUCUGCUUAAAGACCUCCAAAGAAGGAGACUCCACCACACUCCUUGGCAGCAAAUUCCACUGUCGAACAGCUCUUACUGUAUGUAAACAUUUCAGUGUUCAUCAAAAUAAUAAGAUUUUUUUAAUAUACAACUAGAAACAGUGUCCAUGUAUCUCUUCAAGAGCUUUGUCAUUCUCCAUGACUUAUUAUUGUGAACAACUCUCACAAAUAUUUAUUUAUUUUAAUUUAAUUUAUAUACUGCCCUAUACCUGGAGGUCUCAGGGCAGUUCACAGAACAAACUCAAAAUAUAAAACCACAAAAUAGAUAAUCAAAUCAAAAUAAAAACAACAACCCAAUACUCCCUCAAAACCCACAUUUUAAAAGGGCAUAGGAUGUCAAAAAUCAGCCAAAGGCCUGCUUAAAAAGGAAUGUUUUUGCCUGGUACCUAAAAGUGUCUUCUUCUUCCUGUUCUGUGGUGAUCCCUCAUAGCCGUGUCAGAUUGUCUUCCAUAAACAUGGUCAUAACAGUGAGUCCAUAAGUUACUGUGAAAGCCAAUUCUGGAACAACAAGUCCUUCCACAGUGGGGACAUUGGUUUCGGGGUGGGAGUUGAUCAUGGUGAAGGUUUGCAAAGCGUGUCUUCCUCUUAGCAUGUUUCACCUUUUCGUAUUGAGUUCGAGUGUCUUCAAAGCCCAUGACACCUUUGGUAAAGGCUGUUCUCCAAUUGGAUCACUUGCAGACCAGUGUUUUCCAGUUGUGGGUGUUUAUACUACGUUUUUAAAGAUUUGGCUUGAGAGAGUCUUUCAACAUAUUUUUUGACCACCAGCAUUAUGCUUUCCAUUUUUAAGUUCAGAAUAGAGUAGUUGCUUUGGAAGACAAUAAUCAGGCAUCCGCACAACAUGACCAGUCCAAAGAAGUUGAUGUUGAAGAAUCAUUGUUUAAAGGUGUAUAAUGAAGGCGCCCGGCAAACUUCCCUGGGGACAGCAUUCCACAGACAGGGAGCCACUGCAGAGAAGGCCCCGUUCUUGUGUUGCCACCCUCCGGACCUCUUGAGGAGGCACAAAAAGAAGGGCCUCGGAAGAUGAUCUCAGGGUCUGGGUAGGUUCACAUGGAAAGAGGUGGUCCUUGAGGUAUUGCAGUCCUGAGCUAUUUAAGGCUUUAUAGGUCAAAACCAGCACUUUGAAUUGGGCCUGGAAACUAAUUGGUAGCCAGUGCAGUUGGACCAGGAUCAGUGCAAUAAUGCUCAAACUGUCUUGCCCCGGUGAGCAACCUGGCUGCUGAAUUCUGCAUCAGGUGAAGUUUCUGACCCUUCUUCAGAGGCAGCCCUACGUAUAACACAUUGCAGUAAUCUAACCUUGAGGUUACCAGAGCAUAGACAACAGUAGUUAGUCUAUCCCUGUCCAGAUAGGGGUGUAGCUGGACCACCAGCUGAAGCUGAUGGAAGGCACUCCGGGCCACUGAGGCCACCUGAGCCUCAAGCAACAGCAAAGGAUCCAGGAGGACCCCCAAGCUACGAACCUGCUCCUCCAGAGAAGUGUAACCCCAUCAAGAGCAGGCGACCUCCCAGCCAUCUGGUCCAGGGAACCACCCACUAACAGUGCCUCAGUCUUAUCCCAGUAUGUUUCUGAGUACAAUUUGAAGUGUUGGUGCUGACAUUCAAAGCCCUCAACUGCCUCAGCCCAGUAUACCUGAAGGAGCGUCUUCACCUCCAUCCCGGACACUGAGGUCCAUCUCCAAGGGCCUUCUAGCAGUUCCCUCCCUGCGAUAAGGGAGGUUACAGGGAACCAGGCAGAGGGCCUUCUCGGUGGUGGCGCCCUCCCUGUGAAACGCCCUCCCAUCAGAUGUCAAAGAAAUAAACAACUAUCUGACUUUUAGAAGACAUCUGAAGGCAGCCCUGUUUGGGCAAGUUUUUAAUGUUUGAUGUUUUAUCAUGUUUUUAAUAACCUGUUAGGAGCUGCCCAGAGUGGCUGGGGAAACCCAGCCAGAUGGGCAGAGUAUUAAUAAUAAUAAUAAUAAUAAUUAGCUUCAGUCUGUUGGCUCUCAUCCAGACACAUUGGUCCAGCACUUCCACUGCCUCACCUGCAGAUGUAAAGGAGAAAUAGAGCUGAGUGUCAUCAGCAUAUUGCUGACAACGCACUCCGAACCUCCAGAUAACCUCAUUUCAUGUAGUGGUUUCAUGUAGAUGUUAAUAGGAAAGACCAGAAAAAAAGAAAAGCUUAUUUGUGUUGGUUGUGGAGUUGAGUUUGCCUGUCUCAAACUGGACCUGAUACAUUACUUUUACAAUAAAUAGUCGAGCAUCGACGUCUUAACGGCGGCGUCGAGAUUCGAACUCGCAGCCCGCUGCUCUCCCUCUAAAUUCCCCCUCACGCUUCCCUCCCUUCCAGCGUCGCGCAAGCGCAGCGCCGCCAUCUUGGUGACGCAGGAGGGCGUGGCUUCAGGCACGGAGGGGGCGUGGCUCCCGAUUCCGGACUCGGGAGGACUUUCGAAAAGCUCCCGCAGCCGCCGAGGGGGAAGGAGGAGGCGGAUCAGGUGCGGCGGAUCGGGCCCCGGUCGCUCUCCCCCGCCGCUCCCCCUCGGGACCCCGGGCCCUUUAUUGACUUGGCGGCAGCAGGUGGAGGCAGCCGCGGGUGAGGCGACGGCGCGGGGGGGCGAGCGGGAGGCCGCUCUCUGUGAGGGACGCGGAGGGUAGGGCCGCGGCGGCGGCGGCGGCGGCGGCUUUGUGUCCCUCUGCACCAUUGGCUGGAGCAGGGAGGCAGCGUGGAAAGGACGGCGACGCUGAUUGGCUGCGCGCGCUCCGGGGAGCGGGGAGGGAAGGAGGGCGAUACAAUUGGCUGGGCGGUCGGUCCACCUCCCUCUCUCCGUCCGGAGGGGAGGGGCGAAGGGAGGAGGGCUGGCCCCUACCCCACACACUGGCUCAUGGGGGGGGGGGAGUCCACUUCCCCUCAAAUCCAAAUAAUAAAAAUAAUAUAGCGAGGGGCUGAAUCUUAGAAUGCUCACUCCAUUUGCAAAGGCUGAAUGGGGGGUUAGGUUUUUUUGGGGGGGAGGAGGAAUAGCUUGGAUUUGGAUCCUUCCCCUUCGAUCUUCAUCAGAGGCGUACCUAAGAUCAAGUGCACUCUUUGCAAGAAGCUGUAUCUCCAACCCCCAGCCAUAAAAAGAAAAUGUUACCCAAGUACUCUUAAGUGCAUCCAGAGUGAAUUGUAGUCCAAAACAUCUGGAGGGCAUUAGGUUGGCGAGUGCUGUUUUAAGGUACGGGGGCAGGAUCGUCAGAUGCAGAAAGGCACUGGAGCUUUGGCAGAAAUUUGUAAUUAUUUUCAAAGGACAUCAGGUGUUUAGGAUGCCUGUUUUGGAGAGACCAGCUGCCCUUCUGGGUUUUGUUGUUGUUGUUGUUUAGUCAUGUCCGCCUCUUCGUGACCCCCUGGACCAGAGCACGUCAGGCACUCCUGUCUUCCUUCCUCCUGCAGUUUGGUCAAACUCAAGUUCGUAGCUUCGAGAACACUGUCCAACCAUCUUGUCAUCCCCUUCUACUUGUGCCCUCAAUCUUUCCCAACAUCAGGGUCGUUUCCAGGGAGUCUGAGCACUUCUUCUCUCCAUUAUUGUCAUCUGCCCUUAAUCUCAGCGAAAUAUGAGCUAUGCAGGAGGGAGGAGGUGUCACUUUGCAUGCGCUAGGUGUGGGUUACUCUCCUUUUUAAAAGUCAAACUGUGGGACCCUGGUUGAAAUUAGCUUUCAGUAACCCAGGACCUCCAUACACCCUGCUCAGUCUUGUGCUCCACAGAGGAGGCACUCUCCAUUGUCUCUCAAUACCGAUGGAUGCCCUCCUAUAGUCCCAUUGGAGUUAACAGCAGCUUACAUCUGAGUAUACACGAAUAGGAUUGCUCUGCAUUCAUUUCCCAAGCACACCAUUGCUCAGGACAGUCUCUCUCCCCUUGGCUAAAAUACGUAUUAAAAAAAAAUAAUUGGUGUGCAAUAAUUGAAAACAACAGCAACCACACUAUGCUCUGCUACCCAGAAUCUAAAGGCCUAAGGAAUACUGUACUUGCAUAGGACAGUCUGAGUUUUUCUGAUAUCCCAUGAAGGCUGCCAGCAGCCAGUUAGAGGCCACAGAAAGUUGGAGGAUGCAGUGAGGUGGUAAUUCAUGUUUUUUCUUGUCAACCAGUCUCUAGUUAUUGAGCUGUUGCGUGUUUGGUCACAAAGAGAGCCACUUGAGUGUAGAGAGCUGGUAAAACCUGGGAGACCAGAGUUCAAUAAGUAGAUCCCAGUAAGUUCAUUGUAACUUACUUCCUUACUACAGCAAAAUCCAUAGCAUAUCUACUGAGAGGUAAGUCUCAUUAAAUUUAAUGGGAUUUAUUCCCAGGUUAGGCUGCAAGCCUAACUCCACUUACUUGGGAGUAAGUCCCACUGAACUCAGUGAGAUUUACUUUAGAAUAGAUUUGGUUAGGAUUACACUGUUAGUAUGGCUAGGAUUGUGCUGCAGGUUUAUAAUAUAAGUAACCCCAUAAGUAACCCCAAUGUGAAUUCAAUUGGACAUGCUAAUAUAUACUUUUAGGUUUGCUGAUUUAAUCUGGUCUAGAAUAGUAACAAGGACGCGGGUGGUGCUGUGGUCUAAACCACAGAGUCUAGGGCUUGCCGAUCUGCGGUUCGAAUCCCCGUGACGGGGUGAGCUCCCGUUCCUCGGUCCCUGAUCCUGCCCACCCAGCAGUUCAAAAGCAUGUCAAGUGCAAGUAGAUAAAUAGGUACCGCUCUGGCAGGAAGGUAAACGGCGUUUCCGUGCGCUGCUCUGGUUCGCCAGAAGUGGCUUAGUCAUGCUGGCCACAUGACCUGGAAGCUGUCUGCGGACAAACACCAGCUCCCUCAGCCUAUAGAGCGAGAUGAGCGUGCAACCCUAGAGUCAUUCGUGGCUGGACCUAACAGUCAGGGGUACCUUUACCCUUACCUUUAGAAUAGUAAAAAACUAAAUGGAAUCUAAUUAAUUGUUCAGUAUUCAUACGAAAACCAAUAAUAAUUGUGAAGCAGAGAACCUUCUGAACCUAGACAAGGCACUUAAACAUUAUAGUUUGGUUAAUUCUUAGAAUUUAAGUGUAUACUGUUUUCUUUGCAAAAGUGGAGGGUAGGGACAGCAUCAGAAUAACAAGCACAAACUUGAUAAAUGUCCACUUUAUGAAAUCAUGCUUCUUUUCCCAACUUAUGAGAAUUGGCAGGAAUUAGAUUUGUGGCUUCUUUAGCCCAUAUCCACCUCACAGUCUCUUCUCUUUCUGACUUUUCCUUUAGUGCUGCAAACCAAAUUGUGGGAAAUCCUGAACCAGAGCCGUUAAGGUCUACUGCACAUAGACAUGCAGACAAUAUAGUCUCACACAAUUAUCCAGAGCUAGACUAAAACACUUUGCUGCCCUAGAAGGGGUGGCGAAUGAGCCUCAUCCUACACCCCAAAUCAGUGUGCAUGGUAGCCAAGGCUUGCCACUUUCUUCUAGCACAUGAAGCAGAAAAUCCAACAAGCUAUGGUACUUUCUUGCUCUGUGUCCAUAUAAAAUACAUUAAAACCAUUAACAGUUGCUGCCCUUUCUAUGUCACCCAAAAUCAGCUGCCUGAGGCAGCUAUCCUACUCUGAUGGUCAUGCACAGAUGUUGCUCCUCACCUUCAUUUACCUUUCCAUGGAAACUAAAACAUAUCUCCCCUCCUUCAGUUUCUGCUGCACAGCUGUUUAAAGUGCUGCUGUCCCUUUAAAAACAUCAACCAGCCUUGCUAUUCUUUCUGCAACAUCCCACAUACCUAUCUUCCCCCUUUAAGAGCAGCCUCUCCCUCUGUCCCACCUGCCAUGACCCCUCUUGUCUUUAUUAGGGCUGAAUAAUGGGAAUCUGGCCCUUUCCCUUCCUUUCUUCACAAAGGGUGUUUGGCUCCAUGGCUGAAGUGUGGAGGAUGUCGUUUUUUGCAAAAUUGUCGGUGAUAUUUUUGUAGAGUUUCUGCAAAUCUUGCUGUGGCGAAUUAUGGGAGGUUAACAGUACAGUUGUGUCAGUAAUUAUGUGGUGUUUCAUGCAGUUAAUGGAUACAGAAGACAAGCUCAGGGAGCUUGCAGUUCAGGGAAUAGGAGGGAAUGAAGAGUCAUGGGUAAUGAGGGAAAGCUCGAUUGGUUGUUUUUUUUGUCCUGACCAUUUUGAUUUUAAAGUUUAAAGCUAUUGCAGUAUGAGCAAAGCGGUAUAAAAUGUGUGUGGUUUAAGCAAGCAGGGGAGAAAAGUAUAGAUGCAUUAGGCUAUGUUACAGUGUAUUAUAUGUGUGGUCCCUGUUCCACAUUGGGCGAGGAUAUGGCUGAGAGAGAAAGGUCUGUAAAAAACACUUAGCUGAGUAUAAAGAUCCCACCUCAUAUUCUCUUCAGGUUGAUCUCUGCUGUGCAGGGGGCAGGAGGAGGGGGGAGGACAGGUGGGGGGGGGACAGGAAGUGGACUGGGGAUAAUAUUUUCUCCCCCACUCCAUUUUCAAUUCUCACCAGAAGUUGUGAGUAAAACAAAGUUAUAUGAAUCAAUAUUAUGCUGUAUUUCCAUUAAAGCAAUUAGUCUUAAGUAAUGACUAGACUCCAGACCCUUUAAAAAUGUUUUCUAACUUCACACAGCAGCAUUUUUUUAAAAGAAAAGUGGGCAGGGGUGCAGUGAUGAUGAAUAGGACAGAGAAGUCUUCCUCUAUCCCGUCCAGUGUAUACUGGGGAAUGAAAACACAUGUCAUGAACAUGGUUCCAUUCCAGCACUCUUGGUAUCCCUGUUCACCCAUCUGCAGAGAAAGUCGCUCCUGUGGCAAAAUAGAUUCCAGAAUAUUGAAAAUGAGAAUGCCAUGUGUUCUGGGACUCUAGUGUGAAUGUUUCUUUGCUACCCAAGAUGUAUUUACUUGCACUGUAGGAAAGAUAAGGCUUCAUUUUACUUGCAGCUGCUUAGCAUAUGCUUUUGAAGCUGGAUUUGAGGUUGCAUUCAUAGGUUUUAUGAUGGAUUCUCAAGGGGCUCAUUUAGAAUAUGCCUGCUCUGUGUGCUUGGCCCUGUAAGUAGUGUCUGAAUUGCUGUAGUCUCUAUAGUUCUGGACUUUCGUAGUGUCUCAUAACAGAAGCCUGCUUCAGGUAUUCCCACUUUCCACCAGAGUUUGCAGAGGAACAAAUGUGUUGUUAGUAAGGCUUUCUAUACUGUGGUGUGUAAGAAUAAUCUUUAAAUGUAGCUAUUUUUUAAAUGUUGGUGUCCUUGCAAAUGCCAGUGAACUUAGCUGUGUUACAUAUACUCCUUUGCUUCAGGAAUAAUAGAAUCAUAGAGUUAGAAGGGGACCCUGAACGUCAGUAUAGGAAUCCUGUACACACCCUUCUCUGGGUGGGCCAUUUACUGACAUCCAUAUCCCCACUUGUUCUUGGAAGCUCAGGUUGUGCAACUUUUCUAAUAUAAAAAGGGUGAAGAAUAUAUAAAAAUGCAUACAGUACAGAUGGCCAUAGAUACUCAAUCAGAACCCCCUAAUAGAUUAACUCCCAAAUUCCAAUUGCCAGCCUACAUAGAAGUGUGUUGGGUAGCAUCUUUAAAUUCCACAUGCUCCUAUUCUUACAGACCUUCUGAAGAAGACAGUGAUUGGUUGUAUAGCAGCAGCUCCUGAGAAGUAAUAGCUGUAACUUAACAUUGAAUUAUCACCCAUGAUGUGCUAAGCCCUCUACAGAGAAGAACACCUCUCUAUGUGUUCUGAGGAAAUUGUGCUGUUAAGAGGUGCAUUUGAUUGGUGGCUGCUGUACCAUGGAAAACUGGGUGCUUCUUAGUGAUGUUUGCAUGUGAAGCUUCAGUUUAAGAAUUAUUACUUGUUCCUAGAAUUAGCAGUUGGCUCCAGGGGUCACAGAUACUUCUUAUUUUCUUGCAGAAUGUGAAGAGCUUACCUCCAAAGGUGUCUGAGGUUGCAGCAUUUCACAGGGUGGCUUCAUUUCCGCCCAAAAUCUGAGCUGCGUGAUCAGCUGUGGCAUGUCUUGUGACAAUAUGAAUGUAGCAUGAAGUAGAGCAGGAAUGAGGAACCUGAGGCCUUGUUGCUGCACUACAACUCACAUAAUCUCUGACCAUGGGGCAGGUUGGCUGGGGCUGAUGAAAGGGGGAGAUCAUAGAAUCAUGGAAUUGUAGCGUUGAAAGGGAGGGUCAUCUAGUGGGGCUCAAAUCCUGAGAUUCUCAUGCUCUACCAACUGAGCUAUCCCAGCAACAACUGAAGGGCCACAGGUUCCCCAUCCUUUGAGUUGAGGCUGGAGAUGGAGGAACAAGAAUGAAUGCUGAAGGCUGGAGUGGUGGGGAGGAAGAAGUUUGAGAGAGGCCCUGCAUCUUUAUGUGACAUCUCGCUGCCUUGCACGAUACAUCUGACAAGGCCUGGCAUUGUGUUAACUGUUCUGCACAGACAGCCUUUCAUAAAGGUGGUGGAGGGGAGUGCUGACAUUUCCUCACACAGACUGGCCACCUGCAGAGUCUGCUUCAAACAGGGUGAAAAAGAGUUCACUGCUUCCUUAUGGUUGCUCCAGGCAGUUUCUUGCCAGAGGAAAGGACUUGGCUAAUUUUCUGUCCUGUUUGCGUCACUGUUUUGUACUUGCCUUUGCUGCCUGUGUUAAGGGCAUUCUUUUGAUAGUGAAACCUUCUGUAAGGGGAUAUCUUUAAUUCAUAAAUCUCUAAUACACAGUAGCACCUCCAGAAAGAAACAUAACUUGCCUUAAGUGUGUGUCAUAGCCAAAGUCCCUAGGUGGUGAUCUGCAUCUAUCCCUGGUUGCCCAAAGUUUGCUUGCAAAUGCUGCAGUCCUUGUGUGCUCUUACCUGAGAGAUUUCUGUUCUGUUAUAUUGCCUGACCUUUGCAUUACAGGGUAAUAGGGUGUGGCGUUGGCAUGCCUGAGACAGGUUUUUUGGGCUGGAGGGGGGAGUGGACAGAGCUGCAUUGGAAGGAUGACCAAAUAGGCAAUUGUUUCAGCUGCUUUCUCUAACAAUCAUAAUGGAACUGGUCUGCGAGCCAGCAGCCAGACAUCACCUGUGCCAACUCACAGGGUGUUUGCUGCUUGUUCAAAUACAGCAACAGAAUUAGGAUGGGAGUAUGAAGAUGCUUUGCUCUGCUUAUGCUUUGGGCUUCACAAGAAAAAAUAGGUAGCACUUCAUGCAGCCUUAAAAGAACUAACAAGACCUGCAAGCUUUCUCAGAACUGGCCAAUUUUUGUAUGUAAUUGUUGGGCUGACCGUUGUUCUCAGUUUUGCAUUAAAUGUCCUGGUUCUUUUUGUUGCUGUUUGCAGAAAGGAAGGAGAGGGUUUUUUGGUAGAGGUAAGUGGGGAAGAAUAAUAGUUAGUAAUAUGCAAAGCCAUUGGUUUUAAGUGGUUGUAUCUUCCUUGGUAUAUCAGUUUUAGCUGGUGCUCUGGGAAAGCCUAUACAGUACUGUGGUACCUUGGUUCAAGAACAGCUUAGUUUAUGCACAACUUGUAUUAAGAAUGCUGCAAACCCGGAAGUAGGUGUUUUAGUUUGUGAACUUUGCCUUGGAAGCAUGUUCUGCUUCCUGUUGAGUGUAAAUUGAAAAACGCUUUGGUUUAAGAAUGGACUUCAGGAGCAGAUUAAGCUCAUAAACCAAGGUACCACUGUACAAUGUUUGAGCACAAACCACAGGAAACAUGGACAGACAGACAUUCCAUUCAACCAUAGUCAGGAAGUUGUCCUAGUGCAGUGAAUAAUUUUUUUUGGGGGGGGGGGGGUGGGUCUUGUCCUGUACUUGCCAGUACUUGCAGAGUACUUCCCAGUUUUUAGACCUUUUCCUCUUGCUUUUAAAAACUUAUGGUGUACAAAUAUAUACAUUUUUCACUGCUAAUGUGCACCCUUUUUGCAAAACCAGUCAUGGUUUUACGUAGCAUUUAAUGUGUGGGGCAAUAUGAAUGAGAUAAGAUAGGGGAGAUCUGCAAUAAUUCCUUAAUUGCUCCUGGCCAGGACUAAGUUUUCCUCUAUUGCAAGUGGAUUUGUAGCUUAUAUAAUGGCAAGGGUCAGGAUUCAACUCCACUGACAAUAUUGUGCCCUGGAGUUUCUUAAAUGGCAGCACAAAGGCCUCUUUGCCAAUAUAUAUUCUUUCUUCCCUUCCCCAAGUUGUGUUCAGUGUAUUGGCAAUAAGCUGAGCUUCUGGGAAUGGUAAAGUAUUGUCUGCUACAGCAAGCCUAUAAUAAUCCUCUGCUGUCAUGACAAUAGCUGAGAAGCUGUGGGUCUAAACACUCUGACAAUGUUGCAUGCAAAUGUGAAUUACUUGGUUCUUUGCUUGUGAGCGAUUAUUAUGCCUGCUUUCUCCUAUGGUUCGCUUUUUAGUAGUGCCUGUAUAUGGUAGCGAUCAGUCUGAAAAAUGUUUUUGAGUGCAUGGGAAUUGAGAGUGACCCAAAGCCUCAUGGUAGGAAAGCACUUGCCUCCUGGUUAGAUUGUUAAAUAUUUAUUCCUUUAUGGCUGUGGUUUUCCUACAAUGUUCUGGGGCUCUAGUGGUGCCUCAGAAGAAGCCUGUUUGAGAGGCUUUCAACAGAAAGAGCAGUGAUGGUCAAAUAGCUCCCUUGAAUAGAUGCUUUGCUCACUGUUACCAAUCUCCCCCGACACUGCACAGUUUCAGGAGGGUGUUGGGCAUGCUUUAGGGGUGACUCUCUUGGUUCAAGUGUGACAACAGGCCUGGCUAGUGCUCUAUUUGAGCAAAGUGCGCACCUUAGGGCAGAGGUUUUCAACCUUUUUGGGUCCACUGCUCCCUUGACCAACUACAUUCUUUCUGUGGUUCCCCUGUGGGGCUCAGGAGAUCAGUUAUGUCCCCCCCCCCCCUUGCCUGCAGAGCUGGAAGCCUCUCACCAUUUUCCAAACACCAUCCCUGGUGGAGUGCUCCCUCAGCCUCCCCUCCCCUCCCUUUGGGAGUCCUCUGGGCAGCUGCUUCCACCCGCCCCCACAAAGAGAGGUGCCUCCUCACCCCCCGGGGGGGGGCUGGGAAGAGGAUGCCCCCAGCCUUAGCAGCCUGACGAACACUGGCCAAAGGUGAAUGUGACACCAGCACUUUACUCACCUUGGGAGGCAGCAGUGGCAGCAGCAGGCGCCACCAGGCCUGCAUGGCGGAAAGUCUCUCCUUUGGCUCCAGGCACUCAGCUCCCAGGCAGGCCUUGCACACAGCAAGUAGAAGAAAGGCCAGUGUGUCGCUUACCUGCCAGACCUCUCACUUGUCACUUGUUUGGGAAUAGUCCCAAAAGCAGGGGCUGGUGGACUGGUUGUCUGGGCUCCCUCACCCACUUGCUUGCUUACUCUGAGGCCCCUCAGCUCCUGGCAACCAGCACCCCCUGGCCAGCCCCAGAGGCACCAUUUGCCUGGGGAGCUUGUAACCAGGGCUUCAAGAAACAGCAAGUCUUUGGGAAUCAGACACGAGAUGGCAUCAGAGGAGGGAGGGAAGGAAAGAGGGACCAAGACCAGGGUUGCCUGUGACACCCCUCACCAUCAUUCAAGGCACCCCAGGGUGCCACGACACAGGUUGAAUACCACUGCCUUAGGGCAUGUCUAAGAACUUGCUGCAAAAUUCUGUGUUCCUAUUGCAGAUGUGCAAGGGACUCUCAGCAAGGGUCAGUAAGUGGAAAGUGUUCCUGGAAUAUUAAAGAGGCUGAAUUAAUGGGCUCAAAUUAACAGGUAGAUCCAGGGAAUGCUUUAUGCACUGCUGGUCAAGCAGACUUCAUUUUGUGAGGUCCACAACCUGGCUACCUCUGACAUACAGCCACAUUCAAACUUCAUGAAAUCUAAUUUCUGUACUCCUGUACUGUAUGUUUCCCUUAUAGUAGUAAGAUAAAUUAAAGACGAGUACAAGGGCUGAGACUGGGGGGGGGGGGGCACCUGGGGUGAGUGGAAAUCACCAAGAGGCCACCACUGACAGGAAGUGAUGCAUGUUGCCAAUUCUUCCAUGGUUCCCUCCAUUUAUCAAAAUUGCCUGCAGCUAACUUCUUUCAGGAAGAAGUGUUUGUGAAGUAAUUAAAGCAGUUGGCUGGAAUUUAAGUUAGUAAAAUAAAACUGUUCCAACCCGUUUUCUUCGCCUCCGCUGUUUGCUGUAGCAACAUGUUGUGAGCGGAACUGUUUGUUUCAGCCUCCUCAAGUCUGAGAUGGUUGUGAGACUGGCGUCCUUGCCAGCAGGGCUCAGGUUGUGUGCGCACAUGUCUGCCGCUUCACCCAGCCUUGCAAUGAAGUUGGCCAAGGUUGCCGCUGCAUAUGCCCACAAGAGAUCAAACUGGGGGGUAGCUUUGUGAAAGGUCCCCUCCCCCCGUAACUGUGGGGUUGGGAGGGAAUGACUGCUGACCCAGCUGGGGAAUAGGCUAGGGAUGGCUGGAAAAUGAAGGUAGGCUUAUGCUCUUUACUUACUCUCUUUCCCCAUAAAGCAAAGGCUUUUAUGAUUUCUGCCAUGCCAGCCCCUUUCUCAAGCCUAAACUUGAUAGCACAGUUUGGAAAGCCGAAAGCAGCAGAAAGCUUUUUUGCUCAACCCAGUACUUCAGUUAUGACCAUUUACAUCCCUCAAGAAUAGCAGGCAGGCAAGAAGUUGUUGAGGCUUUGCUAAGAACUGGAGAUGGGGCUAUAUCUGUCGUGCUUGCUGAAGGGGGCGUGUUUUCCAGUGUUUUCCUUUCUAUUCUAACACCUGUUGCUUUAGUGUGCAUGUUCUUUAACUGAUUCUCAAACAUUUUUUUUCAAACCCAGGUAUCUCCCCUGUGCCAUAAUGGGUCUAGCUUUGUUUCUGGGCAAAUAUUUUAAUUUGCAAACUUGCUGGUUUUUUGUUUUUCUUUAACAGCUGAUGGGCCUUCUUAAGACCAUAAGAAUUAAUGAGCUGGUAACUGAUCAAAGAGAAUCCUUAUGUGUGCCUUGAAUGGAAAUGUGGAUAACUGCUUGGAACAUAUUCUGGGGUGUUGUGUGACAUACUGUGUAGAUAAGUGGUUCUCAAAUGUUUUUCUCUGGGCCACACUUUCAGAACAAAAAAUUGCUCACUCCACAUCAUUUUUAAAAAUUAUUAUUAAUAAGUAGUACAUUGCAAAAUGAAAAGCAACAACUCAUAAUAAUGCUUAGUAUAUGACAUAAAACACAUAGGAUAUCCAUAAAGUAUAAAACAAUGCAGCUAUGUAUGAACAUAAAUCAUUCACAACUUAUAGUACUGAUUGUCCUUGAAUCUUCCUGCCACAGUUGCCAUCCUCUUCUGCUACACCAGUGCACUGUGUCACACCGUUUGAGAACCACAGUGCAGAUGUUGCUCCAAAAUCCUUUAGUCUACCUCCUUUCCCUUGAGAGAGUGAUGAAGAACAUCUGCACUAGUAGUCUGGAAGGAAUGUAGGCUGGUUCUGGUAUCGGACUCUUGAUGUAGAGCUUGCUGUGCAAGGGUGCCUUCUUCCCCAUGUCUGAGAGUUUCCAUCUGUUUUUGUUCAACUUGCAGGUUCGCAAGGAGGGAAGAAGGGCAUAUGUUGGAGAGGAUGUGGAGAGAAGUUUUGUGAGUAUCUAAAUAUUUGUGUGUUAUGUAAACUGGUAACUGGUGGUCCAACGCGCAGCCUGCAGGUUCUGUGUCAAAGUACUCCUGCCGCCCACUUAGUAUGAAAAGUUGGGCCACCCAGACCUAUCCUCCCCCCUCCAUGUCCUUCAUAAUCGUGUGAAAGCUAACUGCACAGCAAACUUUGAUUUGGUUACAGAAAUUGUGAAUAUCAGGUGUGGCUGGACCAAUAUCAAAGUAGCCCAUUUUAAGACUGAGAUGGCAUAGAAUCUGGGGAUUGUGUGCAAGGGCAAAAUUGCACAAACUCAGAGUUCUCCCCCCCAACUGCCCCCACUAUCAAACAUGGGAGCCUCCCAGAGCAGGAAAAUCUCACAUGGGAAACACUUUUAAGCCCUCUGCCUUGCUUACCAGGCUCUGGAGGCUCCGAAAGAUCUCUUGGGGAGGUCUGAAGAUACACUGGAUGCCUGCAAUUGGAUCCAUGUGAGGGCCUCCAGAACCUAGUAAGCAAGGGUCUCCUGCCCCCUCUCUAUUUAUUUAUGUUUAUUUUUUGAUGUUAUGCCUAAAGCUAUGAACACAUAAGUAUAAAUUGUGGUUCCACUGUAAUUUCUGGAGCUUCUUUCUUACCCCAGCAAAUUGCCCAAAGCAGCUCAUAGUGUACAAAGAUAACAGUACAAUUUUACUAAAAAGCAGCACAUUAAUUCAGCAUUUGAGUUCUAAAAUAUUUCAGUUGUAAGAUUAAAAUGUGUCAAUUUUCUCUAUAGAGAGCAUUUCAUCUCUGAACAUUAGCAUGAGCUCUUGUAUAUGAAUUUGGCAGGCCCUCCCAUAAUUUUCAUUGUGCUUAAAGGCUAGGGGGGGAAAAGGCAGUAGAACAGAACAAUCACAGGUUGAUGGUCUUAAAAAGCUGGCUUUUAUAGUUGUAUCUUACCUUGCAGUCCACAGGAUAAAAACCAACACACACUGUGGGGAAAAUAAAAGACCUUUUAAAUUUCUAACAUCUCAAGCUUAAGUGUGUAAGUGAAUUAUCACCCAGAAUGUGGAAUUUCAAUCUAGGUUAAGAAUUUUGCCCUGUCCUUUUUACUUAUUAUCAGGUGAGUGUGUCUUCAUAAUCCUGCUUUAGCGUUUGAUUAUAAAGGCAACCGAAAUAUUUAGUUGGGUUUUUCCAUGAUGAUUUCACAUUGUAAGGUUUGUGACGGAGACAUGCUUAAAAGCCUGGAUCCUUUAGGGUACAGAUGCCUGUGUACUUAGACAAUGAAAUAAUCCAAUUUUAGCUUGGCGCUGGAGAAGAGUGUCACGCCAGAGCAAAUGCAAAUUGCUGUGCAGCUGCUGGGUUUGUCAAGAGCAAUUUUGAGCUUAGAGGGUUCCAAGUACAGAAGAAAAAGUGUCCCCCUUUCCCCUCUUUGUGCUUGUUAAAAGCUUCUGAAUAUUUGCUUUUGCCGGAAGCGUAAGUUUGGUUUACACUAUGGCUGUUGGAGUUGCCAUGAAAUGUAUGUUUUGGAUUAUAGAAUAUAAAACACAUUAUUUUUCAGGAACUCAGCAGUAUAGUAGAAACUGAGGGACCUAGAGGGCUGAAGAGCUUUAAUGUCUAAUUUCAAUUUUCUAUAUUGGUUAUAAUACUAAGUACCUUCGUUGCUUUUAAUGGCAGGGGUUAUUGACUGUCUCAAGUCUCUCAUAUUUUUUGUCUCAUGGUAUUUAUUUUAAAGUUUAAAAAGGUUGUGCAGAGAUUUCUCUCUUUCCUCCUAGACUAAAGCAGGUGUUGGAAUUCAUUUUGCAUCAACUUUAUAUCUAUUUUUGGAGAGUAUUGCAUGUGUGGAGUCAGAUCACUUAUUACAUUGCAAAAGUUUUAACUUCUACCCAGUGUAUGUAUUGUAUGUGUGGCUUCAUUUUUUUUUAAUAUGUCUAGGCAAAUAACAUUAUAAUGUGUGGGGUUCUGGUCACUUGUUAAGGCUAUUUUGUGAGUUGUGGGCCAGAUGGUUCAUGGUGAAACAGUGCAGAGGUUUGGCACGUGCAGUUUUGAAUGCUGAGCAGUCAAGCCAUUCUAACAUUGCAGAACAGAUAUGUCAGGCUUGGGUUUAUACACAUGCAGGGUGGUGGUGUGAAGAGAACUUAUUUUGAAGCUUGCAUUUCAGUAUCCUACUAGUGAACUUUUAAAGAUGAAAUCCCUUGAGAGUUUGCAUAUCUCUACAUCUCUUUUUUUUAUAUAAGAUAUUUAUUAAGAUUUUUUAAAAUAUUACAAUAAAAAUAAAAAAAAAUGACAAAAAUACAAAAUAAAAAUAGUUAAAAACACACAGAUUUUCCAUUACUUAUUUUCCUUUGACUUAUUUCCCGGACCUCCUCAUACCUCCCUUUUUUGUAUUCCACUUCAAUCUGUUGGUUCAGCAAAUCCUUUAAAAGUAAUAAUAUUAAAUUUUUACCUAUUUAUAACCCUUUUUUCAUAUUCCCUUAAAGCAUUACAGCUGGAAACCACUUAAUUACUAUCCAACAUCAUUCUAACAUUCAUUACUUUUACAAUAUUUCUGUAGAUAAUCUUUGAAUUUCUUCCAAUCUUCUUCCACCGACUCUUCUCCCUGGUCUCGGAUUCUGCCAGUCAUUUCUGCCAGUUCCAUAUAGUCCAUCAGCUUCAUCUGCCAUUCUUCCACAGUGGGUAAAUCUUGUGUCUUCCAAUACUUUGCAAUGAGUAUUCUUGCUGCUGUUGUGGCAUACAUAAAAAGUUCUGUCCUUCUUUGGCACCAAUUGGCCGACUAUGCCUAGGAGAAAGGCCUCUGGUUUCUUCAAGAAGGUAUGUUUAAAUACCUUUUUCAGUUCAUUAUAUAUCAUUUCCCAGAAGGCCUUAAUCCUUGGGCACAUCCACCAAAGGUGAAAGAAUGUACCUUCAGUUUCUUUACAUUUCCAACAUUUAUUGUCGGGCAAAUGAUAGAUUUUUGCAAGCUUGACUGGGGUCAUGUACCACCUGUAUAUCAUUUUCAUAAUAUUCUCUCUUAGGACAUUACAUGCCGUAAACUUCAUACCUGUGGUCCAUAACUGUUCGCAGUCAGCUAACAUAAUAUUAUGUCCAACAUCUUGUGCCCAUUUAAUCAUAGCAGAUUUCACCGUUUCAUCCUGAGUAUUCCAUUUCAACAGCAAGUUAUACAUUCUUGACAAAUUCUUAGUUUUGGGUUCUAACAGUUCUGUUUCUAAUUUUGAUUUUUCCACCUGGAAGCCAAUUUUCUUGUCCAAAUUAUAUGCCUCCAUUAUCUGAUAAUAAUGAAGCCAGUCUCGCACUUUAUUUUUUAGUUUCUCAAAACUCUGCAGUUUCAGUCUAUCUCCAUCUUGUUCCAAAAUUUCCCAAUAUUUCGGCCAAUUGGCCUCCAUAUUGAGCCUUUUCAGAGCUUUCGCUUCCAUCGGUGACAGCCACCUUGGGGUUUUGUUUUCCAAUAAAUCCUUGUAUCUUAUCCAAACAUUAAACAGUGCUUUCCUGACAAUAUGGUUUUUAAAUGCUUUAUGCGCUUUGACCUUGUCAUACCACAGAUAUGCAUGCCAUCCAAAUACAUUGUUAAAACCUUCUAAGUCCAAAAUGUCUGUGUUUUCAAGAAGUAGCCAUUCUUUCAACCAGCAAAAAGCUGCUGAUUCAUAGUAAAGUUUAAAGUCUGGCAGGGCAAAUCCACUCCUUUCCUUUGCAUCAGUUAAUAUCUUAAAUUUUAUUCUGGGCUUCUUGCCCUGCCAGACAAAUCUAGAAAUAUCUCUCCGCCACUUCUUGAAACAGUCCAUCUUGUCCACAAUUUGCAAUGUUUGAAACAAAAACAGCAUUCUAGGCAAUACAUUCAUUUUUAUCAAAGCAAUAUGACCCAACAGUGAAAGCUUCAAAUUUGACCAGAUUUCUAAAUCUUUUUUCACUUCCGUCCAACAUUUUUCAUAAUUAUCUUUAAAUAAGUUCCCAUUUUUGGCUGUCAUAUUAAUCCCCAGGUAUUUCACUUUCUUAACCACAGUCAGGCCUGUCUCAUUCUGAAACCUCUCUCUUUCAAUCGGUGUUAAAUUUUUCUCUAAAACCUUAGUUUUUAACUUGUUCAGUUUAAAUCCUGCCAGUUGACCAAAUUCUUGAAUUAGUUCUAAAACCCUUUUAGUACUAGAUUCUGGCUCCUGUAACGUCAAUACUAAGUCAUCUGCAAAUGCUCUCAGUUUGUACUGUUUGGCUCCGACCUGUAUACCUUUGACCAACCGGUCCCUUCUAAUCAUAUUCAGCAGAACCUCCAGGACCGAUAUAAAAAGCAGUGGGGAGAUUGGGCACCCCUGUCGUGUCCCUUUUUCUAUCUUAAAUUCUUCCGUCACCACAUUAUUUACAAUUAAUUUAGCCUUUUGUUCAGAGUAUAUUGCACCUAUACCAUUUUCAAAACCUUGGCCUACCCCCAUCCCCUGUAGGUUCUUCUUCAUGAAGCUCCAAGAGAUGUUGUCAAAGGCUUUCUCCGCGUCCACAAAUAUCAGAACUGCUUUAGUAUUUAUAUUCACUUCUAGUUUUUCCAAAAUAUCAAUUAUAUUUCUCAAAUUAUCAGACAAGUGUCUUCCUGGGAGAAAGCCCGCUUGGUCUUUAUGGAUCUCUUCCAUCAAUACUUUUUCAAUCUCUUGGCCAAAAUGUCUGCAAAAAUUUUGUAAUCCACAUUAAGUAACGAUAUAGGGCGGUAGUUCUUAAGCUGAGUCUUUUCAGUCUCUGUUUUCGGUAUAAGUGUAAUGUACGCCUCUUUCCACGACUCUGGUGCCCUUUUCCCUUCCAAUAUUUCAUUACAGACUUCCUUCAAAGGUUGUAGUAGCCACUCUUUCAAAGAUCUAUAAUAUCUAGAAGUCAGCCCAUCCGGUCCUGGAGAUUUGCCCAAUUGCAUAUUUUGAAUGGCACCUUCUACUUCCUGUUCAGAUAUUUUAUAGUUCAACAUUAAUUUGCUUUCUUGGGAGAUUUUUUUGUAGUCCAUUUGUCUUCAAAAAUUUGUCUAUGUCCAUUUCUUUCUGUGGCCCUUGUGUGUAUAAUUGUUUAAAAUACCUCUGGAAACAGUUUCUAAUCUCAAUUGGGUUAUGUAUAUUCUUUCCUUCCACUUCUAAGUUUGUGAUAGUAUUUAAUUUUUGUCUUUUUUUCAUUUGCCAGGCCAGCAAUUUCCCACAUUUAUUAGCUGAUUCAAAUGUUUUUGUCUCAUUUGUUUAAUUUUCCAUUAUAUUUACUGAUUCAUCAAUUCCAUAUAUUGUACUUGAUAUAAUUUUAUUUCUCUCAAAAUCUCCUGCUACUUUGGUUUUGCUCUCAGUUUCUUCUCACUUUCUUUUAUUUUCUCCAAAAUUUUAUCUUUCUUCUCAUUUUGACUUCUCUUCUUUAUUGCAUUCUGUUGUAUCAGAAACUCUCUCAUAACAGCUUUACUUGCGUCCCAGAUUACUCUUUUUCUACAUUGGUGUUCAUAUUUAUUUCAAAAUAAUCUCUCAAAGUUUUUGGGCCUUUUUAUAGACUUCUUCAUCUCUAAAUAAGGUGUCAUUCAUCCUCCAUCUGAAGGAGCCAGUUGAUAUUUGUUUCAUCUCCAUCCUUACAGCAUUAUGGUCGGAGCAGGUUUUUGGGCAGAUUUCCACUUUCUUUAUCUUUGGUGCCAUUCCUCUAGUUACCCAUAUUUGGUCAAUUCUAGUCCAUGUCAUCUUGGCUUCAGAAAAGAAAGUUCCCUCUCUUCCCAGGGGGUUCUUUACUCUCCAAAUGUCCACUAAGUCCAUAUUGUCUGUCAUCUCAAAAAAUGUUUUCGGUAGUCUACCAUCCUUGGUAACUACCUGUCUUUGUGCCUUGUCCAUAUUUGUAGAUACUACUCCAUUCAUAUCCCCAUCAGAAUCAGAUUGUAAUCCAAAUAGUCCAAUAAAGUCUCAUGCAACUUUUUAAAGAAUUCAGAUUUCCCCUCAUUCGGUGCAUAAAUUCCUACGAUCAAAAAUUUCUCUCCUUGAACUUGAAUUUCAAUUGCCAAAAAUCUGCCUUGUUCAUCUUUAAAAAUUAAUUUCGGUGAUAGUCUCUCCUUUGCAUAUAUCACAACUCUUUUUUUAACUUUGUCAGAUGAGAUAAACUCCUGUCCCAAUCUUUUAUUGAUCAGUAGUUUCCUAUGUAGCCUUGUUACAUGUGUUUCUUGUAAGCAAAUCAAGUCCAAUUGUUCCUUUUUUAGUAAAUGAAAAACACUUUUUCUCUUUCGAGGAGAGUUCAAACCAUUACAAUUACAACUUAACAGUUGCAGAGCCAUGAUGGGGUUACUUCGCUUUACCUCCAACUGCGCCAAGUGUCUGUUCUUGUUCUGUCGAUGAUGUCUCUUUCUCUGGGCCGUACAAUCCAAAAGAUAAGUUUGCUAUGUCCAGUAUUCCUUUUUCCAGUGCUUUUGGCUCUUCUCCGGAUUCCGCUUCUUUCUGUAGGUCUUCUUCGUGAUCUUUCAGAAACCUAUCUUUAUCGAUAACUGAUCUUAUUUUUAUCUUUCUUCCUUUGUAUUUAAAAGAUAGGCCUUGAGGAAAUUCCCACCUAAAAAGAAUUCUAUUUCUUCUCAACAGGGCUACUAGGUCUCCGUAGUUAAACCUUAAGUCCAAAAGAUGUUUUGGAAUGUCCUUAAAUAUCUCCACACUUGAGUCGUAAAUUUCCAAAGUCUUUUGAUAGUGCAGAUUCAAAAUUUUGUCUCUCUCCUCUUUUGUUUGAAGAGUAAUCAAGCAGUCCCUAGCCUUGUUCCUCCUUUGUCCUCUUCCAAGUCUAAAUGCAUUCACUAUCUUAAAUUCUUCCUUCCCCAAGUCCUGUUGCCAAAAAUCUGUAAAUUCCUGUGUAAGGAAUUCAGCCAAAUUGUCUUUCUCACGUUCUGGUACAGCCCUGAUUCUUAGAUUUCUUUGUUUCUCUUUCAAUUCAAUCAUAGACAAUGUCAAACCGUGGUCCUCCAAUUGCUUAUAUACCGGUGGUAUCUUCUCUUGAGUAGCAGUUGCUAUAUCUUUUGCUUCUUCGGCUAUCUUUCGGGUUGAAGCAGAUUCCUGUAAUAAUUUUUCAAUAGACUCUGUAUUGGUAUUCACCUUCUGUCCCAAAUUAUUAAUGCUUGUAGUAUUCAGGUCAGUUUUAACUGAUGCUUCAGCUACUUGUUUAUUUGUCUCGGCUACCUGCUUAGCUAAAUUUUCCAAAGAUUCAUUAAUUUUUCCAAGUGCAUGUGCCAAAACGUCUUCGGACGACAUAACUUUUGGUUUGACCUGUGGAGGAGCAGCCCCUGAUGUUCCAGAUGCUCCAGAUGUUGAAGCCCUUCGCUGCUGUGCAGUAUCUGUCCGAUAGGGUCUGCCAGACCUAGUUGUUUUUUCCUGCGCCAGCUCUAACUUUCCUCUCCCAUCUGCCAUAACACUCUCAUGAAAAUUCAAGGUUGAUCCCACAGUUGAAAGGUUGUUUUGGAAUGGAAUUUUCCUCUGACCCAGUUGUUAUUGUAGCAAUCUCAAACCUCCUCUAGGGGGACACAGUAACCGCCAAAGCUUGCAACUUUUAAAAAUGAAAAUAGUCCUUAUAAGUCCCCCAGUUCAUCUAAAAACAACAGUUUCAGUUGCACUUAAACAGUUACUUUAGAACCAGGAGAGGUCCAGAAACACUGUAUCUCUUUUGCAGGGUUAGCUGUCAAAAGUCACUGCUUACCGAUAGGCUUUCCACUGAACGACGUUCUUUAUCUAGGGGCAGUCCGUUCCCAGGUUUUAGGCAGCGGAUUUUAGCUUCCUUUCCCCCCCUUUUUUUUGCAGAUAAAAACAGUUCAAACCUUCCCCCCUCCUCUCCUGCAAUCCGGAGGGGAGACCGCUUUCCAGAUGUUAAGAUUUAGGUCUUUUUCCAGACGUCUUUCCGAGUUUCCGCUUUACAGUCUCUUUGCUUUGAUCUAUUUACAAGAAAGGAAGGCAGACUUCCUGUUUAUACCUUCCCGCUUCGGUGUCGAAUUAACUUGUUUUUUCUCCUUUUAAAUCCAAUUUAAUCCUACUCACGGGUAGUUGCUUUCAAAGUCCAAUUGUCCCAGGAAAAAGUCAGCACUCUCCGAUAACGGCUGUGCGGCUUCACUCCGCGGAAGAAGCAGUCGACUCUCAGCACCGCGCUGCUCACCCCGUCCCGCUCCGGAGCCCUUAAAAGGGUCCCUUCGCAACUUGGGGGGGGGCGCAAAAGGUGCCCGCCGAGUCCCCACGUUCACAGGCUUCCCCCGCCUGUGAUUUUUAAAGGGCCCCCGCUUUGCCGCAGCAGUAAGACCCAAUCCCGCGGAGCUGGUCCCUCCGCGACUCAGAGGGAAUCCGCCAUUAACGAUGGCGCUGACCCGGAAGUCUGCACAUCUCUACAUCUCAGUCACACAGCAAAUGCAGAUAGCCAACCUGAUGCCCUCCGAAACAUUGGACGGGUGCUAGUCUGUUGAAAUGGAUCUGGUGUAGGGGAAUAGAAUAUUUGACAAGGUAUCAAGAGACCUAGAAUAUUUUAAAACCCCUACUCUGUGGCUUUCAUUGGAUCAUGUUGGGCAGAGAUAGCAUUACUUGACCCAACCUGUCAAUUAAUACCAGAGUGGUAUUGAGGAGAAAAUAGGGGACACCAGGUGCACUGUCCUGAGCUCCAUGAAAAAAUCUUGAGGGUGAGGAGAGAGAUUAAAAUCCUGACAGAUAUGCAGAAUAAUUCUAUUCCAUGCAUAACAGGGAUGAAACAUCUUGUGUUUCGAACACAGGUACAGUAAUGAGAUUUCAUAAUGUGAUAGGAGAUGGUUUUGCCUGACCCUGCUGCUUUCUCUCCUCUGCCCUUCACUAGCUUCCCAGCUCAUGCAAAUUGCACAAUAUAAAAUGAGCUGCGCUUUAUAAUCAUAAGCAUGUGUUUACUUGCUUGUUUUUCCCCUUUGCAUGGAGAUCGAAGUCUUCUCCCUUGCACAUAUGAAUCAACUCAUUGAUCCUUGGUAGUGUGCCAGUGAAAGGCAGCUGAUUAUUGAGACAGCCUUUCUUGCUUGCAUAGAUCACCACAGAAGUAGCAAAGCAGUUUUGUCUCACAUCCAGGGUGAGUUCUAACUUAUUGAUGGUAGGGAAACAAAAGCUUCCUGCUUGCUAAGAUCUAUGUCCUUUGAUAUGACUCUUGUUAGCAGAGAUCGUAUCCUGACGAGAAAUACUAGUUUCUUACAAUAGUUUUUGCAAAUCAUAUAGAUUGGGGUGGAGGAGUUUUUGUAUGACUGUCUCCUUGUUGUAACUGCUUUUUCAAGCAGAUGAGCAGGGAGGGGGAAAGGCGGAGACAGCAAUCUCCUAUGUUACCUCUGCUUUGAACUUCAGUUCCAUCACUAGAGAUUUUUAUUUCCAGAAUAUUAGCAGCGGACAUGAAAAACAGUUUUAGAUGAGCACCAACUUAUUCAGGCUUGCUUUGAAAUAUAACUGGUUUUGGUUUUUCUGGAUUCUAUGUAAAAUUCCAUUCGCGGCAAAAUGGAGAAGGGAUGCAUUGCUUAUGGGAAGGAAGCUCUUAAUAAGGACAUAGGUGAUAUUGUGAGGGUCGUUAUAGGUCUGCAUUGGCAGUAGAAAGGAAACCCAAUCAAAGCUCCUUUAAGCUGCUUUAACAUAUGGAUUUUCAGAAGAGGAAAGUGCAGCCCAGAGAGCUGUCUCACUCUUGAAGGAUGACAUUCUCUGAUCCUGACUGUUGACUCUGCCUGACAGUUAUUCUGCUAAAUGCCCCCCCUUUUAUUCCACAAGGGGAUUUUUGUUACUUGAAUAAUCUUAAUGUGUCUCUUAAAGCAGAUGGGAUGUUUGCUAUUUUGCCAGAUCUUCAGUUCUGGUCCCGCUUGAGAGGAAAAGGCUCUUACAAGUAUGUCUUUGAAGAACAGAAAGGGGCUUUACAAUGUACUGCAAUGAAUGUGGUACAGCAAGAACAGUUGGAGCGCAGCUCCCGAACUUUUAUUUAUUACAUUUACAUACCAGCUUUUUCUUCCAAGGAGCUCAAGUUGGUGUACAUGGUUCUCUUCUUCUCACCACAACCCUGUGAUGUAGGGUAGGCUAAGAGAUGGUGAUUGGCCAAGGUUACCCAAGGAGCUUAAUGGCUGAAUGGGGAUUCGAACCCUGCUCUUCCACACUGGCUUAUUUUCAGACCAGGAUUGAUGAUGCCAUCUGAGAGUGCACUGGGGUAUUUGACAGACUGUUAGCUGUGACAAGUGAAUAAGAUGAUAACAAAUCUUUUAAGUUGUAUUACCAUUUGACAGGUUAGCGCAUAGAGGAAACUGGAGAUGGAGGAAAAUACUCAAGCAGAGCCUGGAUACGGAGCGUUGUAUCUAGUGCUUGUUCUACUUGGAGUUAGACCCACUGUCAUUAAUAUGCAUGACUAACUUAAGCCCAUAAAUUUCAUUGUGUCUACUGAGUAGAACUUGGUUGGAUACAGCCCUUAUUUCCUUUGAUGGGGUUUCUACUUCAUGGUAGCCAUUGUAAUAUUUCUGUGCAAGUUUGCUUACAUUUCUAAUUGAAUUUUAAAGGUUGUAUUUCAGCUGGCUGAAGACCUUUUGCUAAAGCUCAGUGUUGGACCUAAGAAGUUGGAACACUGAGUUUAAUAGGGCUAUUCCCGAGGUAACUAUGUUUCUGCCCCAAAGCUUAUCAGAGAUGUGAACCCCACCAGCUAAGUUCCAACAUGCUAGCCACCCACCACCCUUCACUAGAUCCCUACUCAUCUCUGGAGGACAGUAAGCAGGUCCUAAUACACUGGGUGUUAUGCUAUGUACUGCUAUUAGUUUAUUAUAUGUAUAAAAUGGGUGGACGCAAACUGCCUGUAUGUUUUGGAUGUUGCUUGGGGGCAGGGCUGUGGAGGCUGUCAUGGAGAGCUCCUGUGCUUCAAAGUUUGCCAGGACACCACUGGUGAAUAGCAAACCUAUUGUUGAGAAACAAAUGCUUCAUUUUCACAACUAAACAAUGGAUGGUCUUGGCAUUGUGACUGACUUCACUGGCAAUUAAUCCCCACUCCAGUGAGCUAUGCUCACAUGAUUUAUUAAGAUGACAUGGCGCAUUAGGGUACUAUGCUUCCUUUUUAAAAACCAGAGCAUUUAAAGUCUUUAUCUUGUUUUGUCAACAGGGGAGCUACUAAUACUGACGGUAUGGAUCAUUCUGUGCUCCGAAGGGAGGUGCAUCAUGAGAGGUAUGCGCUUUGGUGCAAAAUGAAUCAUGUUUAAUACAUUAACACUGCUCAGUGCUUGUUUGUUCUCUCAAGACAAAUAAGGUUUUUUUUCCGGAGUUUUGGAUGUUCUGCCUUUUGUUUAUCAACCUCUGGUGGGUGGUGCUAUAGUUGUACAGAAGCUCAUCACUCAUGCACUGACAAACUUGUUUAGCAUGUAGCCUAUUGUGAGGAUUCUGCCAAAUCAAUUACAUUAUGUACAAUGUUUGUUAAAGCCUGUUUGGUCUUAAAACAGGAUGUGAAACUUGAUGAGCUGAUGAGAGAAUCAUGAGUUUGGCAAAAGAAUUGAGGCACAUGCUUGUAAUUUAUGGAUCAGAAGGGGCUGAAUGUUAUACUCCCAUCACUUUUUAGCAUAUUUCUGUUGUCAUAUCCAAGUGUUGCCAUAGUUUUUAAUAUCAGUAAUUUUGGCAGUAUCGUUGGGAAGGAUUCCACCUUUCCCCUCAAUUGCGUUUUGAUUGUCUUUUGUUAGAGAGGCAGCUCUUAUUUGCCAAUUACUUCUAGUCAGAAUGUCAGUGAGAUUGCAGCUGUCUGCUGUUCAUAAAAUGGUUAAAACCCUCCCAAUAGCCUUGUUUCUUUUAAUCGUACCCUUCGCUGGCACGUAGCCCUUCCCCUUUCUUCUUGCUCUUUACUCAGCCAACACUUAAUUCUCAUUGUUUUGUAUUUUCUGCUUGAAAUCAGCUUGCUAUGAAGCUGUUUCUGCCUCACAAAGAAUAUCCAUGUGCAUUUGGAAUUCAGAGGCUUUUGAGGUAUAUGGGGAGUUAUUACUACCAUUUUCCUAACGGGGAAGGAAACUGUUUCUUCUGAAAACAUGACACAGGAAUGAGACAACUAGCUGAGGAGCUCCUUUGAAUAUUCUUGCUCUAUGAAAAUGCAUUCCGUGCAUUAUUUGCAUAAACAGCAGAUGCAGGAUCCUAGUUUGUAGCCUUGUGGUAUUGUUCCUUGGCCACAGGUGCAAUUUUGAGGUGGCAGGAGAGCUUCAUUUGUUGGUUGCACCUUUUUUGAGACAUCACCUACUUAAAAAAACUGCUUUUGUGAUGGUGGUUAUUACAUUUUGUUUAAACACACUGGGCAAUUUUUAACAGAAAGGUUGGUUAUGAAUAUUCCUUCAUAAAUUUAAAAUGCACACAUUGAAAACACAGGAACAAUUUCUUUUCUUCAUUUUCUGUUGCAUGAGAUUUUUCAACUGUUCUUAUGUUCUUUAAAAGCUGAUUUCAAAUCUGAAAUCGAUUUUCGUGUACGUGCUAUAGUUAUCUUUCAAUUUCUGACUUUUGCUGAUAUGUCAUAUUUACACUGGGGAUAAGUGGACACUGACACAUUGAUCUACCCAUACCACAUGGUAAAUAUUGUUUUGCAAACUUAAUUUUUCUUUAUUUUUAUAGUUUUGUAACCUAAAUAUUUGUAUUUUUCAGAUUGGACCAUGGCUUCUUCAAGUAGACAAAAAUGUGUAAACAAGCUUGAUGCCUUUUGUUAUGCUAUUUUUGUCUGGUCAAUACGAAGAGUAUCGGCAAGAAAAACUGACAUUCUGUCACCCUAUCCCAGUAUUCCUUCAGCAAUUAGACCUAUCCUGCACUCUGAGGAACUCCCAAUUCCAGUUUUUAAGGGGUUUGUCUCUUCUGAAGAUGAAGGAAGUGAACAUGGUGAAGAGCACAACUGAAUCAUCUGUGUGGAUCUCAAAAUGGUCAACUUCUUGCUUGGACAACAGAAAGGCUUUACCAAGUACCUGAAUAACAACAGCUUGUGGAUACCACUAGGAAACAAAAAGAGCAGUCAUUUGUGUGAUCCUUGGGUUCUUGCCAAACCACGGGAACCCCAAAAGGCAUACUCUUCUGUUUUCCUUUUGUCCAGUCUCUAAGCAUUUCCUCACAAUUCUGACAAACAAUAUGCGGAGCCCAUUUCUUACCUUGGUUGCCCAGAGGAAUUUCAAAAUAGCUUUUAUAGGCAUGCCUCACAAUCGCUGUUAUAUUGCGUCUUUGACGAGGAAGUGUACAGCAGCCACAUACAUAACAAAAGGCAUCAGGCUUGUUUAUACAUUUUUGUCUACUUGAAGAAGCCAUGGUCCGAUCUGAAAAAUACAAAUAUUUAGGUUACAAAACUAUAAAAGUAAAGAAAAAUUAAGUUUGCAAAACGAUAAUUACCAUGUGGUUAGGGUAGAUCAAUGUGUCAGUGUCCACUUAUCCCCAGUGUAAAUAUGACAUAUCGGCAAAAGUCGGAAAUUGAAAGAUAACUAUAGCACAUACACGAAAAUCGAUUUCAGAUUUGAAAUCAGCAUUUAAAGAACAUAAGAACAGUUGAAAAAUCUCAUGCAACAGAAAAUGAAAUCCCCCCCCCCCUCAGUAUACUGUAUAUCCCAAGGGAAUACAUUUUUUUUGCAUACCUCCAACUACAUAGAUAUACAUGUCAUUUUCAAUGCUAUACAUGUCACAUUCAAUGCUAUAUAAGUCACUUACAUUUAUAUUCAUAUUGUGCUACUUUGUCUAUGUGUUUAAUAAAAUAUUGAAUUCUUGCAUUGUGAAAAACAAAGAUUAUGGUGAAAAGUGAAAAACAUGAAUUGCAAAAAAAAACCAAAAAAACCCCUAGAGCUUACAGAACAAAACCAACUUCAGAUAUGAAAUCAGCAUGUCAAAAUUAGGUUAGAACAACUGCAGGUGUCAGUGCAGCAACAUUUUUGUUUCCCAGUGAAAUUGAUUGCAGAUGAACAUCUUGGAGAACAGAAGCUGAAGUUCACAUCAUGUCAAAAUUGCAUAUAUAUUUAUCUGUCUGAAAAGUUAUUUGUUAGCAUGUAAACUUUUCUUAACAUUGGAAAUCAGUUGAUUCGAUCUUUGAUAGUAAUUUUUUUCAAGUGACAUGACAAAGAGCGGUAAGAUUGUGCAGGAUAUUCUGAUGUCCUAUGUAGCGUUGGUAUUAAACAGACAAACAGCUCUCUGAUCUUAAAAUAAAUUGUCCCAAUAUGAGAAGGUUAUCAGAGAUAGAUAUACUUGUUUAAAUUAGUGGUUCCCCAACUUUCCCCCCUGUGGUCCUCUUGAAAACUGCUAGGGGUCUUGGCGUACCACUACAUCAUUUUUCAGCCUGUUGUACCAAUUGUAAUGUGCUGGGCUAGGUACCAUAUGAUUUUAAAUUGUCUUUUUAUUGCUGCUUUUAUUUCUUACAGUUCCUAGAAUUCAAAUUGUAAUAUAAUGAAAGACAAUAUAAGAAGUAAAAGAAGCAAUAAAAAUACAAUUAAAAAUAAUAUAAAUAUUUAAUAUGAACCCACUGCAGACCACUUGAAUGAAGCUGGUGGACCACUGGUGAUCCUUGGACCACAGUUUGUAACUCUUUGCCUAAACUAUAUGAUCCUAACAUUAUCUUGUCAUGGCUUCUUUAGAUUUUAGUCAGCACAUGAUGAUUUGGGAGAGCACUACCAAAAAGUAGCCAUCUGUCCUCUGUCAGACCUUCCAGUUGUCAGUAUCAUUCUUUCUUAAAUUGUGGUGUUCAGAACUGGAUAAAGGACUCCAAGGUGAUCAAGGCAGAAUAGAGCAAUACUAUGACUUCCCUUGAUCUGGAUGUUCUACUUUUGUUGAUGUAGUCUAGAAUAGCAAUAACUUUUUUUGCUACAGCAUAACACUGUUGGCUCGUGUAAAUUAAGCUUGUGGUCUACAAAGACCCCUACAUUUUUUUCACAUGUAUUACUGGCAAGCCAGGUUUCCCCAUCUUACAUUUGUGCAGUUUGGUCUUUGUGCCUAAGUGUAGAUUCUGAAAUUUUCCCUAUUGAAAUUCAUUUUGUUAGUUAGCUGCCAUGUUCUCCUAUCUGUUAAGGUUAUCUUGAAUUCUGUAUUCUGUAUUCUGUGGCAUCAGGUACCCCUUUCAGUUUGGUGUCCUCUGCAAAUUUGACAAGCAUCCCCUCCAUUCUUUCAUUCAACUCGUUUAUAAAGGUGUUGAAGGGGCCCAGGACAGAACCCUGCAGCUGCCCUCUUGUCCCUUCUCCCCAGGAUGACGAGGAACCAUUAGUGGGCAGUCUUUGGAUUUGGUCAGUCAGAUGAAGUUGACUGUACUGGGGAUUCACUUGGCUUAGCAAGGAUGGCAGUGCUAAAGGUUUCACAGAAAUGGUGGGCUGUGAGAAGCAGGGGGGAGAGAAAGGUAUAAUCUAUGCAGCCUUCCUCAGACAGGUUCUCUUCAUAUGUUUGACAGCAGCUCCCAACAGCUGAGAGAGUGCAACUGGAGAACACCAGGUUGCGAUAGUUUGUGAAACGGAGUCUUAAAAUCCUGUACUAGAAACCUUUGGUGCACUUUCAUUAGCCAUUUCAUCAGACGUACAGCUUUCUGCAGUCCUGGCUUGAAGAAACAAACUUCCAAAACUAGCCCCCCCAAAUGACCCCACUGUGGAGCUCUAGUUAACACUCUGCAUAGACUUGAAUAGUUAUGAAUGCUGUUUAAUUAGCCACCUACUCCUUAAUUUUCUUGUCAAAUUGAUAUUCAGCUCUUGAAGGAUGUUGCUUCUCUGUCAGCUGGAUAAGAUCAUGUAACCUAAAGCGUUUUCUGUGGGAGUAGCUGCUGUUUAGUUGCUUGUUCAUGGCAAAUUAAUUGUUUUUGGGGAAAGAGAAACGAGGAAGGAGCGGUGGUUGGCUGUUAGAUGCAUUUCAGUUUUUAAUAACUUUUAAUUUUAGCUUUCAGCCUGUCAUGCUUGCAUAUUUCUGAAGGGCACCCCCCUCCCCAAGUUAAAUUUGUCUGAGGACAUUGAGCCCCUUGAAUAAAGAGUGGGGUCAAAAUAUGAUCUGUGUAGAACUCUUUUGUUUCUCUUUAGUAACACGGUCCAGAACAGAAGGCCCAAGCUGCAUUCAGAGCAGUUAAAAUAGAUUCUCACUGUUGGGAAAGACCCUUAGGACUCCCCUGUGUGAGUGCCUGAGGGCCCUGCUCUUGCCACUUACCAUCUGGCCUGGGGCGGGGCCUGAAGCCUCACAAGGACUGCUCUGCUGCCCAGGAGGACUCCCCUGUGUGAGUGCCUGAGGGCCCUGCUCCUUCCUGCCACCUACUAUCUGGCCCAGGGUGGGGCCUCACAAGGCAGUUGUUGCCACUGAUGCUGCUACUGCCCAGGAGGACCCGGAGGGGUGAAGAGUUUUAACAUGUUUUAAAAUCUCCCUUUCCCUUUAGAUUUUUUAUAUAUGGGGGUGGGAUGGAUGUUUGGGUGGGCUUGGGAAUUUGUUAGAGUUUGAUGAAUUUGUAAUUUUUGCAGUUUUUAUUUGUAUUGUUUUAUUGUUUUCUGGGUUGUUUUUGUUUUUAUUGUUUUAAGGUUUUAUUGUUUUAGGCUGCGAAAGAAUAACAUUAAUUGCCAUCAAUGGAGGCUACUAUGUGGCUUGGGAUUGCUACCGUGGAGGGGCGAGGGAGGUAUGGCGGUGGGGGCAGAUGUUAUAGGCGAUGGGGAUCGAGAUAUGGAUAUGCUCGUACCCCUUCCAAUCUGCGCCUCAUCCCGAGGGACAAGGGUAGGGUGAGCAAGGAUUACUCACCUCCGUCACUGGUGUUGUGCAAUGCCAGGUCUAUAGGCAACAAAACCGCCACCCUGCGAGAUUUCUUUAUCUCGCAGGGGGUCGACCUGGCUUGUGUGACGGAGACCUGGGUGCGCGAAGGGGCAACAGUUACCUUACGAGAGAUGGCGCCCCCGGGUUUCUCCGUCCUCCACCAGUCGCGGACUGUGGGCCGGGGGGGAGGGGUGGCAUUAUUAAUCUGGGAAGAUUGUCCUUUCAGGGCUCUACCAUCGCCAUUGAUCCCCGGCAUUGAAUGUGUUGGCCUAGUGUGGGGCUCCGAGGAGAGCUUGGCUGUCUGGCUGGUGUACCGGCCACCUAGCGCACCAGCAGCCACCCUGUCAGGCCUGCUGGAGGCGGUGGCCGGCUGGGCCUUGGAGUUCCCUAACCUGUUGGUAUUGGGGGACUUCAACAUCCAUGCUGAUGCCACUCCCUCCUCACAGGCUUUGGACCUGGUGUCUUCCAUGGCGACACUAGGGCUCUCCCAGUUUGUUUCGGGUCCCACACAUCAAGCAGGCCACACGCUGGAUUUGAUCAUUGGCGUAGGUAUAGAUGUGAUCAUGUCUCCUUCGAUGAAGGUGCCAUGGUCCGAUCACUACGCUCUGAAAGCCAGGAUUGACUUUCCACCCCCACCCUGCUUAGGUGGUGAACCGAUUUGGGCUCGCCCGCAGAGGCUGAUGGACCCUGAUAGAUUCCGCCAAGCCUUGCGGGACCUUGCUUCCCCUGGCGACUCAUUGACUGAGCUUGUUGAGGGCUGGAAUAUCCAGCUCCUGGCAGCCAUAGAUGAGAUCGCACCUAAGCACCCUCUGUGACCCCGCAGAAACCGGGCUCCCUGGUUUACCGAGGAGCUCCGGAAAAUAAAGCGGGACCUCAGACGGCUAGAGCGAGUAUGGCGGGGUGCCCGUGACGGAGCCUCAAGAACAUCUUAUAGGGCUUUUAUGAAAACCUACGAGAUGGCGGUGAAGGCUGCUAAGAAGUCUUACUUCUUGGCCUCCAUUGCAUCCGCUAGCUCUCGCCCGGUGCAAUUAUUUAGUAUAAUCAGGUCUUUAACGUCCCUUGAGGGACAGCCAAAUUUAAAUAACAAUUUGACACACAGCUGUGAGGCAUUUGCGAGCUUUUUUGCGGAGAAGGUCUUGUUGCUCUGCCAUGACCUCCCUGCCAGUUUGGAUGCAAUAAAGGAACUGGAGGCCCCUCGACUGUCAUCGGGUCCAGUAUUGGACCACUUCAACCGGAUAUCCCCAGCUGAUGUGGACAGACUCCUCCGACCUGGAAAGCCCACCACCUGUCCUCUCGACCCGUGCCCGUCUUGGCUGAUUAGAGCGUGUCCAGACGAGGUGCGGGCCCACCUGGGGGAUAUCACUAAUUUGUCCAUUGGCACGGGGACAUUCCCAGGGGAACUGAAGGAGGCAGUGGUGCGCCCGCUCUUAAAGAAAACAUCAUUAGAUCCUUUAGAUCUAUCCAAUUACCGCCCGGUUUCGAAUCUUCCGUUCCUGGGUAAGGUGAUUGAGAGAGCGGUUGCUGAACAGCUUGGUGGGUUUCUGGAUGAAACAUCGGCUCUGGAUCCAUUCCAGUCCGGCUUCCGCGCUGGUCAUGGGACCGAGAUGGCUCUGGUUGCCCUAACAGAUGAUCUUCGUAGACAGCUGGAUCAAGGUGGGUCGGGGCUGCUGAUUCUUCUAGAUCUGUCAGCAGCUUUCGACAUGGUCGAUCACGAACUCCUGGACCACCGUCUUGCCGACAUGGGGAUCCAGGGCACGGUCCUUCAAUGGCUGCGCUCGUUUCUCUCUGGUCGAGGACAGAGGGUGGCGUUUGGGGGGGAAUUGUCAUCGCGCCACUCCUUGGUGUAUGGAGUACCUCAGGGUGCGAUACUCUCCCCGAUGCUUUUCAACAUCUUUAUGCGCCCCCUCGCCCAGCUUGUCCGGAGUUUUGGGCUGGGUUGCCAUCAGUAUGCUGAUGACACCCAACUCUAUCUGUUGAUGGAUGGCCAUCCUGACUCGGCCCCAGACACACUGACCAGAUGUUUGGAAGCUGUGGCUGGAUGGUUACGUGGGAGCCGGUUGAAGCUAAAUCCUUCGAAGACAGAGGUCCUGUGGCUGGGACGGGACGAUAUGGGAUUGGGGGGGCAACUCCCAUCUCUUGCGGGGGCGCAAUUAGUGCCAGCACCGUCCGUUAAGAGUUUGGGUGUAAUCUUCGACACCUCCCUUUCCAUGGAGGCGCAGAUUGCAGCUACAACAAAGGCGGCAUUUUUCCAUCUCCGCCAAGCUAAGCAGUUGGCUCCUUACCUCUCUCGCCCUGACCUAGCCACUGUGAUCCACGCGACGGUCACCUCCAGACUGGAUUAUUGUAACUCGCUCUACGUGGGGCUGCCCUUGAGACUGACCCAGAAACUCCAGCGGGUGCAGAAUGCUGCAGCAAGACUCCUUACGGGGUCUUUGCUGAGAGAUCACAUUCACCCGGUGCUAUACCAGCUGCAAUGGCUCCCGGUGGAGUACAGGAUCAGGUUUAAGGUGCUGGUUUUAACCUUUAAAGCCCUAUACGGCCUAGGACCCUCGUACCUACGGGACCGCCUCUCCUGUUAUGCCCCACAGAGAAACUUACGGUCUUCAAAUAAAAACAUCUUGAAGGUCCCAGGCCACAGAGAAGUUAGGCUGGCCUCAACUAGAGCCAGGGCUUUUCGGCCGUGGCUCCGAUCUGGUGGAACACUCUGUCACAAGAGACCAGGGCCCUGCGGGACUUGACAUCUUUCCGCAGGGCCUGCAAGACAGAGCUGUUCCACCAGGCCUUUGGCCAGGGCACAGCCUGACUCCCUCCCUCGGCAAUCUUCGCGGAGCUCUGGCCCAAUGGGUGCCAGUGGCUUGAAUUAAUUAAUUUUAUAAUGAAUGAUUUUAGAGUGUUGUUUGUGCUGUACUAUUGUACUGUUUUAUUGUUGUUAGCCGCCCUGAGCCCGGCUUCGGCUGGGGAGGGCGGGAUAUAAAUAAAAUUUAUUAUUAUUAUUUAUUAUUUGCAGGUCCAGCCCUGCCCUUAAAGGCUAAAGAUUUCUGUGUCGCUUUCAACAAAUAUUCAGUUAUUGAAAUUGUUCCUUCCCCCUUAAAAUUUCACCGGAAUUAGUUGCCCAUGUGUUUGUGAGCUUGGUUCAAAGGGUUAGUGAUUAUCUUUCAAGUCCAGUGCAGUUUGGUACAAUGGGACUGUUCCUCCCUGUCAAGCAUCUUUACUAAGUUUAUCAGUAGAGGCCCUUUGCUUUUCACUAACAUUUGAAGCACGUUUGAUUGGGAUUAGGGUGAGAGCUUUUUUCUAAGUGGAAGCUCCUUCCUGCAGAAAGGCUGCCCUGCCCUUUCUUUAAUGGCACUUCUGCUGCAUGGCAGAAACCUUCCACAUUAGGAAGGCUUUGGUGCUAUAAACAACAUCAGCCACCAGGCCUGCGUUGUUCUCCUGUCUUCCCAGUGCCACAUGUUGCAACUACUUAACAAGGAUCGGGUGGAAGGCCAAGACAGGGGGAGCUCUGUGUAGGUGUAGUGGUAGAGCCAAAGCAGUGCUGUGCUCACACCAAGCUGCUACCACUCCAGGCAAUCAGAGACCCUGAGGAUGUCUAAGGCUUUGACUACCUGGCCUGAGAUGUAGGGAGGGUCUAGGGUGAAGGAAUCUGCUUAAUGUGUUGUAGUGAUCUCCUCUGUUGUUAUAUGUGAGGUGUUUGCCAGAUCUAUCCUCCAAGCUUCCAUCAGAAAGUUUGGUGUGUUCUUCCAUUGCCUCUCCUUGCUGCCAUUCCAGAGGUAGAUCAGUUCCAAGAGUGUUGGGGAGUUCUGUUGGUUCUAGUCUCUUUGUUGUUGUGAUCUGUGUUGAUCUGUGAUCUGUGUUGAUCGUCUUGUGAUAAGAUCGAAGGGGAAGCCCCAGCAAUAUUUAAUUCCAGCUUUUUGCAGUUUAAUUCUGUAAGCACAUAAAGCCUCCCGCCCCCCAACCCCGUGUUUCAGAAGCCAGACCUUCAUUACCAUAACUGGACUGUUUUUAUAAGGAUAUUAGGUUCCACAGUUUGUUCCACAUUUCCUCUUUCUUCCUGUAACGGGCAGAGCAGACAAUUAUAUCAUGGAGGAAGUACCCUCAGUUUGGGUCUGAGUGCUUUCGUGUGCCUGUUCAAAACCAGCCGCAGAGAUUAUGAGGUCUGGAAGCAUUGAUUUAAGCCAUGUGACAAUAAAAUGUGCAAGAUCAUUUCCUUCCAUGCCCUCUUCAAAAGAACGAAAAUGUAAAAUUAUUCUCCUAUUUAAAUUUUCUGCAUCUUCAGGCAUGUUGCGUAUAUCUUUUUCUAAUUAUUUGAUAUUUUUGUAAUGGAUUUGGCUUAAUUCUUUUGUUGUUUUCUGUUAAAGAGUCAAGCCUUGUGUUAAGUUCUGUCAGUUUUGAUUCCAUUGGAAGCAUUAGUUCUUUUCAAGUGUUUUUCAUAAGCUCCUUUAUAGCAUCAUAGUUCUGCAAAUUCUUCUCUAAGUUAUUGCUUCCAUGUUCUUUCUCAAACCAGGAAGAGGCCUCUUUUGAGGGUGGUGCCAUCUUGGCUGCUGUCUCCAUUAUUGUCUUCAUCACUGCCCUCUCUCAGGCAGGAAGAAUUAAGAGACAUAAUCUUUUACUUUCAGCUUUUCUGAAUGCUUUUGCAUUCCCCUCUCCUUUCUUCAAAGUUUGGGUUUUUUUAGGCAGCAGGGGCUUUUGUUCCAAGCUGUUUUUCUGGGCUUUGGAGGAGAGCUUAGAGCAGAGCUUUCCAAACUGUGUGUCGUGACAUGUUAGCGUGUCGGCUGCAGUGUGUAGGUGUGUUGCAUGAAUGCUCCCCAUGCUCCUCCCGGGGCUGGAAGGGGGUUAGUUUAACCUCUGGGUUGUAAAAGUGAAUUACCAUGUUGUGAAAUGAUGCAUGUCUAAAAAUGAAAAGUUUGGAAAGCUCUGAGUUUAACUGGCCAUCUUAUUUCCAUCGUGGCCAUCGCCCCGACUGGCUGAAGAAUUGAUGGUUUCUUCUCCCGCUGUCCUUAGGACAGUUUGAGGCAGUCCAUGCUCUGUUCAUCUGUACAUUUUUUUCCUCAGGUAAGUGAACUUGUGUACAGCAGGUCAGAUGAUUGAAGGAAAAUAACUUGAAUCCUGCUUCCACCUUUCCUUUGCACAGCUCAGUUGUCACUCAGCUGCUGUGCUUUGUAGCUUGCCCAUUAAAAGAAGAGUCAUGAACAUCAGUUUAAACCAGGCAUAGGCAAACUCUGGCCCUCCAGAUAUUUGGGACUACAAUUCCCAUCAUCCCUAGCUAACAGGACCAGUUGUCAGGGAUGAUGGGAAUUGUAGUCCCAAACAUCUGGAGGGCCAGAGUUUGCCUAUGCCUGGUUUAAAUGCAUGCUCUUAAUCUGUUCACAUAAUCACCAGAAGGUGGCAUUACUGAUUUUGAAUAAACAUCACCUCACUUUCUGGGUCUUAAACUUCAUUGUGUAAUAACUUUGCCCCUGGGUGCUGCAGAGUGUGACAGAAAUUUGUGCAGCUAAGAUUCUUCAAUGUAGAGGGAGCUGCCAUAUUGAUCUGUUUUUAUCCUAAGCUGCCGUCUAAUUCACUCCUGUCAUAUUGACAAAGCUUCACUUCCCCCUCCCCCAAAUGUGAAGUUUAUAGCAGGCUUACCUAGGGAUUGGACCAAAUCAUAAUUCUUUGGAAAGCAGGAAUAUACAGUGGUACCUCGGGUUACAUACGCUUCGGGUUACAUACGCUUCAGGUUGCAGACUCCGCUAACCCAGAAAUAGUGCUUCAGGUUAAGAACUUUGCUUCAGGAUGAGAACAGAAAUCGUGCAGCAGCGGCGCUGCAGCAGUGGGAGGCCCCAUUAGCUAAAGUGGUGUUUCAGGUUAAGAACAGUUUCAGGUUAAGAACGGGCCUCCAGAACGAAUUAAGUACUUAACCCGAGGUACCACUGUAGCACCAAAAUGAUACAGCAUCAUUGACAGUCUGAUAAUACAUAUGUUUACUUGGAAGUAAGCCCCCCCCUUGAUAAGACUUGCAUCUUUUGUUUAAACACAUAGAUUACACAAAGUCAACCUGAGUUGUCACACACAUUGUAACUAAGUUUGAACAGGUCUUUAAUUUGAAUUUUCUGUGACCCUGCAAGUGCUGAAUUAUAUGAAUGGGAAACUGAUGCUGCCAUUUUGUUCAGAAUAUCACUUUUAAUAAGCAGGUACAUCAGUGCUGGCCUGAAGUACAUAAAGGACAAGAUGUUAAUCAUUUGUUCUAAUUCACUGUGUUUGUAUUCUCCUCUUAGAUAAGGCCCCACUACUGUUCAUCCAGAUUUCUGGCCAAGUCCCCUGUCCUCUUAGUACCAGUGGUAUAGAAGCAUUAAGUACUCCUAAACCUUCCACUGGGUGCAGUAUCCCUUCCAGAAGACCCUGUUGCACAUUCUGAAUUCCUUUAGCUUCAUUUUGGUGCUAUAAACACUAUGAUGGGGGCACAUCCUUCUGGAGCGGAGGAGCAGAGAAACCCUGGUCUACUGAUAGUGCCCUGUUUUUGACCUCUUAAGGCUUUAUUAUUCAGAAACUGAAAACAACACUAUACUUUUGGGUAAGUUCCUCUCUUGAGAAAUGCCUGUGGACUAUCACGUUUUCCGUAAAGUCUGCUUUUGCUAGAAAUGUCUUAUCUUCCAGAGGUGGAUCUAACAGAAACAUGGCUUUGGAUUGUUUGUUACCAGCAUGUCAGCCGAAUACCCCCCCAACCUCCAGAAAGCAAUUUAAAAACAAAAUUAAAAAGCAGUUUUAAAGAAUGUAAACAGUAUUCUCUCCUGGGUAGCAGCAGUCCUUUUAUGGACUAUCAGGCCCUGUCCUAGGCCUGGUGGAGAGAGGCAGGAGCAGGACCCUUAGACUCUCAGCAGGUGCUCUGUGUCUUGUGUGCGCGCGCACUUGCAUUGCUCUGUCCCCAAACUGCAAUGAACUUCUUAAUGAUCCUGAGUCUCACACCUGCAGGCAACUUGACUAGGAGGAAAUUAGUAUGAGGGUAUUUUUCCUAUGAUUUUUGGGCGGUGGGGUGGGGGGAACAGGAAGGAGGAUACAGUAUGAAGUUGAAGUUUUCCUCUAAUUCUUGCUUUCAUUACAUAGCUGAAUAGAACAGAAUUGUGUGUUUGUGUUAUAUUUAAUGGUGUUUGGAAAGGACAAAUGUACUGUGGAAAAACCUUUUAAGACCUCAAGCUGUCUAGAUCUUACAUGAUUAAAAGGUCACAAUUUGAGGCCAGCUUAACCUAUAAUCCCAACCCUGAAUAGCAGUGACAUGUCAUCUGAGAAGCAGAUAAAUGUGAUCCCUGGUGUAUAAGGAUGCGUUAAUUCAACAGUUCUAUUAAUUAAUGUUUUAUUGAGUAGAUUCCAUAUUUAGUUAUUGCUUAAUUGGUACUUGUGUGAUUUUCCUUUUCUGGCACGCUUUAUAUUGUCCUAGAGAUGAAGGUGUUUUUGAAAGAGCGUGCAGUGCCUAUGCAUAGUUGCAUUUAUUGCCACAUGGAUCUUGCAAGUUCUGGAAAGAUGAUGGAUCUAGCUCUUUGGCUGCUAGUAGCAGUAGCUUAAAAUAUAGCAACUCCAUCCUUAAGCCCCCUUAUAUGAGAACUUUCUUUGAUGCAAAAUUUCCGCAUGUUGUUGAGUUCCAAAUGGAAAACAAAGUCUACAUUUUAGUAUAGUACUUGUGUUUGACCUAGAAAUUGCAGAUAGUGCAGAAUGCUGCAGCAGGUUGCUGACAGGAGUGAGAGCUCUGAUGAGACGUAUACACUGGUUCAUGUUCAGUGUGUUACUAUCGGUGUAUAUAAAGCCAUUAGCAGCUUGGGACCAGUUUUUUUGUGCGACUGCCUUUCCCUGUAUGUCAUAGUUGGAAGGGACCCUAAGGGUCAUUAGCUCAACCCCCUGCAAUGUAGGAAUCUCAACUUGACCGCUUCAUUCUCUGCAGCUAGCACUUUUACAGGUGCCAUGUAACACUCAUUUGAUAGUUCUAAGAAAUGGAUCUUUCAUUGUGGUGGCACCCACAGUUUUCAACUUCCUGCUUGUUGAAAUCAGGCAGGCGCCUUCACAGUACUCUUUUCAGCACUUGCUUAAAAUAUUUUUGCUUAGGCAAGCCUAUGCAGGUAUGCAGCUGUUGACGUGAUGUCAUCUCUUUUACUGUUGAUUUCAAUUAUUUUUAAAUGUGCUUAACUGUUUUUUAUUCAUCAUUCUAAUAUUUAUUGUAAAUUACUUACAAGCUUUAUUACAAUCAACUGUCAUAUAAGUUUUGUUAAGUACAGUAAGAAUAAAACACCAAGUGCUUACAGAAGGCGCAGCAUUGCUGGGAGUUCUUUUAACUCCUCCCUUGACCACUUCUUGGAGGCUAUGCCAUGUGACCAAGCAAGGAAGACUGUAAACAGAGCAUGGAUACCCAGUGCACUGACCCUUGAUGCUGUUUUCUUGGUGGGGGUCUCUCUUUGCCCCCUUCUAUCAUGAGCGCUGCUAAACCUACCCUCCUUCCAUAGCCUUUGGCCUUUCACCUUUAAGAUUUCAGCUACUGGCCACUGAAAAAAACCGGUGCUUGGCAUCCUAGUGACUUGCAAUCUGCUAUGAACAUUUUGUUUCAUCUGCAGCUGAAGCAUGUCUUGGCCAGAGUUUGGCACUGCUAUUUGCACCCCCAGUUUAUUGUGCAUGUGGUAGAAGAAUGUACACCAUGUAAAAAAAUGCAGCCCACCAUCUGCUCACAUUGCUUUCCGGAAGAAAGAUGAGCCAGCAGCUGUCUCAGCUAAUAUAUCCAAGGUUUUCAUUGUGAUUUAGCAUUGUUGUGUUGAAGGGGACUGAAAAGUGUAUCUAGUCUGUCCUCCUGACAGAAGACAGAGCCCUAUUUUGAAAUAACUCUUUAUAGAGUGAGGAUUUCAGAUGGGGUUACUAAGUUGUAACUGUUUUGAUGAUAUGAUACAUCUGAUCAGAUAUGUUAACUGAGUUGUGCAAUACAUGUUUUUAUCAAGAAAUAUUGAGUGAUAUCCAGCUAAAACAUGUUCAGAGUAGACCCAUUGAAGUCAGUGGGCUUAAGUAACAAGUCCAAUGAUUUCAGUGGGUCUUCCUGAAGUAUGAUGAAAGUAUGAUGCCCAUCUCCAGGUGGCUCCAGCACCUACAGCUCUCCUUAGAAUAAUAGAUGCUCCUGGUUGUUUGGAGGAAGCUUCUCCAACCUGGUGUCUUCCUGAUGUUUUCAACUACAGCUGCUGUCUUCCCUGACCACUGGCCAUCCUGGCUGGGGCUGAUGAGAGUUGUAGUCCACACAGCCUGGAGGGCCCCAGGUUGAAAAAGGCUUAUCUAGAAAACCGAGCAGCUGAGAUAUGUGAGCUAAAUCCCAUGCCAAGAUGAAGAGUGUUAAUAAUGGUCUCAUCUGGGGGAAACAUUGCCGCCCCUUCCCAAUAUAUAGAACAGUUGAAACACAACCCAAUCACUUAGUCUCCCCAGUGGAGCAUUUUCUUGAAUUUCUGCAGUGUUGGUGAUUAUUUGGCUUGAUUAACUCUGUUCCCACUGGAAGAAGUACUGGUAAUUGUUCCAGAAGAUUCCAAACCAAUGUGUUGCCUUGAGGAAGGUGUGUUGCCUCUUUUCAGAGAUCAGCUCUUUUUUUGGGAGGGGGGGUGUUAGGGGUAGGUUCUGAAAUGGCUUGCAUUUUAGCCUUUGCUUCAGUUGGCUGUACAGCUUUAUUGUUCUUACACAUUGGUAGUAUGGGCUGAAGGCAAAGGUCUGUUUGGAGAGGAGCAGAAUUGAUGAGUUGCUGGAACUGUUAGUACUAAUACAGUGGCACCUCAGGUUAAGUACUUAAUUCGUUCCGGAGGUCCAUUCUUAGGCUGAAACUGUUCUUAACCUGAAGCACCACUUUAGCUAAUGGGGCCUUCUGCUGCCGCUGCGCCGCCGGAGCACGAUUUCUGUUCUCAUCCUGAAGCAAAGUUCUUAACCAGAAGCACUAUUUCUAGGUUAGUGGAGUCUGUAACCUGAAGCAUAUGUAACCUGAAGCGUAUGUAACCCGAGGUACCACCGUAUUGGUGAGCUCUGUGAAAUAGCAAUUGUUUGAUUUACAGUAAUGGAGGAGGACUGGGAGCCUCUAAGGGAAAACAAGGUAGACAAGCCAUUUCCCUGAUCAAAUUGCAUGGUGGCUUUCUGCCCUGCAGUGCCUCCAAGGGGUCAGUGCUGAUGAGCAGUGAGGAUCUUGGCCCCUGGUUGGCAAUAGUGCCCUUGUAACUGCAUAGCUCUUAUGGCACCUUCUUGACCAGACUUGACCAGACUCCGGCACUGAGGAAGAUUGAAAAGCAUCAAUUUACCACCACCACCACCACCCCUUAGUGCACUGGCACAUAGAAUUACCAUAUUCUGUUACUCCACAAGCAGCGGGUCUUCUGUCUUGCUUGCCACAACUAGGCAAUGCUUGAGGUUGACCAGCAGUGACCUUGCUGCUCUUGUCUUUUGUAGGUGUCAGUAGAUGAAAGGCACUCUUUUAGUACUAAACUUGAUCAUUAAUCUUGCUUUUUAAAAAAUAAAUGUGUGAAACACACCAGUGAUCUGGCAGAGAAGCAAUGAUUAUGUAAUGUGUACAGUGUUAAGUUUAGCCAAUGGUGCUUGGCUGCAUGAUGCAAAGGAUUCAUGAGUGACGGCAGGGUCCAGUGUGGAGCGAUCUAUGCAAAUGAGACCAGUUCAUACACGGUUGGUAGUACACGCUGUGAAAAGUAGGCAUCAGUCAGCAUGUAAAUGUGUGACUUUAUCCAGUUCUGUGAAUGCAGCCUUUGGCGUUGGCUGCAUGCUUCAGUAAAUCUGCUUUUAUUGGCAAUAAAUCUGGCUGGUCUUAUCAGCAAAACCAGAUCUCUGGAGUGUCAAGUUUUCUUCCUUAGAAUGAAAAUACAGAGCUGAAUAUGCUCACAGUGUCACAUGUGGCAUGUGCAUCUGCCUUCUACCCCCACAUCUUUGAACUCCCUAUCUUGCUAAUUUUCAGUAGCGUUUGUGAUAUUAACAUGUCCUCCUCCUCCAUUGCUUUAAGAAGGCUGCUUAAAAGAUUGUUCUCCUUGGGUUAGGGCUGUAGGCCCAGCAACAUUCAGUUCAGCUCUCUGUGUUGGUAUGUCAUAUGCCUCUGUACCUUGGAUACCUGCCCAUAACUACAGUUCUCCUUGCAGCUUGGGACUUGAACACAAAAAUCUUAGAGCCCUUUCUGCUAGUGCCUCCUUCCUGCAAUGCAAAUGAAGCUGAACAGAAAUAGCUUUAUUAAAUAAAAAGCAUUCUUGCUUUCAUAGCCUUUUCCAUUAUACAAUAUUUAGACUUUUCGCUGAGGAAACAUUCAGGUCAUGCAUGCUACUGAACAUAAAUCUGCUCUAGUGGCACCUCACCACAGAGAGAUGAGAGAGAGAGACACAUCAAGUCCAUAAAAAUCAAUAUUGGAGUCCACUUGUGACCCUUCAACAAUAGUAUGCAAAUGGUUAGCACUUGUUCAUGGGAGCUGCUGUAGACACACCUAACGGGUCAGUCAAGCCACUGCUUGGUUUGGGGUGAAAUUUCUUUCUGUUCUCUCCUACCCUUCCCCUAACAAGCUCUCUGUCAAAGAUGCCUUCAUAAAGCAGAUAAAUUUAUGUGUGUGCUCUAAGUGCGCUUUUAAAAAAUGCGCACGCGCUCUCACACAUGGUAACUGCUUGCCCCUGGAGGUCACCACCAGACCACAGGGGCUGUGUUUGGGUAUGUGUGAUGGACACCUGCAUGUCCGGCUGCUUCGUCAGGACUUCAGGCAAUUUGUGAGCUCUUGGGGGGGGGGCUGCUCUAUUUGAUUGUUGAUCGCAUUCCUGCAAGGACAGUUAUUAGCGGCACAUUGCUCUCCAUUUGCUGCAGACAGAAGACGGAGAGCAAUAUUCAUGUCACCUGAGCAUAUUGUAAAAAUGCAUGGGGUUUUUACUCAUCUCACCUGGAAGCAGAGAAUAGGGAAAAUGAGAGUGCCUUGAAUCCGAAGCUGUGUGGAAGAACAUGCAGGAAUCUGCAGAUAUGUAUCCUUGUUCGGUCGUUCGGUCGCCCUGACUAUGGAUUAGGAAAGACUGGUUUUUUUCUCUUCUCCUUCCCAUUUAUUUUCCUUUUCUUCUUAAAGAAAAGCAAAAAUAUACUAUUGUUAUUAUGCAAUAGGCUUUUGCCACAAUGGCAUCCUUGCAUUCUUUGCCUUGCACGGAAGCAAAACAGGCUGCUUUGUUUGGUCACUGAUCUCUCUGUCGUUUGGCCCAGGGCUAUGCUGAGAUUUCUCUCCCACUUGUAUUGUUGCAGCUCAAAUGAAGAAUGUUCAGAGGAUGACAAGUGUGUACUGAGUCGGUAUGUUGCUUCGUUUUCAUUAUGGAUCCCAUCUUUUUUUUCCCUUCCCCUUUCCCACCCUGCUACUAUUGGUCAGAAAUCAGGUUAAUAGGUACAGAAUGUAGUAUGGUGCUGCAGUGUGACUGUGAAGGUAGAACAAUAGCACUACAGGCUUGUUCUUGGGGUGGGGGGGUGGAGAGGCAUUCUUUUUAUAGAAAAAAGCUGCAUUGUGGUGACUUGUAAAGUGCAGCUCCUCUCUCUCUCUCUCUCUCUCCCCCUCUCUUUCUUUCUGUUGAACAUAUACUGCAGUCAACACUUCUCUAACGAGGUGGCACUAUUCGAGUUGGAGUGAUAGAAUCGCCUUAUUGCUUUAGGGGACAGCAGGGUUUAAAAUGAGAUGCCUCUCAACCCCUUUUUUCAGACUGGAAGCUUUGGUUUAAGCUCACUGGCAAGCUCGCUUGGCUUGUUCCGAGCUUCAGCAGCCACCGUUGUGCCAGUAGCGUGUGUCUGGAAUGGAAGUCCAAGUUGGUAGUCUGUUAUGGAAACGCUGUUUGCUGUUAUUGUAGUAUCGUGGUGACCAACAUGCCAUUGAAAUGGAAAACGAGUUCUCCUGCUAUGUGGAAAUUCCCAGUUCCUGUGCUUAAAACAUCCAGGUCGUCGCCACUUUCUCCAGCAUACAUGUAAGUGAGAGAACUGAGGCUAUUUUAAGGUGGGGUUUCUUUUGUGAGAUUACAUCCCCCCCUCCCCGGGCUUUGUUUUGUGAGACAUAACCCCCCUCCUUUCCCCCCUUUUUCUUACGUGGUGCCCUGAUGUGACAUUGGUCUCAGAAUUUUUAUUUCUAACCUUGCAUUUCUUUCAUUAGAACCUCUAAAAUUUAACACUCCUUUUGUUGUCAGUUUCCCAUUUUUUCUCCCCUCCCCAAACGAUGGAUGUUGUGUUGAGUCGUUCCUUUGUUGAAAAAGCAGAGAAAUGGUGCAGAUUUGGCCACAUUCACAAUUCCUUUUCGGUGCCUAUUGUCAAAGUUUGUGUGGUCAUUUGUCCUUAAAGAUCUUACGUGAGCAAGUCAGAAUCAUCAGUACCCAGAUCUUCCGUUUUAUAGCUAAUUUUAAAAAUGAAUAUGUAUAUAAUGCCUACCAUUAUGUCAUUUCUGUAUUGUGUGUGUGUGUGUGUGUGUGUGUGUGUGUGUGUGUGUGGCACUGUGAAAUAUUGGAAUUGCUUCCUUUGACUGCAGUUUUUUACCCGUUCUUUAGCUGUUCCUUAGAAGUCAAAGCAGAAGUCAAAAAUUAAAUGUUGCCACUGCCAGAUAUGCCUUGAUUGGGCUUAGGAUUCAUAUUUUUAAAGGGCACUGUGGCAUUUUAAUAGACUGUGUUUUUCUUGCUGACAUUGAGCACCACACAUGGCCUGCAAAAAAUGAAUGCAGUAAGGAGAAGUUAACUUGGUUCUGGUAGUGCUCAUUAAUAAAUGAGCCACGGUGGGAACAGCUUCCAUGGUUCAUACUUAUAAAACACAAAAUAUAUGCUCAGCCAGCAUUGAGGCAGUUCUCCUUGAGGGUUGCAUGAAUGAAAUGUGGUAACUUGAUGCUUUCAGCUUGUAUACUUACCGACAUCACAAAGGAGCAAAUUGCUCAUCAGUUUUGUUGGGCAAAUAUGAUUAGCAGCAUCAUUUCACUGAAAUACCUUUUUUAAAAAAAGCUUUUUACUAACUUGGAGCACCUAAAAAUUAUAGUAUCAUAAUUCUGAAGCUUGAAAGCAAAUUGUUGAGUGUGACGCAUCGGAAGGGGGAAAUGGCUUUGUGCUAAGGGUUUUCAGGCAUUUUCAUAUUUCAGAGAGAACCGGCAUUGCCUAGUGAUCAGCACUGUUGUGGAUUUAAAAAAUAUUGGAAAGAAGGGGAAACUCUGCUCUAGGCUAAUUUCUGGUGUGCCUACCAUUUACACAAAGGGAGUUUGCUGCCAUUGUUUUCUGUAGAGGCAGCAUAUAAAAAAUACAGUGUUGAACAGAACUGUGCAUGGUUGGUGCAUUGUCCAGCUCUUAUACAGCAAUACAUGAGGCAUAAAUGUUCAGGAGGCAGCUUCAACUGUAGGUGAGAAGCCACAAUUGUCUCUGUGAAAACUGGGUUUCAUUCAUAGGUGUGUAAGCUUCAGCUUGUAGAAGGUUGCUUAAGUAUUGUUUUAAAAUAAUAUAAAAAUUCUCUAGAGGUCCUUACGAACUGCUCUGUUAUAAAUAUUCCUGCGAUAGGUGUUUAUACUUUAGUUAUAAGUAACUUUGUCUUCCGUUCUGCAUUCUAUUUAGGGAGGGGGUUGGCAUUGCUAUACUGGUGACUAAAAACUUCUAUUAUGCCAUGCAUAUGUUUAUUGGCAUACCCACGCUCAUGCCAAACCACUGCUACCUGCCCUUAGCACUUGGUGUCUGGUGGGCUAUAAUUCAAAACGUAUUAAAUCAGGACUAAAAGGACCAACCACUUAAUGUCAGAAUACAGUGUAUGAGGGCUACUGCAGACCUGAAAUGUUUUUCAAGUUUUUGUUUGGUAGAAUAUGUUCUACAAUAGGAUUUCAGAAUGCCCCAAGCUAAAAACCCUUUGAAAUCUAAGGGUGACCAGAGUGAUGAUUACAAAUAUGGUGCAGUUUGCCAUUAGGAAUUGGUAGAAUCACUUUGCUCAUUAUCAGUUUUAAACAGUAGUGCCAAAGCUCUGAUUGUCUUGGUUUUCUUAAAACAUGUGCUUUGAUUAAAUGCCAUUCCCUGUCAUAUCCAUUGGUCUUUAAUGUUGCAAUUUUAGAAGUGAGGAAGAAGCCCUGUUUUUGCCACUCUUCUAGCAGCAAUAUUGUGUUAAUGCAUAGAAUUUGCCUUCCAAAUCAAGAACCAUAUGCCUAAUUUAUCUUGCUUCUUGUAAGAUGGGAAAGGGCCGCCCUUGAUUAAGACUGACAAAAACUCUGUAUGCUGCAUGCAACCUGCUUUGCAACCAGGUCAGCUUCUUUCGAAAAAGACUCACUUCAUUUUGGCAGACAGAAGGUUACCAAGGCUGAGGUUGUUCCCCUUAACAUUCUGUAUCUAGCUGUUCCUCUUAGAGUAAAUUGGGUGGGUUGUAGGAGAUUGGGGUCUUUCAGGUCCUUUAGAAAACUUUCCAUGCCUUUGGGAAUAAAAGAUUUACCUGUUCAUACCCUCUGUUUGCGGGGUAUAUGAGCAAGGCUGUUUUUAGCUGGAACUCGCCAAUUCAGCUUUCAGGUGGGAGCCGUUGCCAUUCUAAGAGCACCGGGGAAGUGUUCAUGGUGAGUUCUGGCACCUCUUUUUUUUGAAAAAUAGCACUGGGUAUGAGGGAUGCACUCGCAGAAGGAAUACAGCUUGUGUGCAGUUACUCUUUAUGACUGUGGGGUGAAUGUUUUCUGCUUGGAAAUCCUAUUGAUAGGAAAGCACUCCUUUUUCGUAGGGCAGAAGGAAUAAAAAAAUGGGCAGCCUCUCCUUAUACCUGAUCAUUGUGAUGUAGGUUUGUUCAGUGGAUUGUGUGAGUGUCAAUUCUCCAUGAGUCUGUUCACCAAAGGUGAGCAGAACACACAGCUCUCUAAUUAUUGUUUGUGAAACUCCUGUGUCUCAAUUUGACCACAUCUCUUCUUUGUGUGCCAGAGGACUUGAGAGUGGAAAGUGGCAACAGCAAACAGUGGAAAGCAAGUAAGUUAAGACAAAAUAUGAAUUGUGGGUGGUUGUAAGUGCUGCCAACUCAGGUGGUCACAGACUGGGGGCGAACGAACAGGAUCUGCAGUGCUUGUUAAUCUAAACCUCACUAAAGCUAUGAAGUCUUCUCCUUAGCCUCUUCCCUGCCCCAAUAGAAUGCAGUGUUUUUGUUUCUACAUAGCUGCUGCAGCCAGAAAUGACUGUCUCCCCCCCCCCCCCAAUGGAAGAAUACAGUGGAUGAGAAUGGAUUUUGCACUUGGAGAAACCUUUUGAGAUAUCUGCCUAGUAGAUAUCCUGUGGGGUUGUUGUUGUUUUUUUGCUAUAUCCUCUCUGUGCAAUGUAGAUCAGUUAAAAGCUACCCAAUUAUCAGAGUUAGAAAAGCUAAAUACCAUGAUUACCAAGAAAACUUUCCCUAUCUCUUAUCCAACUGGUGCUAGUGUGGAUUCAGUGAGGUCCAGAAAUGGGUCUGGUAGAAAUCUUUUUAAAAGGGCUAUCCCUCCAGAUCAUGCCUUAUCUGUGUCCAAUAUGGGAAAGGAUACUUCUGUGGAAUGCUAGUGGAAUCACUGUAGUAAAACUCAGAGGUGAAAUCCUCCUGCUUAACUAUGACAGCCAAAACAGAGGACUGGUGAAAUGUCCUUUUGAAGAUGCCAGCACUUCCCUUCAGGUCCCCUUGCAGUCAUCCAUUCCCUGCCACAGAUGUAAAGGGAAUCCAGAAAGCAACUGAGUGAACAAGGUUGACUGCCGCCUUACAACAGGGGAGCUUUCCUGUUGGGAAGUCUCCACAUCACACAGAAAUCCAGACACAGCUUCUCAAAAAUGGUCCAGGAGCCUUUUUGUCUUCUAGUUGUGGCUAUGAGUAAGAGACUGCAGAUCAAUCAUAGUCCUGGAGGCUAUGAACAUGAGUCCUGGCCUCAAGCUAUUGAUGGUGGAGUUCUCUGCCACUGUUGCUGCACAAAGUCAGGGGGAUUAUAGAUGAUUAAAGGUCGCAUGCCUGGAAACCUUGGCAGCUGGAUUCCAGUGUCAUAGCCCCUGUACUACCAAGGCAGCAGACCAGAAGAUGGAGCUGGGAGUACUUUAAGCCAGCCCUGUUGUUCUUGGGCUCUAUCAGGCUCUCUAAUGAAGUGUCUUUCUCCCACACACCCCCUCACACUAGCACAUAGUUCGCAUCUUGUGUAGUCCCUUGUGGGCAAAUAUUGUCCCUAUCUUCCCAGUGUUACCUUGCAAACUGCUUUGCACUAUGUCAGUUGAAAAUCUAAUGCUGUCAUUCAAGCUAAGAUAAAAAUUGUUUUUCAGUAAAUACGUGUUUUGGCAUUGAGUGAUGUACACUGAGUUUAUUUUUAUUUCUGGUUUUAGACAUUUGUUCAGUCCCGUCCCCAAAGACAAAGACUGCUAGUCAGCUUGUUUAUGACCCCAGCACAAUCUCAUCUAUAUGCAGUCACUUCCCUCACCUAAGUUUCAGCAAAUAUGUUGCACCAUGGCAAAUCUUUGGAGUUAGAAGAGGAUGAGCUGCUUCAGUACUGACUUUAUUGCUGUGGUUUGAGAUGUGCAUGGGAUAGUGCCAUAAACUUUCUUGCUUCCCCUAUUUAAGUGGUGCUGAUGAGAAAUAAGGCAGAUUCUGUGACUUGAAUAAAAAUUAAGUGUCUUAGAUGCCCCUGUUGAAUAGAACAGCAAAGUAUGUUAGGGUGAUCAAAGGAAGAGUGGGUGCAAGAUGACUAAAGGACUACUCUGUUGUGAACCUUUUUGAAGGCUACUCUUCAUGUCCCAUCAGUGCUUGAGGUGUGAUUGACAGGAAUGUAGUGAGCCUUUUCUGUGACUGCAUCUGGGUUAUGGCACUUCCUACCCAGGAAAACUUUACUCUUGCCUCAUCUCUGGUGGUUCUCAAUCUCCUAGUUUAGAUCUUCCCUUUUCAGCAAGUUUUUGGCUGGAUUUUAUACCUGUUCUUAUCAGACCUGCACCUCAUCUAUAAUUUUUGAGAGUACUAGAUUCCAAUCCAGUUAUUUUCUUGAGAUGGUUGAGUGCUUUUUAAAUGGAAAGAUUGAAAAUUACCCAGUGCUGCUUCAGCAGGUUCAUAGCAGAGGUGGUGGAUAUAUACUGUAUUGGCCCAAAUAUAAGCCGCACCCGAAUAUAAGCCACACCUUUAAAAUUAAAAGGGGGGAAAGAAAAAAAGACAAUACCUGAAUAUAAGCUGCCCCCUUAAAAUUCAGCAAGCACUCACACCUAUUCCAUUUUACUGGAUGUUUGUUUCAGCAGCGAUAUCGUAAAAGCCAAUUUUUGUAACAUUGUGACUUUAAGCUACACUUUAACUUUUCACAGUCAGAAUUUGGAAAAAAAAGUGAGGCUUACCAUACUUUUCCAUGUAUAAGACUAGGUUUUUGUUUUUUUUACUAAAAGAUAAUGUUAAAAAGGGGGGUAGUCUUAUACAGAGGGGCAAUCUCUCCCCCCCAUUGUAUUAAUUUUGAUUCCCCCAAAAUAGGGGGCAUCUUAUACACAGGGGUGUCUUAUACACAGAAACAUACGGUAUAUUCUGGCCAAUACAGUAGUUGACGUGUGGAUCUGGGUUUUUGGACUUCACAUAACAACCAAAGGGAAAACUUGUACAUAAUCCUGAUACAAAACGUGUAGAGCACCAGACACAGUCCUACCUCACACAUUCCUUUCCGAGGAGAUGUGUAGAUGUGCUGCCAGUUGGAGUAUCCACUACUGAGCUAGGUUGCCAUAUAGUCUGCCUAAUAUAAGGCAGUUUCCAAUUCUGAAGGAAAAGCAUUUUUGCUCUGCCUUCCCCAUCCCAUUGCUUUGCGUAUCUCUUCUACCUCAGUAUCCAUGUCUUACUGAGACAAAGAAAAAUGGUAGGAGAGUAAAGGGCAACAGGUGGGCAUUCCCUGCAUGUGGGUUGAGCUGAAGUCGCAUGAGGACUGCAGUAUGCUAGGCAGAGCUAGGGUUGCCAUAAGUCUAGGAUUUCCUGGACAUUACCAGGAUUUCAAGGGCAGAAGUGAUGUCUGGGGGGAAUUUCUGGAAGGUGGCAGUUUAUAUUGGAUCUUCAGCAAGUAAACCAAAACAUUGCGUUCAAUUGGCGUUUUUGUUCAUUUGGCUCAACAACUUUGGGGUUUGUCUAAAAAAAGUUCAUUAACUUUCAGGGUGUCCUGGUUUUUACUUUUUGAGAUAUGGCAACUGUAUCAGAGCAGAGCACACUUAAAUUCUACACCUUCUCUUUCUGUAGCAUUCCAUCUUGAGUUAUGUGUCCACAUUUUUCAUCUGCGUGUUGAAUUUUUCUGUGCCUGCAGUCACCUGAUCUAAAUUGCAUUUUGGGAGCCUAGAUUCAUGUUUGCCUUCCUUUGAAUCCUUAGGAAUGAAUGCGAUAUGUUGGAAGUAAAGUUUAUGCAUAAGCUGAAGGAAGUUGGUUGCUCACAGCAAAAACUUGCUUAUGGCUGCUGUGCCAUAAAAGCCCUGAACUUACCUGCAUAUGUACCGACUCGGUUUACAGCUUGCGUGGUGUUUGUUCUCCAUCUUUUUAGGUUGACCUGUUUCUCUUUCGUUCCUCCCACUGGAAACUGUUGUUGCUGCUGGACUGUGCUGGUCUCUUCGAUUUUAGCACUUGAACAUGAGCAUUCUGGAGGCAGAGAGAUUGUGACCCAAGAGGCAAUAAGGAGGAGGUGUGCUGGCCAGCCAAAUAGCUGUCCCCAGUCUGCCUGUGACAAGGUUAAAAGAACAGAGUUCUGAUCGGUUAGCUCUGCAGGCAGGUGCUGUGCUGUAAUUGUUCUUGGGUUUAGCGCAAGCACUAUUUCCUGGCUGGGACUGUGAGUCAUCCUCAUUUUUCAGGGAGAGAAGUGCAGCAAAUGCCCAAUUAAGAAAGUGGCUUAGGAAAUGCUGAUAUGAACUUUUCCCCAGUGUAGUCUUGUUGGUCUCUCUCCUAUCUUAUCAAGGCACUUGAAAGAAGCAUUGACUUUUGUCAGUUAUUUUAAAAAGAGCCUUUAUUUUAAUUUGUCAUAGUUGAAAUGCAAUAAUCAAUCACUAGUAGAAUUGCAUUCUCUCCUGUUCAGAGUUAUUUUUCUAUAGUAAACCAUUAUUAUUAUUAUUCGGUUUUGGGAAGGAUUAACUGUAGCUUUUGUGUGUGUGUGUGUGUGUGUGUGUGUGUGUGUGUGUAUAUAUAUAUAUAUAUAUCUGUCUGUGUCUGCUUGUUCCUUAUAGGGUUUCUGCCUACCUUGGUCACACAGUGUGAAGCUAAAAAUUACAUCAGCCUUUUUGUCUUAAUUAAGUUACUUGCAGCCUGACCCUCCAGCUUACUUCACCAGCAAACAAAUGUUUACGGUGCACCAAAUGCUGUAUUUUAGAUUCAGUGUUUGAGUUGUAGACAGAUGUUCUUGUAGGCUUGAGGGAGGCAGAGCUAUUUGAAAGCACAGUUCAUAGACUGAAGAAGCCGCCUUUCAAAAAAAUCCAACUAAGUUACUGCCCAAUCUGCCAAUGCAUCUAGUCAUUUACGCCCUAAAAUGGGGAGGAUUCAACAUCUCAUUUUGUAAAGAUUCUCUACUCUGCUACCUUGAGAUAAUUCAAACAUGCCACAUGUAACCUCUCUAGUAGCAGUUUGCAAACAAAACAAAACAAAACCAAACAAAAACAGUAGCCAAUGCGGCACUCUCCAGAUUCCAUCAACCCCAGGCAGUAGAGGGCGUGGUCACAUGACUACUAACGCAAGAAGGGUAUUAUGCCAUAGCAUACCUGGCAAUGUGGAAGAGCUCAGUGUCCAUCUACUAUCCCAGAUGUGUGAUAGAUGCACCUGUCCUUCCUCCAGCAACUGAUCCAAUCCAGACAACAGCAUGUCACAAGCAAAACAGACAUAAAGUUCUGUCUGUCAAUUGCCCACACUUUUGAAAAGGGUUAACAUGCCAUCAUUCUACCUCCUCUGCCUCAUUCAGAAAUGUACUUUCCCUUUUGCAUCUACAGUAUAUGAAUUUCUUGAUUCCAGAUUGGUUUUGAAUUUUGCAGCUAAAAUUGCUGAUUGUGUGCUUUUACUAAAUAGCUGUUGUUGAUGGAUUUCCUUAUAAAACAAUUGACUGAAAUUCAUUGGUCUUUACAGAUCAAGUGGGAUUUUUUGCUGCCCAUGUAUAAGGAGCACUGUCAAUGAAAUUGCUUAAAUGAGACUACUUUUAUUUUCCUGAGGUGAGGAAGGGGGUCUGUAAGUUCACAGUAGCGAUUCUUGCACAAUGCCUCCUGGUGCACUUGUGUGCCCACAGUUUACCCUUUUCUCUUUCUACUUGGCCUUUGCCAGCCUACUACCCUCUAGAUCAGAGGUUUCCAAACUCUGUGUUGCGACACGUUAGUGUGUUGGCGUGUUGUGCAAAUGUUGCCAUCGCUUUUCCUGGGGCUGGAAAGGGGUUAGUUUAACCUCUGGUUUGCUAGUAGAACUGAAUUACUGUGUCACGAAACGAUUCAUGUCUAAAAAGGGUGUCACCAACAUGAAAAGUUAGGAAAGUUCUGCUCUAGAAGCUUUGGACUACAAAAAUCAGCCCCAGCUAGAACAGCUGUGCUAGUCUAGGGCUGAUGCUGUUCUACAUAGAUAGCUAUAGACUUGUGAUAAGAUGAAUGUGUUUAGUGUGCUGCACCCGUAAUUACCGUAAGACUUGACUACAUUGCAGUAGCUUGUGAUCAUAAAAGUUGUUCUAAUAAUACUUGAAAUUUGAUUCUUCAACCUGCUUCCUAGUUGGUUUUACAAAAAUGAGGGAGCUGUUCGGUAUGCUAGUCUCUCUGCCCCCACAGCUUCUGGAUCUGCUGUAGAAGAGGCAUUUGUGGGCAGAUAAUCUUGUUAUGCAUCACUGACUCCAGAACAAGUUUUGUACAACAAAGCAAAUAAAUGUCCAAAUGCUUAAUUUGUGCAUGUUUUCAGAAUUCAUUAAAAAACAGAAAGUAUUAGUGAAGUUUCCCAGGCAUAACAAGAGAAUCCAUGGCAUAGGAACAUGUGAGCUAGAACAUCUUGGUGGCUUUGCAGCUAGAAAUUGUUUAUUAUUUGUUUCUGGGCCCAGUUCAAGGUACCCACAUUCGUGUUUAAAGCACUAAAUUACUUGGGCUCCAAAUAUCUGAAAUACCACCUCCUCCUCUACAGGCCCUCUUAUGUGAUGAAAUAAACAGAGGGAACCCUCUUGGAAAUUCUACAACCCUCAGAAGUUUGUGUAUGUGUGUGAUAGCCUGGGAGAGGACAUUCACUAUGGCAACCCCUAAUUUUGUGGAAUUCUCUCUGCACAAAGGUGUGUCUGGCCCCUUCUUUACACAGCUUUCAUUGUAAGCUGAAGAGAUGCCUCUUUAUGCUUACCUAUGGUGUCAGAGAUCUGUAUUUUAGGACCUACCCUAUUCUCUUAAUUGCAAUCUGUUUUAAUUGUUUUUGGGAUUGUAUUCUUGUAACCCACCCAGGAUCCUCAUUGUGAAAGUGGGUAAGAAAUGGAAGAAUAAAGUAUGAUGAUGAUAGAACAGAACAAACAAACAAACAAACAAACAAACAAACCUCUAAGAUGAGUGGUGAUUCAAACUAGAAGGUACAAAUCACAGAUUUUAAAAAUUAUUUUGAUAUGAAAUUAUUUGGGCCAGACAAGGUUGAUGUUCAUUUUUGUUUUGUUUUUUACAUUCAUACCUUGCGUUACGUUUGCUUCACAUUGCGGCUUUUCAGGUUACGAACGCGGCAAACCUGGAAGUGUUUGCUUCUGGGUUCACUGCACACGCAGAAACGAUCUGCAUGCUUCGCGCACACACAGUAGCAGCGCUCUACUUACCGACUUUUCGCGGUGCGAACGGUACCCUGAAAUGGAUUGUGUUUGUAAGUAGUGGUACCACUGUAUUGCCUUGUUGAAUUAAAAUAGCUCCUCUCCUCUCCUACUUCAUCAAGCAGCAGUACAAGCACCAUUGGUUUUUAAUUUUAAAUGACGAUUUGACACUUCUCUCCCCCAAACCAUUAGCUCCGAGUCUUCAUGGCAUGUGAUAGUGGGGGCUGUAGUCCAUGAUCGUAUGUACCAUAAUAAAUUUAAUAGACUUUAAGGUGCCCAGUAAUUUUGCUUUGCUUCAAAAGACUUACAGUGUUCCUACUCUGGACAUUUAAAUUCUGUCGCUUUUUUAUUUCACCUCACAACUAAGUCAACCAUCAACCCUUCAGAAGGUACUGAGCUUGAGUGUCUUGGAGGGUGAGGUGUGCAUCAACUAGGAAUUUGGCAGGAAUCCAGUCUUUGCGAACUCUUACACAAAACAUACCUGAUCUGAAUCAGGCUGAUCUCGGGAUCAGAAGACAGCUCUGCGCUACUUUCAGUGCUGCAGCAUAAUUCUCAGCCGUUUAAAUAUACCAAGCAUGCAUUAAAUACUACCUCUGAAAGAGAAUACAUCUUUUAAAUGUGUAUUAAAAUAUUUAUUUGAGGAGGAUUUUUCUCUUUAAAAUGCACAGAUUAUUCUGCCAUGCUGCCUCUGUACUCCUUGUCCAAAAGUGUAGGUGGCAUGUUUCUUUUUCGUGCUUUUUACAUAGCUGAGGCAUGCAUCCUCAAAUUUAGGCACCGAACCCGUUUGCCUGAUUUGCAUUUUAGACUGAGCCACCCAAGUCCUACUUAGCUCUCUGUUCAGGGCUCAUGGUUUUACUAUCAAAGAUUGUGAGGGGGACCGGGGGGGGGGACUUUUAAAUAGGUAUAUAACUUGAAUAAUUCUAUUAAAAGUAUUUUCUUUCCUUUUGUCACUCUGUGUUACCACAAACUGAACUCCAGUCUUCUCUGCUUAUUGUUCGAGCUUUUCAUCUUCAUGAGAUACGGAAAAGCCAGGGCUGUAUAGGAAUGGUGUCCAAUAGGGAACCACCUCUACUUUAAACCCUAACAGGAUAAGAGAUUAUCAAAUGUUAAAAGCUAUGAUUGCCCAAUGAGAUAGAGAGAAAAAGGUGUGCCUACACUUCCAUAUGACCAAGGGGGGCCUUAAACCUUGCCUUCUUGCCAACAGUCUUCCAUGCAUGUGAUGAAAUGAGGGGUGUAUCAAAAGUAGUUGGUGAUAUGGCGUGUUCAGGGUAUGAAUGUGUGCUGGGGGGGGUAUUUUGUUUUUUAAAAAAUAUAGACCGAGGUGCAUGCAUUCCCUGCCCAACUAGACUGUUGGGGCCUAGCAGACUUCUUCCCACCUCAUUACAUAUUGUUUAUCUGAAGCUGUUGUGAAUUGUCCUAGCUACACAUCUUUAUAUUACCUUUGCAUUUUGCAGACUUUUAUGUUGAUUAAAAAUCCAACUGGCUGCUCCCCCCCCCCCCAUUUUAAUGUAAUGGCAUCUAUUGAUCAGAGCAGUAGAAUUAAUUAGAAAGUGAAUGAGCGCCCCCUCUUUUUUGGAAUUCCUAGUUCUGAUAUAAUAUGCACACUAGGAAACACUGAUAAAUAUUUUUACAUUCUUCAUUUACCUAAUGAAUUGUAAUAUUUGUCAUGUCAGCAUUAAUGAGCAGAAAUAAAAUGCAUUUGUUAACAGUACCUAAUUUGCACCUCAGAAAACAUGCUAAUAAACCCACAGAAAGUGCAUGCAAAGUUGACCUAAUUGGAUAGCCUAGGUCAGGGGUCUGCAACCCGCGGCUCCGGAGCCGCAUGUGGCUCUUUUACACCUUUGCCGCGGCUCCGGGGCGGAUACUAGCGAGGGGAGGAGGCGCAUUGUGCGCCCCGACACUCCCCACUGUGGCGGGCACUGUACCUUCCCGGUUUUGCGGCUCCCAGUUUUUUCCCCUCGGAAACGGGUCCAAGUGGCUCUUUUUGUCUUAAAGGUUGCAGACCCCUGCCCUAGGUGGUCGGAAAUGACUUUUUUAAAAAAAGAAUCCUAAUUCUUUGAUUUGUGGCCAUUGAGGUAUGAGUUGCUGGUAAUUAAUCACCUGCUGGUUAGUUUUAUUUGUCCUGAUAACUUGCAGCUGAUGAUAAAGUGGAGGAUGUGUUUCAGUUUUGGAAUGUAAAAAAUAAAAUCUGAAUGCCUAGCUCGCAUUUGGAACCGUAUUUUACUGAUGAUGUUAAAUUCUUGUGAAGAGAGAAAAUUCUCUACCACUGGCUUUGGUCUAAGAUUUUGGAGGCACUGCUCCAAGGGAAGAAAGCAUAUGUCUAUAUCCUAACAGCCAAUAUUUUUACACACAGAGACAGGCAAUGAGGUUAUUUCCAUCACAUAAGGUUCACAGCCUUAUGUAAGGAUGCUUCCAGUGCCCUGCAAGAGAGAUUUCUUCCUCUGCUCCAUGCACUUCUGUUGAGGUGCCUCUUCUGAUGUUGCUCUCCUCCUACCUCCUUUUCUGUGCCGUGUACCAAGCAUGCUUCAUCCACAGCUUGAUAAAUUGGAGGUGGUUCUGAUAUGCUAAGCUUGACUUGGCACAUUGAAGCCUCUUCACCGCUGCAGAGAGAGAAGUUCCACACAUGGGUAGACUCAGAGUGUGAGGGCUGGCUCCUCUUGGCAAGUAGAAUUCCUGGCAUCUUUAUCCAUGCCAUUAAAAUCCCUCUUACUUUUUCCACUGUUCGAAAUUGUGUUGUUGGAAUGACUGCAAUGGGGCAUGGGAGGUUGCUUUACUCUAAAGCUGCCUUUUAAGUCCGAGGUAUAAUUUUGGAUUAGUGGGCCUGCCAACUAUCCACAAUUCUUCUAGGCUAGUUCAGGUUCUGAGGGCUUCCGUGUUUUAGGUUCCUCCUGGCAGAACUGGCAAUUCAGUGUCAGAAAAACUUUAUUUUGAAGGUGCUCCCACACAUCAGGGAUGCCCUGCACACAGGAAGUUAGGAUCAUGAGGAGAAGGUUAGUACUACAGCUUCCUUUUUCCAGACCAUGCUAGUCUUGCAGUUGUGUGGGGUGGAAACUUUCCCCCAGCGUUUUUAUUUUCCUUCAGGCGGGGGGAGGGGGAGUCCCCAUUUAAUUAGUAACGUGAAUAGAUGGCAAUUGCAACAACAUUAGGCAAACAUGGCACAGGUUUCAAAGUUUUUAUUUUUGAUUACCAAAUACAUGUAAAAUAGACAAAUUGCUCUCGAGGGCAUCAGAAAUAUUUCCAGAGCAAACUGGAAAAAAAUCCAGUGCAUAUUACUUUUAAUUUGCUGAGGAAUUUUCUUGCAGGAUUUCUAGAAUCAGUGUUCUAGAAAUUGAACAACACUGCUGAAAGGCUGCAGUUCAACCAAAGAUGCAUCACAUGUGACUGCUGGUUGGGUGUUCAGCACCUAAUUGAGUCACUGCUGGGGUCUUCUAUCAAAGACAUGUUUCUGUCUAUGAAUAACCUAUGAAGUUAUUUUGUUGAGACCGUGUUAAAUUUAGCAAGUUAAGCUAGUUGCUCCCAUUCUUCCCCCACCUCCAGUCUUAAGUUCUUGUGCAAACAGUUUUUAAUAUGGAUAUAACUUUUUCUGUCUGAUAUUGUCUACUUGCUGCUUUUAUGAAAGGCAAAACUGGAGUAGCUCAAUAAUGUACAGGGAGGUUAUGGACUUUGAAGAUAUUUUUAAUAGGAAUUGUUCUCCGCCAGUAUGUUAAUGCCUGCUUUCUUAUACUUGUCACACUUAUUUCCUGGCAUGGAAUACAGGGAAGGAGGCAAAUCCUUAGAUUAGGGUUGUGUAAAUGUUUUAUGCAAUUAAUCAAAAUGUGACUAGAGAUUUUCCACCCAGGCUGCUUCUGAAUUGUUAACUGCAAUUAACAGAAUUGUGUGCUAAAAGAAGCACCACUUUCCACCUGUCCCCAUGUACAGAUAAAUGAUGGGCUUGCUAAAUACGGUCUGUAUUUCUGUAGUGUGCGUUCUAUGUAUUUCACACCCAUGUUUUGAACCUGUGUUCACUGUUUGGUCCAAGUUACUUGUUUAGUAUUUCUUAAGGUUGAUCCCUCUCUGAACUAUCCAUGGUUUUGACUAACCCCUGAAAAAUUCUCACGUUUCAGAAAUGGCUUUAAAUAGAUGUGGUCUCCCUGACUCAAAGCAAGAAAUGAAUGUUCACAAGAAUUCCGUAAAGAUGUUAAUAUACAAAUUGAUAUAUGAAUUGGAAUUAUUCAGUGCAGGUACAAAAAGGAUUAGUUUAAAAUUCACUUGCAUCUUUGGGCAGUUAAAGUAAUUUCUGAAACUUAUUUGGAGGCCAAUGUUUUUAUCUGCAUAUUGACAGUCUUCAGUCUUCAGCCUCUCAGUAAGAAUGGCAGUUGUGCUUCAGACAUGUUAUGAAACUGCCCUAUAUAAGGGGGUGCCAACUUGCAUGGUUUUCCGCUUGGGCAUUAAUGGUUACACAGGUUAUGGAGAGCUUUCUUCCUCCUAAAGCCCCAUGGUCUACCUUCCAACAGUAAAUAAACUUUCUUUAGACACCUCCUAAGUACACAAAGGGGACGCGGGUGGCGCUGUGGGUUAAACCACAGAGCCUAGGACUUGCCGAUCAGAAGGUCGGCGGUUUGAAUCCCUGUAACGGGGUGAGCUCCCGUUGCUCGGUCCCUGCUCCUGCCAACCUAGCAGUUCAAAAGCACGUCAAAGUGCAAGUAGAUAAAUAGAUACCACUCCGGUGGGAAGGUAAACGGCGUUUCCGUGCGCCGCUCUGGUUCGCCAGAAGCGGCUUAGUCAUGCUGGCCACAUGACCCGGAAGCUGUACGCCGGCUCCCUCGGCCAAUAAAGUGAGAUGAGCGCCGCAACCCCAGAGUUGGACAUGACUGGACCUAAUGGUCAGGGUCCCUUUACCUUUACAAGUACAAGUACACAAAGGGUGUAUUUUUGUUAAAGAAAGGUUGCCAGAGCUUGAUGCAGUUACAGCUUUUAAUGUCUUGGCAGUGAUUCAGUAAUUUUAGACUCUGGACUUAAUGGUUUUACGAGGUUCUUCCCCAGCAUUUUAGAUGGCAGUAUGUAAUCUCUUACUUCAGGAUUGGUAAGCCAACUGUGCUGUGUUUGAGGGCUCUCCUGCUCAUUCUGCUGAGCAUGGUCCUGGACUUGUACCCCACGAAUCCUACUCUGCCAGCACCACCACAGCCGGCAGCAAAACCUAGCGUGAAAAUUAAAAAAAAAAGUCAUGACACAUUUGAACACUUAACAUUUGUCUAGCAGGAAUCUGAUCCAGUUCUCAUUUUAGAUCCUCCCACAAGUCUCUGGCUUGACAUGCCAUUCAUGUGGCAGAAUGAAAAGCAGGCUUUGGAUUAAGGUUGCUUUCUUCUGCUCUGCAUUUUAGAUCUCUGGUUGAAGAGGAAGACCCUCACAUGAAAGUAUCCAUUGGGAGCAGCGAUAUGGGUGUGUCUGCCCAUCUACAAUCAUCAAAGGCAGGAACCACAAGAUUUUUCACCAGCAACACUCAUAGUUCUGUAGUGCUCCAGGUAAGUUGACACCAUGAUCUGAACAGCCAUAUCAUCCUUUUGAGAGUUCCUUUUAUUUCACGGGUGCUUCUCUGACAAGUUCUCAUUGAGGUUGAAUGCCUUAUCUCUCUGUUGGUGUGCUUUGCCAGUGCCAUUGCAGCCAUUUGUAAUUAAGUACAGUCAUACCUUGGGUUGAAAUUGCUUCAGGUUGAGCGCUUUUGGGUUGUGCUCUGCGGUGACCCGGAAAUAACGGAACACAUUACUUCAGGGUUUCACUGCUCACACACGCACAGACGGUCAAAACGAUGUCACACGCAUGCGCGGAAGCGGCCAAUCGCGGCCCAUGCACGUGCAGACGCGGGUUGCGUUCGCUUCAGGAUGCGAACGGGGCUCUGGAACGGAUCCCGUUCGUAUCCAGAAGUACCACUGUACAUAGUUGUGCGUUUGUUGCAUUUAUGUAACCCUAAUAAAAAUUAUUAUUAUUAUUAUCAUUAUUAUACCCAAGGUGAUACUUAAAAGUAGUAAAAACAAACAAAUGGUAUUAAAUACGAAAGAAGUGAGUUCCUCACCAACCCAUGGUCUGCUUGGGAGCUUGAAGGUAUGUGCUCCUAACCAGGGCUUCUCCUCUUCUGCCUUCCUACAGGGCAUACAAAUCUUAAGUAGCCGCAUGGAAGCAGGGAGGUGCCAACUCCUGCCCCAACGGUUCUCUCAGACUAGUGGUGGUCUCUACAGUAGCUUCUCCUCUUCUGCCUUCCUUAGGGCACAUGGGUACCUGUUACUUGUUAGCUUCUGAAAUUUCUUCUCUCCCUCUUCUGCCAAUUAAACAUUCUGAUCAGAUUAGCAGCAGCAACAGGAAACCUGACCUUUUGCUAGAAUUAAAGGAGACAACAGUGUGUGUUUGACAUUGUGCGAGCAGAGAGCCAUUUGCCCAAGAAUCACACAUGGAUGCCUUCCAGGGAAUCUGCCAGGGGAAGCGGUCUCUCAGUGUUAAUAUUUCGCUCCUACUACCUUUUUGUUCCCUUGGCUCAGAGCAUGUUUCGACGGGCAGUUCAAUUUCAUUAUCCAUCAGUGCACUGUGCUGGAGUCCAGACACAUCCUGUGACCAUGGUUCUAGUAACCAUCUGCUGCUGUUACUGUGUGGUCUUUGACUUGCAUUUCAAAUAACUGUGAAAUGAGGCUAAAUCCCACACCUUGGAUAGGUCGCAUUGCUCUCUCAUUGAUUUAAUGGAGGAAGAGAGUUAGUAUUGGGAUGGAAAUAUGCCUGUGUUCUGGGAACUUGCUCCAGCUGAAUGUCCGCAUUGUGCUCUGCUGAUUUUUGUAUUAGAAAUGGAAUGUUGCAGGUAUAGCCAAAAGCUUUUGUGAGGCAUGUGUGGUUCUCAGACAGCCUAAAACAGAAUGAAAAGAAUUUAUUUUAUUGAAUUGGUAUACCGCUGUUCAUCCGAAGAUUGUAUUUGCUUGUAUUUGUAAAAAUACAAAUGAGAAUGCAGAAUACAUAAUAAAACAAAAAACAAAACAACAACCCCUCCUACCACAAGAAUCCCUUAAUGUGCAUGCAUACUAGAUUGCGGCUGAAUAAGACUCUUCCUCCUACCUUUCUCCACUCCCUCACAUAGAGGCCCUAGAGGAAAUGGUAAUGGUUUGGGGCAGUUCAAGGAAGUAAGUUGCAGAAGGAGCUCCUAGUGUGUAGGAGAAAUUGGCAGGUAUGGGGGAGAGAAAGAGAAUGGAAUAGCAGUGCCAGCAUAUAUCAUUUAUAUAGCACUUUUGUUGUUGUUUAGUCAUUUAGUCGUGUCCGACUCUUCGUGACCCCAUGGACCAGAGCACGCCAGGCACUCCUGUCUUCCACUGCCUCCCGCAGUUUUGAGCACUUUAGAGCGCUCAAAAUACUUCACGUGCAUCUCUCAGUAAUUGUUAAUGGCAGCCUAGUGGGUGGGUUUGCAUUAUUAUUUCCCUCAUAAGGAAGAUAGGUAAGAUGAGGCUAAGAGAGAAUGGCCUGCUUAAGUCUUUUCUAGUGAGUUCAUGGUGAAAGUGGGUUUUAGACCAGGGGUUUUCUGUUCAUAGCUUGGAUUUGUAACACACAUACCACCAGAGCUAGAAGAUGUCUCUCUUGUCCAACCUUGGAUUAUCAUAAGUUGUGGACCUGUAGAGUGGACUUGGAAAGUGCUGUUGGGCUCACAUUCUGCUAGGGACCAAAAUAAGUCUUUCUAAUUAUAUGAAGAAAUUGAGUUUGUGCCCUGUGUAAGCAUGUCUGCAUUCUGGCAACUUGUUCCAACCUGAAUCCUUUUCUUAGCGGACGAACAAUUCUGCAGCAUCUUCAAUUUUACUUUGCAACUAGCGAAACCAUUCCCCCACCCUAGUCUCCUUCAAAUCAACAGCUUUUGAGUGAUUAUUUUGGUUAUACUGAGUAAAAGCUAAUUCUAAGGGACUGAGUACCAGGGACAUUCCUUCAGGUUGCAGUGAUUAUCAAAUAGUGUGAGGCAAGAGAGACUUCUGGAGGAAAUAUAGCUAACUAGUGAUUGAUUGGCAGAAAUAAUUAUGUGGUGAUUGGUGAUAGCCAAGACAUAAAUCUUGGUUGUCAUUCCUUCUCUUUCGAGAGAGGAAAACAAGGGAUUAAGUUCACAUUUACUGAAGAAAGCUGUUCGUCACAGUGGAGACAAGAGGUUUUUGGAUGUGGGGAAUGUCUUAGAGCAUGGGUAGACAAACUAAGGUCCGGGGGCCGAAUCCGUCCCAAUUGCCUUCUAAAUCUGGCCCAUGGACGGUCCAGGAAUCAGCAUGUUUUUACAUGAGUAGAAUGUGUCCUUUUAUUUAAAAUGCAUCUCUGGGUUAUUUGUGGGGCAUAGGAAUUCGUUCAUUUUUCCCCCAAAAUAUAGUCCGGCCCCCCACAAGGUCUGAGGGACAGUGGACCGGCCCCCUGCUGAAAAAGUUUGCUGGCUCCUGUCUUAGAGUGAGGAACUGCCAGACACCACAUAAUAGCCCUCAAGGCUAGCCCUCAGGGCAUCAGGUCAGCGAAACCUCACUUUCAACUACUUCUGAGAUUGGGAUGAAUUACCCAAAUUGUAAUCUGUCUGCCAGUUAAUUUUCACCUGGAACAUGAAUUGAAUGUUGGCAUUAGAAGAGACAUUAAUUAACAUUAACAAACAGACUGAAAAAAUAAUACAAAAAGUAUAUCUAUUUGAGAUUAAGAAAGUUAACAAACGGAUAAGGUUGCUCUGCUGGUUAAGAAUCGUUACAUUAUAUUACUUUUAACUCUCUGUCAUUUCUGUGGGGUGCUGGUGGCAGAAGACAAACUACAUUCCUGAGCAUGGGAAAGCACUUUUCUCUUAAAGAGAGAAGCUUUUCAAGGCUCAGACUGUUAAGGUGGAAACUAACAGAACCCAAUACGGCAAAGAUUGUUGGUGUGAUUUGGCAAUUAUUGAAUGAGCAACUGAAAGAGCUCAGAGCUGAGAUGCAUAAAAUGGUGAAUGGAAAUGGAUCAGAGAAAGAUCAGACCAAAGAAAACACUGCAACUUUGGAAAAAAUACUGAUUAAGAUCUGCUGGGACAUGAGAGUGGAAUGCUAGUAGAUGAUGGAAUGGAGAAGACCUCCACACAGUUGCCUGGAGGAGUGAAACAGGCAAAAGACAGAGUUGUGAUGCUGGGGCGCAGAAUGAAACCAUGGACAGAAACAUUAAGAAACAUCCUGAUAUGGCAGAGAUAGAGCUGAGAGAGAAAGGAUCCUGUGUGCAAGUUGGAGUGAAUUCAGAGGAAAAUGGCAUCCGGCGAUCCUUAUGGAAAAAGAGUGGAAGAAGCAGAAAUGGAAGGAACUUUAUUUCCAAAUUAGGGUGGGAAAUCAUGGCCAGCAGGAAAUGGGAUUGGAAGAUAUGGAACUGGGUACUAUUUAAUGAAUAUACAACAAGUAAAUAACUAUGGAUUAUUAUUCUAAUAAUGGAUAAUAGAAUUUAUUGGAGAUAUAACUGUUAUAUGGGGCUGGUGGAAGGCUGUUCUUGACAUUUAGCGAUAGUAACAAUUGAAGAGCUCCUUUUGGACUUUUUGUGUGGAAAGGAAAAUGAAUGGACUUGAGAUGCCUGGGGUUGAAGAUUGGGAAAAGGCCACCUAGCAGAUUGAGGAACAGCUGGAUAUUAUCCUGGAAUACAGCUGGAUAUCAUCCUAUGUGUGCGCACGCGCAGACACACACACACACACACACACACACACACACAUUUGACAGACUGAGAACUGGAAGUUCUAUUUAUUUCUUUAUCUGUUCUCUCUCUCUCUCUCUCUCUCUCUCUCUCUCUCUCUCUCUCUCUCAUGAGCUUUAUUUCUUGUGCUUUCUUUUUCUCCUAUCCACCUUACAUUUGCUUAUGCUUGGCUUUCCUUUUUGAGGUCCUCUACUCUGGGUAUUGCACAGGAAGGUAAUGGAUAGAAGGUGAAAGACCCUGUGUGAGAGUCAGGGAAGGGAAGGUCUCCCAGGGUGGGAGGCUGGGAGAAGAAAGGAAACCGUCUAGCUGAGAACUGGGGAGGGUUCAUCCCCUUUUCCUGUGAGACAGGGGUAAGGAUCUACCCCAAUAGAGGACUUUGUAUUUUUCUCUCUCUUUUUUGUUGAUUUUAUAAAUAUUUAGAUUAAAAAAAAUAAAAUAGAUUAAAGUAAAAAAGAAAAUAGUGUGGGACUUAUUUGAACCAUUGUGGAGUGGUUUUUCUAUUUUGCAGCCCAGAGAGCUCGUUCUUGCAGCUGGGUGGAGCUGUUGAUGCCAUAUUUUCUCUUGUAGGGUUUUGACCAGCUGCGAAUAGAAGGUUUGCUUUGUGAUGUGACACUUGUGCCAGGCGAUGGUGACGAAGUGUUUCCUGUUCAUAGGGCAAUGAUGGCAUCUGCUAGUGAUUACUUCAAGGCCAUGUUCACAGGUACAGUGGAUAGCAGUGAUAAGGUGCAUUCUGCAUUUUAAAAAAAGUUCUGCCACGUAAGAGUGUGUUUGGCAUGAAUUAUUCUUGUGGUGUGUGUUUAUCCUGUCCAGCUAAUGGUUAUGUGUGAAGUGGCUUUGUCUCUGGAACAAGAAAUUUUAUAGGGGAAGUUCUUUCAAGCUUUAACUAUAUCUUAUCUAAAUUUUGUUCUCAGGUGGGAUGAAAGAACAAGACUUAAUGUGCAUUAAGCUCCAUGGCGUGAACAAAAUAGGUUUAAAGAAGAUCAUUGAUUUUAUUUAUACUGCAAAACUUUCUCUCAACAUGGACAAUCUUCAGGAUACUCUAGAAGCUGCCAGCUUUUUACAGAUAUUGCCUGUGUUGGACUUCUGUAAAGUUUUUCUUAUAUCUGGGGUAAGAUAUCUUAGGUUAUUGCUCGGUUUGCCUCUUUUUUAUUUUCUCUGUUAAAAUCACAGUAAGUUUGUCAGCCUGAAAGAUUGAUACAGUUGGGACCAACGCAGGAAAUUCAGUAGUUCUGUAGCACCCCUGAUAUGUGACCUUGAUUUAAAAACUUAUAGCAAAUGAGAGUUCACCACCUUUCAAGCUCUUGAGGAACAAAAACUUAUAACCUGCCCCUUAAAUUAAAGCACAAUUCCAUCAGGUAAUGAUUUGCCUUUCAUAGAGAGAUGGAUGAGAGCAGGUUUUCCACGAGUAUCGUGUGAAACGUAUUGAUGCCCAGUAAUUUGCCUCAUGUUUUUAUCAUUCAGGAUUCCAACCCUUGGGGCUUUGCUGUAUUGUUGGGCUGGCUGAAUGUUUAAGGCAUUUGUCAGGAUUUCAGCUGAGAGAGAUCUGAAAGUCCAGGUUGUGAAAUGUCCUCUUGUGCCAAGACAGGCAUUUUCUAUGUCUGGAACAGCUGGGGUUUGUCACACUGAGAGGUGCUAUGCAGGUUUUGUGUCUCCUGUUGUUUGGGUGAGAGCAUUUUGCACUUACGUAAGGUCCUUUAUCUCUGAUUUAGUUGCACAUGGGCCUAGAGUCCUCAUUACUAUUAAAUGAGUUGUGCUUAAAAAGCCAGUGACUUCUGUGCCAUUUUGCAUAUUGCUUGCAAAGUGCCCUGGGAGAUGGUGUGUGUGUGGAAUGACAUUGACUUAAUGUACAACUAUUAAAAAAUGGCACUCAUGGAUUGUUAAGACAUGCGUCUUAGAAUCAGUGUGAGAGAAAGCAGGCUGUUUCAAAUGGCCCCAAAGCUGUAUAAGGAGAAAAAGGAUUGUGAAGCACUUUUCGUGCUGAGGGUUAUAUGGUCUUCUGUUAAGAGUUAUGUAAUCCUAGAUCCUGCAUUGUAUCCAGUGCUAGUUCUACUCAGAGUAGACUUACUCAAUCUAAUGGACACAACUAACUUAGGUUACCUAUACUAACUGAGUGGAACUUAAUGUGUUUAAGUCCUCAAAUUUCCCAUUAGAGGUCAGUCACUUAGGAUUCCAAUUCUGAAGGCAGUCUGAAAUCUCAGAUGAAGAAAACGAAAUAUAAAUUCUGGUCGCCUGGACAGUGGGGUCCAGAGGACAGCCAAGAGGUAAAGAACAAACCACACAUUUUAUCCCUGGGUUUAGCAGUGAGGAUAUAGGAUUAUCUGUGCGUUGGUUACGCUUGCAAGCCCAUUAACUGCUGGCAUCUCUUCCUUUUUCAAUUUCUUUCUCAAAAUUUCCCAACUGCAGCUCUGUUUAUAUGGGACUGCUGUCAUUAGUUAUCCUAUCUCUCUAGCUUUUCAUUUUAGCUGCAGUUGUUGUAUCUGACGCUCUUUGCCACCCUUCCCUGUGCAUCUAAGCUCUGCAGCAGAGAGGAUUCUGCCACGUUACAGGAAAAACUAUAUUCAAUUUUCCUUUCCCCCUCUUUGCUAGUUCUUCAGUAAUAACAGAAUGAAAGCCCUAAAGUUGCAAAAGGUUGCAGCCCCCCCCCCAAACAGUAUUUGGACCCAUGGGUGGGGGAGUUCUGUGAUCACCCUCUCUCUGGCCUUCUAGGUUUCUUGGCAAUAGGGAUGGGAGGACGUUGCUUCUCUCCUUGGACUCAAAGCACAUGCUGGAGUUUUCACCCAUUUUUCACCUUUGCUGGCUAGCCUGCCUGCAUCUGUAGAAAUCUCCAGGAGAGCAAAAGCUUUGUGUCCUCUGGCUGGCAGACUUGACAGUAGUAGUAGCAGUAGUAGUAGUAGUAGUAGUAAAGCUUUGGGAAGAAGAGUAAGGGGUGCAGAGACAUGGGUGGAGGACGUAGGAUGCAGCAACCUGUAGCAGAGCAAAGAGUGCAGAGAUGCCUCUAUGGGUAGAAGUAGCCUGGGGUGCAGAAAAGAGAGCUCUGUGUUUGAAGAGAAGAGAUGCUCAGAAGGAGAGCUAACAAAGAUGGAGGCACAGCUGUGCAUAGUGUUCAGUGGGGUGCAGAGAGAGGGGAAAGUUAAUGGAGAAUAAGUUAAACAGGAGGAGUUAACAUGCCACACUUAGUGGCUUAGUGCCCACCUGAGUGACUCAGAAUGGCUUUCAGUAAUUUGAGUGGUGCCCUCCUGUCCUUUGCUGGGUUUUUGUUUGGGGUGUUGUGAUCAGUUCUAGCAGUGCUGAACUGCUCCAUCAUCCUCUCAUGGAAUAAUUACUUAUCCGUUCAGCUCAUGUUUUUCUGUAUAAAGCAGUGGUGUGAAACAUCAUUUCACCAGCUCUUGGGAUGUUAAAAUCCCUUUAAAAACAAUUGUCCUCCAAACAGCCAAUCAUGAAAGGUUGCUCAUCCUCUUCUUAGUUUUAAAAGCAGGCUGCUGAGGUUGAGUGCCUUCCCCCAGCCCCACAUGCAGCCACCUAGUGUGUGUUGUUGAAUUCUGCAAAUAUAAUUUUGCCCGAAGUGCUGGACAUGAACUGGAUUCUGAGAUGUUGGUUAUAUUCAUGUCCAGCAUUCUAAUGCCUUGCUUGGCGUUCUUGUUAAAACUUUAAAGUGUACUCUGAUAAUUUGAUGGUAUUUCUCAAGCUGCUGUUUCGCCUUCCGUCCAGUGCAUAGUUAGACUAUUACAGCUGCAUAAGUAAUUACUUGUAAUAAAGUUGUAUGGAAAUUGAAGACUUCUUAAGCAUGCAUGUUUCAGAUUUUUGCUCAGUCUCAAGAGCUUCCUAGAAGAAACAUGAAGCCAUGUAGCAAGCUAAUCUAAUAAGAUAAUUCAAAUAAUUAAGGAGAACCCAAUCAGUUAUACUCUUCUGUUCUGUGGGCCUCGUGAGCAAUGGCCAAUAGUAAUUUGGUAAUUUACUGGGAAUCUGUCAGUUGGGAAUGAGAAAGCUAAUAGCAUGCUGUAAUGCAGGAAUCAUAGAAUCAUAGAAUCAUAGAGUUGGAAGAGACCACAAGGGCCAUCGAGUCCAACCCCCUGCCAAGCAGGAAACACCAUCAGAGCACUCCUGACAUAUGGUUGUCAAGCCUCUGCUUAAAGACCUCCAAAGAAGGAGACUCCACCACACUCCUUGGCAGCAAAUUCCACUGUCGAACAGCUCUUACUGUCAGGAAGUUCUUCCUAAUGUUUAGGUGGAAUCUUCUUUCUUGUAGUUUGGAUCCAUUGCUCCAUGUCCGCUUCUCUGGAGCAGCAGAAAACAACCUUUCUCCCUCCUCUAUGUGACAUCCUUUUAUAUAUUUGAACAUGGCUAUCAUAUCACCCCUUAACCUCCUCUUCUCCAGGCUAAACAUGCCCAGCUCUCUUAGCUGUUCCUCAUAAGGCAUCGUUUCCAGGCCUUUGACCAUUUUGGUUGCCCUCCUCUGGACACAGGAAUACAGUGGUACCUCGGGUUACAUAUGCCUCAGGUUACAUACGCUUCAGGUUACAGACUCCACUAACCCAGAAAUAGUGCUUCAGGUUAAGAACUUUGCUUCAGGAUGAGAACAGAAAUUGUGCUCCGGCAGCACGGUGGCAGCAGGAGGCCCCAUUAGCUAAAGUGGUGAUUCAGGUUAAGAACAGUUUCAGGUUAGGUACGGACCUCCAGAACGAAUUAAGUACUUAACCCGAGGUACCACUGUAUAGUUGAAUAAAAUCCACCAUAACAUACUUCCUUGGGCUCAGAGAAGUGGUUCCUAAAGCAUAUUGGAUUUUAAGAAAACAACAAAAUUAAAUCUCUUGCACUCAAGAGAGUUGCAACUCAUAAAAGCGGGGGCUGGAGGGAGAAAAAAUUGGAGGAGAGCCAGUUCUUCAGUGCAAGUAAAAAGUGCCAGUUAUAGGUUUUAGAGGGGUAGCUGAGCCAUCAGUCCCAGAACCAGAAGGACCCCUGAUCCCAACAGCUGAAGAGCUGCCAGGUAGGGUGACUUCCUGCAGCAGGAAGGAGUAAGUGUGAGGUGUGAGCUGUGGAGGAUGUGUGGCCUUUAAUGACUUGCUUUAUUUAUAAAACUGUUUAUAGCUCACCCUCUCAUAUAAAACAUCAAGGCAGUGCAUAGCAAAAGUACAAUAGAACUUAAAUGCAUUAAAAAAAAAUUACAAAGCAAUAAGAAAUGACUGGCUCAUCUUGAAGGCUCUUAAGACUGUCAUGGCUGCAGCCCCAGGAACCAAAUGCAGGACUUUGUCCUGGGAGGGCAGAAGAGGAAUCACAGAACUGUAGAGUUGGGAGGGACCCUGAGGGUCAUCUAUUUCUACCCCGUUCGAUACAGAAAUCCUGCCCACAUCUGUCCCUGGCUGGGCUUGAACCACUAACCUUCUCAUUCAGCCAGACACGCUGACCCAUUGUGCCACAAGGUGCUCCUGACAGAGGAAGAUCUUUGGUUCAACCCCUGGCAUCUCCAGGUACAGCAAGAAAAGACUUGUUUCUGAAACCCCGGAGAGCUGCUGUUAGUGUAGACAGCAGUGAAUUGGAUGGGCUAAUGGUGUGGCUUGGCAUAAGGCAACCUCCCAUCUUCCCACAAUAAUGUCUAUUUAUACUUUAUGUGGACAGUCUCUUUGCACAUCUCUCCACAGUCUAGCUGGGUCCACACUUGCACACACCAAUCCAAAGAAAUGUACAGUUUGUGUAAAACACACUGAGUGUGGUGGUAUGUCUACAUUAGCAACCCUUGUGUUACUGUAAUGUGCAGGUGAACAUAAAGCCAGAGAUUAAAAUGGAGGAAGUGACUUUUCUCUUCCUAUCAUAGGUUUCCUUAGAGAACUGUGUCGAAGUGGGGCGGAUUGCCAACACGUACAACCUCACAGAAGUGGAUAAAUAUGUGAACAACUUCAUCCUCAAGAACUUCCCAGCACUGUUAAGUACUGGUGAGUUUGUGAAACUCCCCUUUGAGCGCCUUGCCUUUGUCCUUUCAAGUAAUAGCCUUAAGCAUUGCACGGAGCUGGAGCUUUUCAAGGCUGCCUGCCGCUGGCUGCGGUACGAGGAGCCACGGAUGGAAUGCGCAGCAAAACUCAUGAAAAACAUCCGGUUCCCUCUGAUGACUCCGCAGGAUCUUAUCAACUACGUCCAAACUGUGGAUUUCAUGAGGACUGACAACACUUGCGUCAACUUGCUCUUGGAAGCCAGCAAUUACCAAAUGAUGCCCUACAUGCAGCCAGUGAUGCAGUCGGAAAGGACGGCCAUCCGUUCGGACAGCACUCACCUGGUCACGCUAGGCGGAGUGCUCCGGCAGCAGCUGGUUGUCAGCAAGGAGCUGCGGAUGUACGAUGAAAAAGCACACGAGUGGAGGUCUCUGGCACCUAUGGACGCUCCCCGCUACCAGCAUGGCAUUGCUGUUAUUGGGAACUUUCUCUAUGUUGUUGGCGGACAGAGCAAUUAUGACACGAAAGGAAAGACAGCGGUUGACACAGUGUUUAGGUUUGACCCUCGGUAUAAUAAGUGGAUGCAGGUGGCUUCUUUGAAUGAAAAGAGAACCUUCUUCCACCUAAGUGCCCUCAAAGGACAUCUGUAUGCUGUUGGUGGUCGAAACGCAGCUGGUGAGUUAGGUAAGUCUUCACCUUGGUCCAAAAAAUCCCCCUUUCCUGACUUGUACAGCAAUAAUUAUUUACUGUUGUAUGCAAAUAAGAACUAAUUCGUUAUUUAUUUAUUUAUUUACUUACUUACUUACUUACUUUCUGUAUUUGUAUCCCACUCUUUUUCUCCAAGCAGCUUAAGAUGGCAAACAUGGUUGUCCCAUUCCUUAUUUUGCCCCCCCCCAACAAUAACCCUGUGAGCUAGGUUAGGUUGAGAAGCAGUGACUGGUACAAGAUCGCCCAAUGAGUUUCAUGGCUCAGUGGGAGAUUUGAACUCCAGUCUCCCUGGUCCAAGUCUGGCCCUCUACCAGUAUACCACACUGGCACCUUGUUUUUAUUUUUUAAUGUUUUUGGUUGUAAUGUGUUAAGAAGUGGUUAUCAGGAGAUUAUUAUUGAAUUACCAAAUCCACCAUGCCAAAAUAUAACCCAUGUGUUCACCUCUACAUUCGCCAUCUGAUUUGUAAGGACAGUGAGGUGACAUUGUGAAAUUCUGCUUGUGGAAUUGUGUUGGUUUCUGUGAGACAGUGAAAGUAAUUGUGCAAAUUGCACAAUCCUGUGGAUGUCUACCCAGAAGUGAGUCCUAGUGAGUUCAGUGGCCCUUACUCCCAGAUGUAUGAGUAAAAGAUUGUAGCCCAAGAUUCCUGUUUCUGCUCACUUGGCAUCUCCUUGAUAAGUGCAGAAUGCAGACAGCUAUGUAUAUAAUGAAAUUGUGCAGGUGAAACCACCCACGUAUUCUAUAUCACUUGAUGAUGUUCCUCAUUUAAUUUAUUCUUACUUGAUAUGUCCUGACACGGAGUUCUUGUCGUAAACAGUUACCUUGGAUGUUCUAUGGAUUGCCAAGUAACCGCACCGAUUUUCUGUAAGGAGCCAGAUCCAUUUGUAUGAAAAUCAGUGUUUGGCUGACUGCGCUUUUGAUUUUGUGGCUGAAAUGCUCCCCCUUCUCAUUUAAUUGCAUCACAAGUUAUUUUUAACUUUUAUUGCUGCUUUCAUAUAUAUUUGCUGCAAAAGGGUAGAGAAUUGGCAUGAUCUUUCUCUUGCUGUCAUAAAAGAAAUAAGCAGAAGGGACAGGGGUACAUUUUCAUUACAUUACAUGGCAGGAGAACAAUGGAUUUGGAGUUCACUUUUUUGGUGCAAAAGCAUAGCAAGCAAACACAUGUGGGACUGACCUCGACCUACAAGAGUGCAACUUUGAACUAAUCCUAUUUUAUCACUUUUCAUCAGUGAAAAAUAAUAUGCUCAUUGUCAGUGCUGACCUUUGGGGUUUUCACAGCUUCGAAGUCUUGAGUCCUCUUUCCAACAGAAGCUGUUCAGAUGGACCCCACUUUGGAUGGGAGAAGCCUUCCCCAGUUGGAUACCCUCCUGAUAUUUUGGACUACAAUUAGCAUAAGAAUAUAAGAAGAGCCCUGCUGGAUCAGGCCUGUGGUCCAUCUAGUCUAGCAUCCUGUUCUCACAGUGGCCAACCAGAUACUCAUGGGGAACCAGCAAAUAGGAUUCAAGCAGAAGAAAACUUUCUUUUCUUAUGGUUUCCAUAAGCUGGUAUUCAGAAGUAUUAAUACCUCCACAUACAGAGGCCGAGCCGAGCCACCAUGACUAAUAGCCAGUUAUUGCCAUCUGCCCUGCCCAUGCUGACUGGUGCUGUUGAGAGUUGUAGUCCAUAACAUCUGGAGGGCACCAAGCUGUAGAAAGCUGGUUUUGAACACAUUCUUGGAAAAUAAAUAUAUUUGGGUUCAGCCACGAGUAUAAUCUAGGAUGGUUAGAUGAUUUGAGGGCUAUGUUGUCACUUGAGGAGUGAGUCCCCUGACUAUGGGCAUGCCUUGUCCAGCUAAACUAAGCCGGGGGGUUUCAGGCAAGAUGUGUUAAGGGCAGCAGGUGUGUGUACCUGGAGUCCCAGGAACACUGCAGAACAUUCGUCUGUGCUGGUCGGUUGCAACAUAGCUGGAACUAGUUUAUUUAUAUAUCAUGUUUUCCGGAGAUACCUUUGUGCUCAGAAUGGUUUGCAUAAAAUAAUCAGUCUAGAUAAAAAAAGUCAUAAUAAAUAAAAGGUAUAAUCUCACUAUAGUGAAUUGCAGCUCUUUAUUGCGUAGCCAAAGGCCAUCACUAGUCAUACAUAGAAUAACGCCGUGGCAAGUGGAAAACCUCUCAAAAUAUGAUUACAACAAGCUAACUGCAUUGUCUGCUGUAAUAUUCGACGCACAUCCAAUAUUUUUAGCUCUGUAACACACAAUUCAACCAUUAACAAAUCAUUUUAAAUAUAGCAAAUCUCAGUGAGCAUAAAUAGGUUAGUUAACAAUAUCCAGUCCUCUUGCAUCCCAAAGCUGGUAGCCUUAGUGCCUAGUAGCUCCCCUCGUAAACUUUUAUACCUGGACCCAAACAGCCUGAAAACAUUUUUGAAGGCCCCUAAGGCUGAAGAACUGGGAUGCAGGUGGCGCUGUGGGUUAAACCACAGAGCCUAGGACUUGCCGAUCAGAAGAUCGGUGGUUCGAAUCCCCGCGACGGGGUGAGCUCCCGUUGCUCGGUCCCUGCUUCUGCCAACCUAGCAGUUCGAAAGCAUGUCAAAGCGCAAGUAGAUAAAUAGGUACCGCUCCGGCGGGAAGGUAAACGGCGUUUCCGUGCGCUGCUCUGGUUCGCCAGAAGCGGCUUAGUCAUGCUGGCCACAUGACCCGGAAGCUGUACGCCAGCUCCCUCGGCCAAUAAAGAGAGAUGAGCGCCGCAACCCCAUAGUCGGUCACGACUGUACCUAAUGGUCAGGGGUCCCUUUACCUUUAAGGCUGAAGAGUGUGGCAAAGCUUGUAGAAACAACCAGCCUCUGAUAGUGAGUGCAUGGUGUUUCUCUCUUCAACAGGGUGAUCAAAGAACUGGUUCAUACACUUGCCACCUUUAUGACAUGGAAGAACAGACCUAGGUUUUUGUCUUAGACCAUGCACAGACGAUGGUUCUGCAUUGUGGCCCAAUAUCUGCAGUUAUUUAAACACACACACACACACACACACACGAUGAUAGUGGGAAGAUUAUGUGAACUGGGUUGAUACAUGCAUGGGAUUUGCGUGCAGAGUCCCUUGCGUGCUGAGAUUUGUACAUAGUGGGUGGGAGGAUAGUGCCAGCUCCCUCAUAUUAAAAAGGAAUUGCCAGCUUGGUAAGGGUGUGAAUUGGGGCAGUUAAAUCUACUGACUCCCUAAAAGACUAACUAACUGCAGAAUAGGUUUUUGUGCACAUGCUUAUAUGUAAAGCAGCUUAGUGAUACAUGCAGUGUACACAUGUUCAGAAUGUUACUGUGGGAAUGUUACAAAGUGACCUUAAAAGUUAAAGAAUGUGUCUUAGCAAACGGGAAUUGUGUAAAAUUGACUUGCUCAUCGCUGUCAAAAGGCACCUUACCACAAGUGCAAUUGUUAUUAGUUUUAAUGGAUAAACCACCCUUAGUUCUCGUUCAAAUGCAGAACUAAGUGUCGUCAUGUUGUGAAAACGGCAGUCUUAUGCAGCCUUAAAGGAUAACAUGAUGCUGUAAGUAUAGUCCACGAAAGUUUAUGCCAUAAUUUUCUCAGCUACCCCUCUGCAAAUGUGUUGUCAACUUCAAUUUUGCAUUCUGUCUGUCCACUAAAGGUGUUUUGCAGAAGCAUGGUGACCUGAUGAAUGCACAUACACUAGGUUCUGUGUGUUACUUCUAUAUUUUAGGAGUCUCCCAGUCAAGAAAGUGAUCAAAUUUUCACUAGCUGUUGAUCACUAGCUCACUUACUUUCCUAUAUGAUUUUGUGCUUUUACAUUUUUUCUUGUUCUAUUAUAAUUCACACCGCUUUCUUGUGCUAGCUGAAAAGUGAUACAUAAUCCCAUAAAUAAAUAAAUAAAUAGAUAGAUAGAUAGAUAGAUAGAUGUUUCAAGUUGGAGGGUCAGGUUUUCCCAAAGCCUGCAUGAAGAGACUGUGUUCUUUAGGCUGUAGAUCACUAACCUCUGCAGAGACCCCAUGGUCUCUGCACUAGGUGUUCUGAUUGCAUUUCUUCUGAGCAGCUAUCAUAGUUGGAGCCAUCCCUCUGUAUCGGUAUGGUAUUGUCAGUCUGCUCUUUUUCUUUUUGGAAGGUGGCUUAGUGCCAAGAGUUCCUGUGAUAAAUCCUUUGGCUGUGUAUUCCUAUCUGAGGGCUUAGAGCAGAUUUGUAUUGUAAGCAUUGGCUGCACAUGGUGGGUUGUGUGAAGCCACAGAAAAUGGGGAUGGGUGGUAAGUGGGUUUCCUGCGCAAGGGGUGUGUGUCUUUAAAACAGUCCUUGCAGAGCUACACCAUCUGUGUCCUUGCAGAAAAUGCACCAGCUGUGUGAACUGAUCUAGGGUUUGGGUUGGAAUGGAGUUGAAAUUAUUGUGGUCUGGUAGACCUGUGAGCACCAGAUGUGGAGACGUAUUCCAAGUGACUAGCAACUAUUUUACCUUUUGAAAACGAAGUGGGACCGAUAGAGAGAAUGAGAUAUUUCGGAUAAAUGUAAUCUUAGCUCCCUGGUAUUUUUCCAGGGCACUGUCAGUGCAGGUUGCCCUCCUCCAAAUUGUUCAUUAAGUGUAGAUAUCAAAUUGCUAUAAUAUAGAGAGUCGACACACAAAGAUUAUAAUGCCUGUGUAUUCUACAAAAGGAGAGAGAACCAAAGGAGGCACAAAAUGAGCCAUCUUGAAAUCCUUAAAAAAUGAAAACCAAACCAGGACCACUAAUUGCUCCACUGCUACCUAUUAACAGAGGGAAGCCAGAGGAGGCUUGCUGGGUUUGGUUUUUGAACAUCAAAAUAUAUUUGGCAUUCACAGUUGUGAAAUAGAAAUGAUCUCUGGCCAAGGGUGCUAAAUAUGUGAUCCAGCAGGGAGGGGGAUAUGAAAAAUAAAGUUUUUAUGUCCAAGCUAGAGUCUGAGAAUAGGUCUUUGCUUAAAAGGAAAAGUGGGAAUUUCUGUUUGAAUAUAUUAUCUGCCUUUACACAUGGCUCCUAGCAAAAUAUCAUAUUUUGUCUUAUUUUUCCAGAUAGCCUAGCUGAAACAAAGCUUUUAGCAGGCACUUAAAACUGUGGAAGAAAAGUGCCUCCAUAAUAUUAAUAAUUAAGCACUAAAAAUAUGUUUCUCACAGACGUGGAGCAAACAUGUGUUCUGUGGAGCAUUCUAUGAUGCAAGCCACAUAACGUGAAGUUAUUAUCCUUCGGAUGACAGUGCACAUUCCCUUCUUUGCUCCUCUUGCAGGUUUGGUGAAGUGCAUGUGUGAGUCUAUAUUCCUCUAUGUCUCCCUCCAUAGAAAUUUGUGAGGGGAGGAGUCACAGUGAAUGACUGUGGAUGAUGCUUCAAAUUAGCUGUAGAAUAUGGUUUGGAUUGUAUCGUUUUAAAUUACAGGUAUGUGGUUGAAAGGCCACGACCUUUUUUUUCUUUUUAAAGAAAUUCUCAGCAUUUAGAAUAGUAGCAUAUAAGGAAAAAGGCUUGUCUAGAACCUUGUCUGCACUUUUUCUGAGUGCAGGAUUUAUUUAUUUUUUCGUUUUACCAGUGGGUAGCAUCUGACGCCAUAGAAUUCUGAUGCUUUCUGCUAUGAUAUCCCAUGAGACGUAUUUAUAUUUGAAUGCCCUAGCCCUCACAGUGGUGUAUGCAGAGGCCAAUGUGAUUGCACGUGACUUGCUUUUGAAGUUUUGAUUUUUCCCCUCUGUUAAGUGGAUACAACUGUGUUGAAGCUAAGGAGGUCACACACUAGGCAUGUGUUCAUUAGUCAGAAGCAAACAUAAAAGGAAGGUUUCUGUAUGUCUGCAUUCAUGUCAGUAGCAGAAAGAAUUAGAAGUAUAAAAUAAUGGUGGUUCUGAAAGGCCGUGAGUGAUUGCAUUUCCCAUAUUGAAAUACCAUUCAGCAGUUUGAAGUAGAAACACCAAAUCACAGGGUCACUUAAUGCGCCUUGUUGUGCGGAGGGCUGAGUCGUUCUUCCCUGAGCAAGACAAAAUGGCUGGUGCUGAAGAACUGCUUCAUAGCUAUCUAGCACCUGCGUAACCAUCUGCCUUGUUCUGUACAGGAUGUUCCUUAUUGCUAAAAGAAAACAAACAACAACAAAAAACACCCUACUCUGUUAAAGCCUCAUAUUAGAUCUCUUCGUUUUCUCCUCCCCCCACUAAAAACCUGGACGAGAUUGUGCUUUUGGUAAAGCUACUGGUAAUUUUUUUUGUCAGCUGCUAAUUGGAAUUAUUUUUUGAGCAUAUUUUUGCAAAAUUGUGGUGCCUAUUUGUGCUUUCCGCCUCCUCUUCCCAGAUCCUCAGUAUGUAAUGUAAUGUACCUCCGUUAUCCUCUGAUGAAAGGUGAUAUAGAAAUUUAAUAAAUAACGACAACAACAAUAAUAAUAAAAUGCAUUAUCUAGAUUAAAAACUCAAGAAUACAAUCAAUUUCAGUACCAAGACCCAAACCCAGCCUAAAAGGAAGGCUGAUACUGGCUGCCAGCAAUAGAUAAUUUAGCACAUGAAAAGAGUUGACAGAUAUUAAUGUUUAAUAUCAGAAGGCCUGGAAUAAUAGAAAGGUCUGCUUCUGGAGCUAAAAAGACACUGAAGUAGGUGUUGGGGGAACACCUCUUAAAAAUGCGUCACAUGUAAUAUUUUAUUUAAAGUGCUUACAUACUAUCUUUCAAGGCAAAGCCCUAGCAAGAUGCCUUACAAAAGAUAAUUAGAUGCUUAUACAUAGCAGGAACCUUGUGUUUCCAAACAUUGUUAUGGUACAGUCCAACUGCAGUGGUUCUUGCCUAAGCCCCCAGUGACCUUCCUUUUAGUCAUCCACUUGUGAUCCAUACUGUUGACAACCAGCAUUAUUCCCCCUCCCCCAAUACCUCCCCCCUGCUCUGGUUCCACCUCCCACCUGGGUUGGUCUGAUGCAUAGGUCUGUGAAACAUUUGUUCCAAUGAUAAUAAUUUCAGGAUUCGAACAGCACUCCCCUUCCAGGUAUGAUUAGAGUUUAGACUGCCUUCAUGCUAGAUCUAAGUAGAGUGGAGGGUAAUCUGGGGGGAAAGAAAGGGAGAAAUUAUAACCCAAUGGAUUUUGUUUUGCUUUUAAAAUGUCUCACUCUGCUCAUUUGUUGUUGCUUCUACAUAGCCACAGUGGAGUGCUACAACCCAAGGAUGAACGAAUGGAGCUACGUAGCAAAAAUGAACGAGCCUCACUAUGGCCAUGCCGGAACAGUGUAUGGGGGGCUGAUGUAUAUUUCAGGUAAGCCUUCCUAUUUCUUCUUCUUCUUCUUCUUCUUCUUCUUCUUCUUCUUCUUCUUCUUCUUCUAAAUUUGUAUACUGCCCAUCAUCCAACGAUCUCAGAGUGGUUCACAGCAUAAAAAUACAAGGUAAAACACAUAAUAAAAACAAGAACAAAAGAAACCAAUAAUCCCUGCCUCCCACAAAACAUUUUAAAGCAUACAGGAUGUAAAUCAGCCAAAGGCUUUGUUGAAAAGCAGUGUUUUUGCCUGUCAUGUAAUGGUGCAUAAUGAAAGUGCCAGGCAAGAUUCCAUGGGGAGAGCACUCCACAAAUGGCCUGUUAUUGUGCUGGUACCCUCUGGACCUCUCGUGGAGAAAGCACACAAAGAAGGGCCUCCAACGAUGAUCCCAACAAUAAAUUGGGGGGAGGCGGUCUUUGGGAUAUUGUGGUCCUGAGCCAUUUAAGGCUUUAUAGGUUAAAACCAGCACUAUGAAUUGGACCCAGAACCUAAUUGGCAGCCAGUCCAGUCAAGCCAGGGUCAGUGUAAUAUGCUCAAAUGGCCUUGACCCAGUGAGCAACAAGACUGCUGAAUUCUGCACCAGCAGAGGUUUCCAAACUCUUCAGAGGCAGCCCUACGUAUAACAUGUUGCAGUAAUCUAACCUAGAGGUUACCGGAGCAUAGACAACAGUUGUUAGGCUAUCCCUGUCCUGAUAGGGGCUUAGCUGGGACACCAGCUGAAACUGAUGGAAGGCACUCUGCUGAGGCCAGCUGAACCUGAAGCAACAGUAAUGGAUCCAGGAGUGCCCCUGAGCUAUGUGCCUGCUCCUUCAGAGGGAGUGUAACCCCAUCAAGAGCAGGCUACCUCCCACUAACAGUGCCUCAGUCUUAUCUAAAUUGAACUUCAGUUUGUUGGCACUCUUCCAGUCCAUUACUAAGACGAGACAACGGUCCAGCACAUCCACUGCCUCACCUGCAGAUGUAAAGGAGAAAUAGAGUUUUGUGUCAUCAGCAUAUUGCUGACAAUGUACAGUGGUACCUCGGGUUACAUACGCUUCAGGUUACAUACACUUCAGGUUACAGACUCCGCUAACCCAGAAAUCGUGCUUCAGGUUAAGAACUUUGCUUCAGGAUGAGAACAGAAAUCUGGCGGCAGCGGGGGGCCCCAUUAGCUAAAGUGGUGCUUCAGGUUAAGAACAGUUUCAGGUUAAGAACGGACCUCCGGAACGAAUUAAGUACUUAACCCGAGGUACCACUGUACUCCAAAACUCUGGAGUACUCUGGACAUCUCUUGAGAUUCAUCUGCUACAACAGCAGAGUUAAGAUACUGGUGGAUGAAGCAGAUCUUACUCCAAGCCAACCUAGCAUUCGGCAACAGCAUCCACAGACCCAUGGUCUGGCAACCAUAAUUCCCCAGGUUGGAGGAGGGGCUAGCACACGGCACAGUCACCAACAGCCUGUGCCCUGUGCCCCUUACCUGGCCUGCCCCGCCUCCCACACCUUCCCUCCCCCUGCCCUGAAUCAUGGCAAGGAGAGCCUCCCCUGCUCUUCCCAACUCUUCUCUUUGCAAGCACAUCCUAUGCCUCAACAAAAAACCCAAAUUAAGAAACCCACAAGUUAAAAACCGUUUAAAAACAUUUUAUUAUAAAACUUAUUACUUCUGAGUGAGAUUGCUCCCUACUACUCCCAUAGUUUUUAAAAAAUGUAAUUCCCGUAACCUGUAUCAAGAUCGUUUGCUCUUUCCAAGCAGUGGUUUCUAAUGCCCCCCACAAAUCCUAAUUUCCUUCAAAACUGUUCCAAACAGGACAUGCUAUGACAUCUUCAGAUUUCAUUUUAGAUACAGUUAUCUCAGCUGGCAGGUGAUUAUUUUCUGAAACAACCUCUUUAAUAACUUAUUUGUGUUUCUUCUUCUUAAACCUUCAAAAAAGGGUUUAUUAGGAAAUCACAAACUCAGCCACCAUGCUGUCUCUAAUCCUACAGGUGUCUCUAUUGUAAGAACUGACUCAUUUUGACUGGGAUAAGUUGUACCUCAGGGAGGCCUAGCAAAUCCAAUGCAUGUUAAGAUAAAUACUGCAUCUUUGGGAUAAACAUCAAGAACUUUGAAGUCUAGCCAGCGUAUGUAAAUCAUUGCAUCCUUCAAACACGUCAUCAGAGGGCGAGAGCAGCGUACAGAGUCUGUUUUGCCUGAUUCACAUCAAAACGCUGUGAUUUUAAAAACCUAUUUUAUUUGGCAGCAGUGCAGCAGUUAGCUUAUUCUCUCAGUGUUAUCAAUUCUCUGAACAAUUGUCUCCCCCAGAGAGGGCUGGAAGCCAGAGGAGCAUAUGCCUCCCGUCUGCCACAUGCACCUGUGUCAGAGUGGAAUGCCUAGGGUGGGGGCCCCAAAUCCUUUCAGCUGCCUUGUUCUUGGAUCAGUUUUUCCAUGAAAGAAAUGUCUCCCUCCCAUAGCAGGCUGCAAUCAUGAGUACUGUACUGCUUCCAAGCGGGGUCGAGUUGAUGGCACACGUACUUUGCAUUCAGAAAGCCCUUGCUUCAGUCCUUGGCAUCUCAAAGCUAAAAGACAUGGGUGGCAGGUGCAGAGAGACCCCCCCUUCCCAGCUUUAGACCCGGGAGGGCAGCUGCCAAUCAACUCUGGGCUGAUCCUGUAGAAGUCUGUGUUGUUUCAAAUGAGUUUGUAUCUACCUCUGGUUCUAGCAAUCUACUCUGGCUGUGGGUGUUUUUGGACAGAAUUAGGAAUCCUGCUCUUUUGUUUUUAGCAGCAUCUUCUACAGAGAAUGCCAUAACAGCAUAAAAUGUGCCACAGAACCCUUUAUAACUAUGGCGGCGAAUGGUGCUCACAGCACUCAAGGUCUAUGCAAAGCCCUUUUCAUCUGGCAUAAAAUAUUAAUUUCACAUAUAUGCUCCUAGGGUCAGAACUGGCAGUGUCUGACCAUAAAUGAGAGCUUGGGGUCAUAGUGGAUAGCGUGAUGGAGAUGUCAAUCAGGUGUGUGGCAGCUGUUAAAAAGGCAGAUUCCAUGUUAGGGAAAAGAACUGAAGAGAAAACUACCAAUAUCGUAAUGAUAUAAUACAAAUCGAUUGUGCGACCACAUUUGGAAUACUGUGUAUGGUUCUGGUGGCCUCACCUCAAAAAGGAUAUUGUGGAGUUGGAAAAGGGCAACAGCAUGAUAAAGGGAAUGAAGUAACACCCAUAUGAGGAAAGGUUGCUGCAUUUUGGGGAAUGAGGAAAAGUGAGUAAGACGUAACAUAAUAAGUUUGUAAAAUAAUGCACAGUGUGGACAGAGAAAAGUUUUUCUCCCUCUCACUUGACACCUAGAACUCAUGGGCAUCCAACUUGGAUGGCUUUAAAAGAGGAUUGUACCAAAUUCAUGAAGGGUGAAGUUGUCAGUGGCUGCUAGCCAGGAUGGCCAUGCGCUGCCUCCGUGGUUGGAGACAGCAUUGCUUCUGAAUACCAGUUUCUGGAAACCACAGGAGGAGGAAGUGCUGUUGUACUCAAAUCCUGCUUCUUGGUUUCCCACAGGAAUCUGGGUGACCACCGUUAGAACAAGAUGAUGGGCUAGACAGGCCACUGGCAUCAUCCAGCAUCAUCUUAUGUUUUUAGUCUUGCACUUCAUUGUAGGGAGUUGACAACAGGUUGACAGAGGCAUGUUUUUAGCACUUGUGCCAUCUUCAAGUGUGUCUGCAUUAUUUUUUGUGUGUGUUUUGAUAGGUAGUUAUUUAAUGCAUUUAUUGCUAUUUGCGUAUUUAUUAGAAACUUUUAUAUGUAGCCCUUCAUCCUGUUUGUAUUUUAGAGUGGUGUACAACCAGUUUAUAUCACAGUACAAAUAAGCAGUAAUAAAAGUAGACAAACAAAACUUAAGAUAUACUGAAAGCUCAAAAUGACUGGGUGAAUGAAAAUAGUUUUGCCUUAAUGCUGAAAAAUUGCAGUGUGUUUAAAGCUGCUUACAAUGUUGAUGUAUAAUAGAUCAUCAAAUACUUUUUUGUGUACAAAACAAACUAAUCAACAAAGUGUUAGGAGCAGAACCCAGCAAACAAUUUUUUUAAAAGGAAAGAACCUAUUCAAGGACGAAAUGGUAAACAUUUUUAAAGCACGCAGAAAUAAAUACAGUUGGCAUCCGUUUCAUGGGGGGUUCUGUUCCUGGCCCCUCUUUGCAUCAGCAAAGCAUACAUAAACGCAUCCCUGCCCUGUUCUGCUGUUUUAGUGAUGUGUUUAAUGACAUUUUGGUCACUUCCGGGUUCAGUGAUGUGCGCAUAUGCGCGAUCACACAUCAUUCAGUCGUGCAUUAAUCGGUCAUUGCCUGUAAAUAAAACUCUGGCAAAUGCCUGAAGGUUAAAGCAGAAGGGGCCCAGCAGAUCUCCAUGAGGAGGACAUUCCAAAUCACUGCCUUUAGUGUCCAUAUGUGUGAUCUCACCUAUGCGAACAUGCCCCUCCCUGGUCCUGAAUGGGGUAACUGUGCCCAUGAAGGACCAGGUGCGCAGCCUGGGAGUCAUUCUGGACUCACAGCUGCCCAUGGAGGCGCAUGUCAAAUCUGUGUGUAGGGCAGCUGUUUACCAGCUCCAUCUGGUAUGCAGGCUGAGACCCUUCCUGCCCGCAGACUGUCUCACCAGAGUGGUGCAUGCUCUAGUUAUCUCUCGCUUGGACUACUGCAGUGCGCUCUAUGUGGGGGUACUUUUGAAGGUUUCUCAGAAACUACAACUAAUCCAGAAUGCGGCAGCUAGACUAGUGACUGGGAGUGGCCGUCGAGACCAUAUAACGCCAGUUCUGAAAGAUCUGCAUUGGCUCCUAGUACGUUUCCAAGCACAAUUCAAAGUGUUGGUGUUGACCUUUAAAGCCCUAAACGGCCCUGGCCCAGUAGACCUGAAGGAGCGUCUCCACCCCCAUCCUUCUGCCCAGACACUGAGAUUGAGCACCGAGGGCCUUCUGGUGGUUCCCUCCCUGCGAGAAGUGAGGUUACAGGGAACCAGGCAGAGGGCCUUCUCGGUAUUGGUGCCUGCCCUGUGGAACGCCCUCCUACCAGAUGUCAAAGAGAAAAACAACUAUCUGACUUUUAGAAGACAUCUGAAGGCAGCCCUGUUUAGGGAAGUUUUUAAUGUUUAAUGCUGUAUUGUGUUUUUAAUAUUCGGUUGGAAGCCGCCCAGAGUGGCUGGGGAAACCCAGCCAGAUGGGCGGGGUUUUAUUUUUUUAUUUAUUUAUUUAUUUAUUUAUUUUCCCCUGAAAGACUGGGAAUAGCUGCUACCAGUCAGUGUGGACAAUAUUGAGCAAGAUGGACCAGUUGUCUGACUCUGUAAGGCAGCUUUCUGUUCUUCUAACUGUUGAUCUCACUAGCAUUCCUCUUACGUGAGGUGUUUGCUUUUUCUCCCCUGUCCUAGGAGGCAUCACCCAUGACACUUUCCAGAAGGAACUAAUGUGCUUUGACCCUGACACAGACAAAUGGAUUCAGAAGGCUCCGAUGACCACAGUUAGGGGCCUUCACUGCAUGUGUACUGUCGGUGACAAGCUUUACGUCAUUGGUGGAAACCAUUUUAGAGGAACCAGUGAUUACGAUGAUGUUCUAAGCUGUGAAUAUUACUCGCCAAGCCUAGACCAGUGGACACCAAUCGCUGCUAUGCUGCGCGGUCAGAGUGAUGUCGGGGUGGCUGUGUUCGAAAAUAAAAUAUACGUUGUGGGAGGAUAUUCAUGGAAUAACCGUUGUAUGGUGGAAAUAGUCCAGAAGUAUGACCCAGAAAAGGAUGAGUGGCACAAAGUCUUUGACCUCCCAGAAUCCCUUGGGGGCAUCCGUGCUUGCACUCUGACAGUCUUCCCUCCCGAGGAUAACACAGGCUCACCGUCCAGAGAAUCGCCUCUUUCGGCCCCUUGAGACAUGGCAUCGCUGGACUUACCAUGUUGUCGCUCCAAUACCACUGCACUGCAUCAGGGAUUCGCCUGUUCGUCUUCAGUAGUAUCUUACAAGGCUUACCCUGAAGCAGCUGGCACAGUAACACAGUUGGGGGUGGGAUGUAACAAGAAGAUGGGCGUCACUUGUGGGGUUUGGUCUAGAAAGUUUUAUCGAGUGGACAGCCAAGUGCCAAGCAAAGUGAGGUUUUAUUGUUUCAUUUUGUUUUUUGAGCCAAACGCUUAAAAAAUGAGGUAUUGUCUUAGGAAAAGAAAAACCUUUGCAUCAGGCGCAUAGAUGUUCUGUACUGGGUGCACGGGUCACAUAGAUCAAGAAGCCGUGUAAGUUGAGCCAGUGGGGGGCGGGGUGUGUGUGCAAUGAAUGGGGAACCUUGUUUGCUAAGCCCUGUUGCUGGAGGACCAUCUUUCCUCGAUGCACCUCUGGAGAGAGGGGGAGCCCCUGAUGCACACAACUUUUAGCAGCUAUCUGGCCUCAGCUACCUCCCUCUUCUAAUGGAGUAUUUCAGACCUGUUUACUGACCUGACACUGGAGGUGCUUUUCAGAGGAUAUGGCAGACAAGAGAAACACAGCCUUUUUGAGACCAUUAAUAGAUAUACAAUAAGCAGACCCUGAAUCUAUAAACCAGGGUUGUUGUUUUUCUAAAUAACAUAUUAAGGGGUUUUCUUUUUCUUUUCCUUUCUGAACCUCCACAUGCAAAGUGAAAUGUGCUGGAGAUUUGUAAUUGUGUUUUUACUUUCUGUUCUCUUCCUCCUUUCCUUUCCUCUGCCCCGAAAUAAAAGCUCUGAUUCAUCAUGGGAGCCUGAGCAAUUCAUACAUUGGAGGGAGGGGGUUUGGUUCAAUUGCGCAACCCAGUGGGGUGCCUGUACUAGAUUUUGGGGUAAACAAGGGCUAGAAUCUCUUAAUUUGAAGCCACUAAAAUUUUGAGCAAAUGGUUCCCUACUUUCCCCUCCUCCUUCCUCCUCCCUCCACAACCCCCCUCCAAAUACCUUUUUGUUGGUUAAGAGAACUUGCUUCUUACACCUCUGUAUAAAAUCUCAGUUAAUAUACGGUUGUUUAGCACAAAAUGCAGCUUUUACAGAGAGCUGCUUUUGCUCAGAGAAUUCAGACUACCCUGUUUCUUUUGUUCAAUAAAAUCUUUAACGGCAAUUAGUUGGGUGGUUUUUUAAUUUUUAAUUGUUUUAAAGGGCUC